AAGCGGCUGCGCUGCAGGCUGGGUCUGGGCAGUGCCGCGGUCCCGGCUGCGCAACCUUCGUUUUCCUCCAGAAAGCACACAGCACACACACACCCGGACCCGCUCCUCCCCACCCUGCACCCCCGCGCCCCGCACGCCUGCUCCUGCCCUAAUCCCCAGCAGCUGCGCUCCCUCCCUCCCUCCGAUCAAUAAGCCUUUCACUUUUUGCCUCUUGUUUGUUCCGUGGGGAGCGGGAUCGAUGGGAGGAGGGGGCGUCUCCUCGUUUCCGCUCCCCCUCGUUGGCCGCUCCUUCUCCAAUUAGUCAGCCCUGGAGCCUGCGGGCGGGGGGGGGGUGUAUUGCGUGUGAGAGCGUGUGCGUGUAGGGGGUUGUUGUGCCGUCGCUGCCCGUUGGACCCGAGCACCAGCCGACGACGCGGGAGGAACGCAGUCCUCUUGUCGUCUUCUUCCCUCUCUCAACUUUUUCCUCCCCUCUCUCGUUUUCCUUUGCUUUCCUUUUGCAUCUUUAGCGAGCAGUUUUUCAGAUCAGCGGAGAUGGAGGAAGGUAGGAAUUAGGCGGGGAGCAGUCAAUGGGCAGCUGCCUUGGGCACUAGCAAGGGGUGCUCACUUGGAGGAAGUGGGUGGCAGGGAGAGAGAGAGAGAGAGAGAGAGAGAGAGAGAGAGAACCUGCCCUGCCUGAAGAGCUUGAGCAGCCCUGAGCAGCAGCAGCAACCCCAGCAGAGGCUGCCUUGUGCUGCCUCCUUUCCUUGGCACAGACUUUGCCAGCUUGCAAGCGAUUCAAACAAGUGGCUCCAGCAUCACUUUGGAGUGGUGGCUCCAGAGAGCGAAGAGGCUCCCGCUGCCCGGCUCUUCCUUCCUUCCUUCCUUCCUCCUUGCCGCUUGCCUGUCUUUCGCGAGCUUCCCCCGCUUCUUCCUCCCUCCUUCUCCCUCUAUUUUUUUUAUUUGAGGAUGAAAUAAUGUUGACAUGCCUUGAAUUAUUAAGUAUCCCCUGGAUUUUAUUAGCACACGAUGCCUAAAUGCUGCCUGUAUCUGGUGGGGUCUUAACCGGGUGUGCAGAGGAGCGGCAGCGGCACACACAGCGGCACAGGGAGCGGCGGCAGCGGCGGGCAGCUCUGACAGCUGGGCUUGUGCAGAUAAGCGGACGGAAGCACCAGGAGAUCACUAGUGAGACAAGGCACCGAGGCAGAGCCCUCCGCCCGGGAGCUCCCAAGAGGCUGGGCCAGGCUCCCCGGUCCUGCUUCACCUCCUCAGCUGGGCUGACUAAUUUAGGGGCGUCCUGCAGCAGCCAGGGGAGAGCGGCCGGUGCCGGGCACCCCAGGCUCCCGCUGCCUCCCCUCGCUGGGGGGGUAGCGUGCUGCCUGGUGCCUCAGCACAGAUGCCGAUUGAGAUUGUCUGCAAAAUCAAAUUUGCAGAGGAGGAUGAGAAGCAGGCGGCGAAAGAGGAAGGGGACAAGGAGAGCUUGCUAGAGGAGCCCAGCCAGCCACACCACCGUGACCUGGCCACCUUUGCCGGGGCCAGCACCCUGCACGGCCUGGGCCACAUUUGCCGCCCAGGGCAGCUGGGGGUCCGCCAGGCCCUCUGGGCGCUCGCAUUUGUGGCCUCUCUGGCCUUCUUCCUGUACCAGGCGGCCCGGUCAGCGCUCUUCUACCUGGAGCACCCGCACGUCACCACCCUGGACGAGGAGGCGACCCAGAAGAUGAUAUUCCCGGCUGUGACCAUCUGCAACAUCAACCGCUUCCGCCACUCGGCCCUUACUGACGCUGACAUCUUCCACCUGGCCAACAUGACAGGGCUGCCGCCCAAGGACCGUGAUGGACACAAGGCCUCUGACCUGCUCUACCCCGACCCUGACAUGGCCGAUAUUGUCAACCGCACUGGGCACCAGCUUGAGGACAUGCUCAAGAACUGCAGCUUCAGCGGCGAGAACUGCUCUGCGGGGAACUUCACGGUGGUGAGUACUCCUUGUGCCUUUCCUGCGCUCUCUAGGGCAUUCUGUCAAACACUGGUUGGAAUGAAUGCAUUCCUGGUACCCAUGUUUAUGCUAAGGUUGAGUUUGCGCCUCAAGUUUCACUGUGGGAGAAAGUAAUAUAGGAAACUGCCUUAUAUCGAGUUGUGACACUUGUUCUGCCUAGCUUAGCAUUGUCUACACUGACUGGCAGCGGCUCUCCGAGGUUUCAGAGAGGAAGUCUUUCCCAGCCCUACCUGGAGAUGCCUGAGAUUGUAUGUGGGACCUUUUGUGUGCAAAGCAGAUGCUCUGGCAGUGAGCUGUGGCCCUUCCCCAAAGACCAGAUUUUGUGGCCCAUGAACAGCUCUAGAGCAUGGGUGAUGGGACGCCAGGUACGUCAGGUAAGAUGCAGGCAGGGAAUACCGCUGUAUGCAAGACAUAUGAAGAAAAAGAGAGGCAUGGAGAUAAGCAGAUCGGGCACUAAAGGAAAUGCCCACUUCUGGUCUGGGCAAUUCUUUUUCUCUUGCUAGAGUAGCUUGAGACAAGGAAGAGGGGAUAACCCUGUAAGUUACGUGAGGAAAGCUGUAAGUCUGGGAUGGGGAACCUGUGGCCCUCCAGGUGUUGUUGGACUCCCAUCAUCCCUGACCAUUGGCCCAGCUUUCUGGGGUGGAGGGGAGCUGGAGUCCAACAGUCUCUGGGGGUUUGCAGGUUCCCACAAGCUUGUCACAAGCUCUCCAGAUGCUUGGAAAAGAUGGGAGCUCCCUGGGCAGUGCUGGCUACACUUGGUGGUUCCAAGAUUUUGUCUUUUGUAUCCUCAGAGAUGCCGUUCUUUCCCCAUUUGAAAGCAGACUGUGCCCCCAGCUUGGUGCCCAUGGUGGCACUGUCACGGUCCCGGCCAGGGUGGCACAGCAACCACUCCACCUUCCUCUUCAUGGCACUUUUUCUGGCAUGGCUGUGCCUGCACUAUCAGGGAGGCUUCCCGCCGGGUGGAAUGAGCUGGCCCCGCGCUUGCUCUAAUAUUGAGUCUGAAAAUCACAAAUCCCCGCUGUGGUUUGGGGAAAUAAAUGUGCUGAGCGGGCGGAAUACCUGAUGGGACCCUUUUCAGACCAUAAUGACUCUGGAAAUGAGCUGCUUCUCUCCUGCGGACAUUGGAGGCUGCUUCGCCUUCUGAUCACUGUGUGCGGAGGGGCGGGUGGGGGGGAGGGUGGUGCAGGGCAGGGAGAAGCUUAGAAGGUGAGGCUGAGAAGAGAGAAGACAGGGCCAUGCAUGAGCACGCACGCCAAGUGGAUCUAAAGACCAUCUUCCUCUCCGGGGCCUGCCACAGAUGUACUCUCUUGUCCCAAACACUGCUAUGGGGGUGCGUGUCUGGUAUGGCAGACCCAGAGGAAACACACGGCUCAGGACCCAGGAGCACACUACACCUCCCCUGGGCCCUAUGUGGAACCUGCCCCACAGUUGACAGGGGUUGUCUGCUGUCCUUGGUCGCAUGAACCCCUUGCAGGCUGUGUCAGAAUGCCAAGAGACUCUCUAAGUUUCGUGGGUCUGUGCUGCACUCACAGUUCAAUUUUUUUGCUCAAAAUCAACACUGAGAAUAUUCUGCAGUCUGUAAAUAUUGGACAAAUGAAGCUGUAACCCCUGGAAAUCCUGCUCUAAGUAAUACUGCACACCUCUUGACUUUGUAACCUUUUUGCUGCUGCUGUUACUGGAAUGUAGCUACAGAGGGCUUUUCUUCGGAGCAGCAGGAUGGGGGUGUUUAAUAUUCCCCUCCCCUGUGUUGUUUUCUUGAUCCACACCUGCCCCCUCCUCCAGCUGCUGUUUGCUCCAUUAAGGCAAAACGCAGGACAAACAGCAGUUCAGGAAGAAAGGAUUUUUCAGCAAAAAAAAUGAUGCAGCAAGGAAGGGUUAAGCACCUCCCUUCCCAUCGCUGAAGGAACUGGCAGUCCCCUGUGAUUGCAUUUUAGUAAAAAUGAAGGAAACAAGCAAACAAAUGCAAAUAAAUAAAUGUUGGAAAAUCCAGUCACAAUUCUCCCACAUAAGUUGUCAUGGACCCCAGAAUUUCACCAGAAAUUGCCUACAUUUUCAAACAAGAUUUUUGACUCAUGGAGGGCUAGAAACUUGCUUUUUUAUUGUUAAAUGGAAGCUUUUAUCCCCCCCCCCCCCGCAUGCUAAAUUCUGGCCCAGGACUAAAUUCUGUGCUUAUGGAUGGGGGAUGCCCCUCCAGUGGGCAGCCAGUGCCAGAGUCAUUGCUUUGAUGGUUUCAGGAGGGAUAUCCCGCGAUGGCCCCUUGGGGGCAGCACAUUUGAAGGGCAGCGGGGUGGGGGAACAGGACCUAAAUCUUCACUUUUGGGCCGGUUUUGUUAGUAGCGUGGGAUAUUCCUGAUCUCUGAUUUUAACCAGUUUCGGCAGCUGCAGCUCUGGAUUCUGAGGAAUCCACGAAAACGAAGGGAAAUGGGGCGUUUGUGGGGUGGGGUGGGUGUGUAGAAAUUAGGGACCAAGUGGCCGUGUGGUUCGGAAAGGCCCCUGAGGAGGCAAACAUAGUCACCGUUCUCCUUUGGAAGGAGCUGCCGCCAGCGCCUGCCCUCGCUGUGGCUGCUCUCCCUUGCCUCGGCUGCUGAGCUGCCUGCCGCUCGCGUCGUUGCAUCGCAUGAUGAAUCCCCUUUAAAGAUCCUGUAAGUAAGAGCCGCGCUCGGUAAAUGAUCUCCCUCUAUUUAGCGUCACAAAUCCACAUUCUUUAUGGGACGGCAAAUUAAGGGGCCGCCGGGAAGAUUCCCCAGCGUAAGCAUCUCGUGUGCAGUAAAGCCCGGCCAGCGUAGUAAAUCUUGGUGGGCCGUUUGCUGAGCCGCAGCAGCGAGCCUCCCUCUCCCCGCACCGGCCCCAACUCCUGGGCACCCUCUGCUCUGUUGGAGCUGGGGUGGGUGGGAGGACUUGCCUUGGUGAGUGGGCUAUGCACACAGGAAACGUCUUGCUCCUCCACCACCUUCCCUGCAGUGAUGGCUGCUGAAUGUGUGUGUGUGUGAACCCUGUACCUUCGGCUCAAGAACAGCCCCCCCCCCUUUCCAUCACUUGAAUUGUGCAGGGAAAAUCAAUUGGCUCUUUGUCCUCUGCUGGACAGGAGAUUCCCCAGCAGCCUUGUCCUUCCCUUGUACUAGCUGAGCAGGGUGGGUGGGAGCGAGGGAUUGGCAGGUUCUGCUUCAGCCCCUUUUCUUCCCCAGUAUCUGCGCAGGGGGAGGGGGCGUGGAGGGGUCACCGGCACUUGCCUCUGGGCAAAAAUGGGAUGGGCACUUAACUCCUUCGGCACUCAUCAGGCUCAGUAGCAGCCCCUAACCAGCCACUUGGGCUGGACGAUGCUUUGUGGCUCAGUUUGCCCUACCUUGGCUGUUGUGAGUGGAUCUGGACCCCAUUGUCCAUAAGCAGAGGGGGUCCUAUCCUAGGGCUGCCAGGGACAGCCCCCUAUUUACAGGGCGGUCUGCAGCUUCCCAUCAAUGCCAGCCCUAAAUUUUUGGGCCCUUUAUCGCAUAUGUUUAUGUAAAGGAGUGCAAGGUGCAAAGAGCUUUUCAAGGAUAAGAGGUGCAGUUGAUGGAGAGGUUAUGAAGGGAGGGCAGAAGGAAGUGAUUGGGAGGGGCUUUGCUCUGCAGAGGGGGGGGGCAAUGGAAGCUUGUGCAGAUCCACAGGAGGGGGAUAUGCUCAGGCACACCAGUGUGCACACUCAGAAGAACAAUUACCCAGCUGGCACCUGCUCUGCAGGGGUUCCUCUUCCAGCACUUGUAGGGGAGGCUAAUGCAUUUCUAAAAAAUUGGAAUCGAUGUCAAAGGUGGUGUGUUUUUUGGUUCUUCUUCUUCUCCUUCUCUAUUUCUUAUUAUUUUAAAUCCCUUGCUGCCAAUCUCAUCAUCCUGGGUUUUUUUUUUGGGGGGGGAGCAUUCUGGGGAAGGUUCCUAAGUAUUGGUUGUUGUUUCUAUUUCCCAUCUGAUCAAGUCUCUUUUCUUCAGUCCUGGGGAAUUUGUGGGGCGUUUGGAAGGAAACUCUCCAUGGGAAUAGCAGAGUCUCCGAGCUGUAACCACCCGGAGUAGUUUGUGUGUAUGUGUGUGUUUGUGGAGGCAAAGGUGACGUGGGUGUGCAGACAAUCAAAAUGCUGCAAUUGUGUCUUGCAAAUCAUCCAAAGAAUUAGAGGACGACAUGUGGAUGAGAUAGCGUGGAGAGAGCAGGAAGGGCUGCGAUCCUGAUUAAAAAGUGCUGCCUAAGAGAGGACUUUCCUGCAGGUCCACAUUUUCAGAGGGCUUUGUUGAUGUGAGGGUGCUUCCUCCACUAAACUGCUUUGCUUCAGCUUCUCCAAAGUGGUUCCUUGCCUGGAACUCAGGGCGUUUAGAGGUGAGAAUGAGCCAGGGUCAGAGAGUGUAGGCAGAUGUUGAUCCUAAGGCAUCCCUGGCUCUACACAGCAGGGAUCCCUGCCUGGUGGACUGUGGGCUUGAAGCACAAAAGAACACAUGUGUGUUCGCUCUCUCUCUCUCUCUCUCUCUCUCUCUCUCUCUCUCUCACACACACACACACACACACACCACCCCCUCCCCCAAAUUGCUGUUGCUCAGCCUGGCUUUGCCGCCUCGUUCCCCAGCUGUAUAAUCAGUGGCACCCCGUCUCGGUGCUGGGGCUGGCGAUGACCUUUCCUCCACAAUCGUACUUAAUAAAUGUCACAUUUUCCAGCCUAUUUUUACUCUGGGUAAAUGAGUUCCCUGCGCCGCCUCCCCCUCCACCUGCCACCUCCUGCCUGCCCAUUGGUGCAGCUCCCUGGCCACCACUGUUCAGAGGCAGCCGUGCAAUCCAUUUCCCUAACCCCAGCCCGCACAAUGGAGAGAAGUGAGAAAAGGAGGCUGCAGGCAGUCCCAGGCAGUCCCGUUAGUGUUGGUGGCUUGUAGUUGGGAGGUAGGUGGCAGAGGGGGAGAGAGGGAGGAUAGCCUGCUUCCUGCCAGCAGAAGGAACAUGGGUCCGCCUGAGGAGAGAACAAAUCCCAGAAGGAUGUAAGAGUGGGCAGAGGCGAUUUCUGCUUUGUUAAACAAGCGGCUGGAUUUAUGUGGCCUGUGGCAAGCAUUUGGACUUGUUGGCAACCCAUGCAUUUUGGCAUCUCACAGAGGGAAAAGGUGGGGUUGGGGGCUGCCUUUGCAUAUAAGGGUCAUCCUCCCUUUCUUGAGCCCUCUUGCCUCUCCACCAUCUUUUACUCUUCACCCCCAGUGCAAAUUGCAUCCUUAGCAAGUGUACUGUCCUCUGAUGGCUUAAGGAGCUAUCAUUGCCACACUGCUUUGUCAUGCUGGCUGCACCGCCUCUUCUCUAGAGUUCCCUUGCUAGCCCCAAAGCCCGCACAGAGAGGUGUCAGCGUCUGUUGCAGAUGACAUCUCCAUAUCCCAUCCAAUUUGAUGUUUGCUUAGCAACAUAGGAAGCUGUCUUGUACCAAGUCAGAGACUUGGUUCUUCUAACUCAGUAUUGCCUACACUGAUUGGCAGCAGCUCUCCAGGGUUUCAAGCAAGGGGAUUCUCCCAAUCCCAUAUGGAGUUGCUGGGGAUUGAACCUGAGACCUUCUGAAUGCAAAGCAGAUAUUCUAUUACUGAGUUGUGGAUUUGCUUCUUUAUUAUCUAUUCCUCCUUCCUUCCAAGGAGCUCAUGGCAACAUAGGUGGUUCUCUCAGUCUUCCCAACCCAUUUUAUCCUCAUGGCAACCCUGUGAUGUAGGUUACGUUACAAGAGAGUGACUGGUUCAAGGUCACCAUCUUGUCUUGUGCUAAUGCUGACAUAUUUCUGAAGGCUUGCUGUGUUUGGGGUGUUGUAGCAAAAAUGAUAAAUGCUGGUUUACAGACUUAAAAAAAAUGUUGCAGCACAAUAUCUGGUUCAUCAGUUGUGUGGCAUGGAGCAAUGCACGCAUCCGAUGAAGGCAGACCACAAAAACUUCUUAUGCCACAAUAUGUCUUCAGCAUGCCACAGGACUCUUCAUUGCUUGUGCUCAUCCUGGGGCCCAUAGACUGCCUGGAAAUCCAUGUGGAUUUUAGAACCAAUAAUUUGUGAGUUACCCUGUUGCUCUAAGGUGAGAAGAUGGGAAUGUACCUCCCCUUUUCCAUAAACAAUUUUAUUUUGAACACCCAUAAGGUCAUUUGAACAUCUCUCAGCUUGUUCACACAUGUAAAUGUACAUCAUUGGUUAUUCAGUCCUUGGUGAUACUCAGAACAUGUGAAGUCUCUUGCCUGGAAACAAUUCAUUCAGCCUUGUGUGAUAUGCAAGGUCUGUCUUCUACGAUGACUUCAUUCACUCAAGCAAGUCAUAUUGACUGUACAGUCAGCGAGUGGUGGUCACACUUGUGUGCUGUUCUUUGGCAAGAUAAUGACUUAGAGGUGUGUAUACAAGUAGACUCCCCACAAUUCCUACCCCAUUCUAGUUUUACCUCCUAAGCCAAAUCCCUCUACCUAUUGUGGGGUUUUCCCAAGGACAGACCAAUCUGUUAACCCACAUGCUCUGCUACUUUGCAACAUGGAAGAGAAGGAGAGGCCACCCAUCCCUAUUCCUGGGCUCUGGAGGCUGUGUAACUUUUCUGUUCCAAAGCCGCUAGCUGCUCUGACAUGGGGCAAAGGGUAGCGGAAGGGAUCAGAGUGGAGCUGUAGCCGCAGAAGGGUUGUUGGCCUUGGCUCUGCAGUGAGAGGAGGCCGAUGCUGUGCUCCAUCCAUCAGAGCUGCCCGCAGGCUGGAAAAUGCUAAUAAGCAACCAGCAAUGAGAGGGAAUCUGUGUCCAAAGCAUCUGAAUAAGUAACCAGUCCCAGGAGCCGAUGCAGCCUUCAGGCCUCUGCACCCCUUUCUCCAUUCAACCAAUCAAUUCUGGUUCUGUGCAAAGCUACUUUCUUGGCAGGGUAUGCUUGCUGCUCUGAGUCUGCCCUGGAUGAUUUGGCCCUUUUUGUGACUCCACAAAUUGCAGAAAGCAUACCUUCUGCAGAUACAAUGUCCCCCAAUUUUGGCAUCUCUUUGGCUCGAGUGAUGCUUUCUCCAUCCUGCCAACCCAGAAGUUGUUUCGCAUGUCCCUAGCACAAGCAGACUCUUUGUGAAGGUACUCCAGCCAGAGAUGAUGAACCUGUCAUUCUCCUGAUAUUCGUAGACUCCAGUUCCCAUAAUCCCUGAUCAAUGGCCAUACUGGCCAGAACUGAUGGGAGUUGGAGGCCAACAGCAUCUAGAGGGCUGCAGGUUCCUCCAUCCCUGCCAUCAGCUCUUGGUUCAGGCCCUGCCCAGGAGUACCUGGCAAUCCAAACCUCUUUUUGACUUGCAGUAAGACCAGCUAACAGAGCAUCUUCAAACCUUACCUAUACCCCUUGGGCAAACAAGCCCUAAAAUACUAACAUUGUGUAUGACUCUCAGUGUCGGUCACUUGGACAGGAAUAGACAGGUCCAUUUUGUCAGGAUCCAGUAUAUCUGGAGUAGUCUUUGGUUGGAUGCAAAGCCCGCAUCUGUGCUACCUAAGCGUAAUUAAUGGGGCUGCCCUUGUUCUGUGGAAUAGCAUUCCUGUAGAGAUACAACAGGCACCCAGUCUCUUCACUUUCUGGAAACAAUGGAGGACAUUUUUGUUCCAACAGCUUUUCCCAGCUGGAUAAAGGGGUAUUUGCCAUGAGUAUUUCUGUAUGGUGUUAGUUUUGUUUUAAAUGUAUUUCCUGAGGAGUUUUCUUUCUUUCUUUUUUUGCAUGCUUUUAACUGUUUUAAAUGGUUUUUAUUGUGUAUCGCCUUAAGAUGGUUGUAUAGAAGACAAUUAAUAAAUUAAUGAUCAUCACAUCAUUAUCAUCAUUUUGGGUUUCCUUUGAUUAGAUGGAUUUGGAAGCCAGGAAGCCAGAGGGUGACUCAGGCUGAUCUCCCAGUCUUUGGUUGUUUCCAUAGUCUGCACUUCUACAUAUCACAAGGCAAAGGGCAACCUAACCGUAGUUGUGUUUGCUGCUGCAAUUGGCUGAGAGCCUAUGCCUCUUUCUGGACCUGCAAGAGAACCGGUUGCCAUGGGCAAUAGGCAGAGGCUGAGUGUCACAACAUCCUCAAGGCUCUGCUGAGCCCACUUAAGAGAUAUGAGAUCCUUGACCAAGCCUGGCUGGUACCCCCCUGCCCCCAGCUCAGCAUCAGCAAAACCAUGCUAUCUUCAGGGCAGAGAGCUGUCUCUAGAGUCUGACCUUCAAGGUGUAUGGGACUGGCUGGGCUCCCCUGUUCUGUCCCCCCAAUCGCUGCUGAGCGAAAACUUGGCAGAGUGGCUGGCAUGGACCCCACAUCUCCUGACAGAUAUUAAUUGUUUCCCAGGAGCAGUUAAUUAACUGGGGCAGGAGCGCAAGCAGCCUUGGGAGAGCGGAAAGCCUCAUUAACUCCUGUGGGGGUGGGGAGGAGGGCAGUGAGAGGGAAGGAAGCAGUUAGAUGGAAAUGCGGGGGCAUUCUUCAUCCAGGGUGUGUGUAUGAUGAGUCAAAGUAGGCCCCGUUGGGCGGGAAUCCAAGUCUUUAUCCCUACCCACCCAUCAAGAGAGAUAAGAUAGCAUUGCUCAUUGUCUCUCCCCCAUCUGCUUCAUAUUUCAUCCCAGAAUGAAUGAGAAGUCAGCCACACUUGGAGAAAGUCAAGCCUGGGAUAGCAACAACGGAGUGUCAGGUAGACUUGAGUCAGAAAGGGAGCAAGCAGCCUGUGAAUAUUAAGGGAGGCCGACGGCAACCCCAAAUCAGAUAGGAGGGCCUGGUGUGGUCAGUAAAUGUUACUGACACCCCACUCCGCUAACCCCAGGGCUUGGGGAGGGUGUCAGUGUAGAGCGAUUUUGCUUGCCUGGGAAUGGUGGCACAGCCCAAGAGCAGUCGCAGUUGGGAGCAGAGAUGCCGUGGGGGCCAGCAGGCUCAGCACCGUCGCCGUGAUUGAGAUCAGAUUGCUGCCACGCAUAAAAAAGCUAUCUUCAUAAUUAUAUUUAAUGAAUUGACUUUAAAAGCUCUUACGCUCUUAUCUGGGUUAAUUUAAUAUUACACACUUAAUAAGCCUGUCUGUAAUACUGUCAGAGUAUGCAUGAGCGCUGGGCCCAAGGAGCAUCCUUCAAGCCACUCUUCCCGCUCGGUGCAUGAGGGCAGCAGGUGUAUGUAUGUGCCCGGGUCCGCCUAUCCACUGGUGCCAAGAAACAACGUAACCCUCUGGUUUGGAGCCUUGAGCCACUGACUCUGCUUUCCUCACUGUGGCUUUGAGACUGGAGCAUAGUUUCCAUUUUUGUGGGGAAGCAACUCCUUCAGUUACAGAUAAGAAGGGAGGACACAGCAGCCAAAAGGAGCAUGUGACCAGAAAGCAGCUGAGCCUGGGACAGCUCUGAGAAGAUCCCUUGCUUGAUCCCUGCUAAUCUGCAGCAAGAUCCCUCUCUGAUGGAAAAUAUACUUUGGGACUUGCCCCCUGCAAGUGGGAUAAACUGCUCAGAAUCCUUUAGAGGCUUUUCUUUGUUGAAGUCUUAACUGUUCCCGCUCUGGGAUUUUUUCUGUUGCCUAUAGAGAUAGUGUUGGGUUUCCUACAGGAAUAUCAUCAGGCUCCAUCCUCUGGGUUCACAGCGAACCAAUGAAUUGGGUUAGGGCUGCUGGGCUGAGGAAUCUCUUUCCUGCAAUUCAUUCCGGAUGGUCUUCCAUUUACUUCCAUUUACCAAUCCUUUCCUUUGCCGUAGACAGAAGAGAGAGAAGGGCCACAAGUUUGCUCCCUGUCUGCUUUGGAAAACCCCUCCCUCUCUCAAGCCCUACUAUUCCCAUAAAACUACAAUCCUAGCAAGUCUGGAAAAUGCCUCUAGGAGCCAUCAUCUUUAUACAUUGAGAGAAGUGUUCCUGCUGGGCUCUUUCAGCCCAAAUAAAUGCUUUGUGGAACCAAGAGUGGCCUUGGAGCAACAUAAAUACCCCCAGAUCUCUCUCUGGAUCACUUACAAGCCUGAUCUUUCUUUAACGGAGCAGCAUGCUUGCUCACAGACACUGGUUUCUCACACAGACGGAGUCUCUUUCAAGCUGCCAGAGGAGUGCAUAGCUGCUCUGUUUUUCCUGGCAGCUGGGUGCUUUUCGAGGUCAGGGCUCCAGGACACAGAGAUACUGUCCUUGCAUCUCCUCCUUUGUCAGCCAGCACACGGCAAAUGCCAUAAAAGGAUGGACAGUUGUUGCAGUCUUGCUCUCUGAGAAUAAUGAUAAAUAUUAAGGCAAAAUCUGCUUUUAAAAAAGAGAAAAAAUGCCAACCUUUGUUGGUGUGGCAGUAGGCAAGCUUUCAAGUUACACUGAAUUCAUCAUCAGGUGAAUUAGAAAGCUUAUUCCAAAUAGCCUGCUAUAUAGCAAAGUGAUAGCCUACUAAACAAAGCCUUAGGAUUUGUUUUUGUUUUUUAAAAAGGAGGGAGGUCAUAGUCCCUGUGAGAUAAGAGGCCAAGCCAAACACUGUGACUCUGGAAAGUCUACAGCUCCACUACCUGCUUCCCUCCCCCUUUUUCCUUCCUGCUCUGAAAGAUGCAGUGGCAAGUGCCCUGAGCAUGCCCGAGGGGCCUGGCUCUGCCAUAUGGGGAUUAGUAGCUCCGGAGCUGCCAACUUGGUUGAAGAAAGAAUUGUGUGCAUCCUCAUCAGCCUGACCAGACCUGGAAGAGUUUAAAUGGGGCAGAAUCAUACAACACCUCCAGCCAUAAAUUCCCACCCACCCUUCACUUUCAUAAACUGUAAGCCGAAAGGGUUGAUUCACACAUCCUUACAACUAAAUGUGUGAACUGCCUCCGUUGAAGGAUAUAGUGUCUUGAGGCAAUGUCAAGUCAGCGAUAUGAAAGCUUUGUCUCUGGUCAUGCUUGUUUCAUGCAAGUGAGGCAUCACUAGAUGUUGUAGUUUCUGAAUUAUAAGCGAGCCCAUGUGAACUCUCUCUAAGGUGAGGUGGAGCAUCCACAUGGAACUGUGUUUCCUUGCAUGGAACAAAGUGUGUUUCCAUGGUUGGUUUUCUUGGUUGUUCUGGUAGUGUAAAACUAAACCAUGGCUUUGAAGUAUUCUGGAGUUUGCACAUUCCCUUCUCUCCCUUCCCCUUCAGGGUUCCUUCCCUUUUUGGUUUGUGCCAUGUCACAGUUGUCCUUUCAUCAAAAUGCCAUUCGGACUUGUCCUGCAGUCCAGGAUUGGAAACCAAGGUUUGAUCUCUGAUGGACAGAAAGGAAGCGAGGUCUAUGGUUUGAACUAUGCCAUAGAGUUAGGCUUCACUGGCUGUGAUAGACUAAGAUGAAGUUGUAUCUCUGUAGUUUGGAAUAUUACUCAAAUUCCCUUUUGGUUUUACAGCAGUGGUGAGCAACUCACAUUUCCACUUGUGGCCUUCAAACUCCCAUCAGUCCCAGCCAGCCAGCAUGGCCAGUAGUCAGAGAUGCUGGGAAGUUGUAGUCCAACAACAACUGGAGGGCUAGGGGUUUCUUAUCCCUGGUUUAAAGUAAGAAUGGCAAUCAACAUUUAAGGCAUCGGCAUCAGUUACACAAAUUGACUGCCCAGAAUGAGAGAAACUUACAUAAUUUGACCCCAGACAUGUGAUGUAAGGCUUUCAAACUUUAUCAUAGCACUGUUGAGUAAAGCCAUACCCCUGCUAGAAUAUAUAAAAGGCCCCUUUGCCAGGGAUCAGUGUUGUGCUGGUAUAUGCAUGCCCAUAUUGGUGGGUGUAAGCCUGCAACUUACGGGUGAUGUUGGCUUGCAUAUAUGUCAGGCGAAGUAUUUGUGAAGAGCUCUUGUUCCCUGUUCUUGUCUUGUGGUAGGGGAGUGGUACGUGAUUUUGUAUAACCUCACUGAUCUGCCUCUAAAUCCAAAACUGACUGAUGGGACUUAUUCAAUAGCUAGGAUAAUAAUGAUACCAUAAUGUACCCCAAAUAAAAGAGAUGCUCGUUGUAUUGGGAGGCGGUCGGCACACCUUAAUAUAAUUAACACCAGGUUUAAGUUAAAAUUUAGGUGCAGAAUACGAAAUCUUUUAAAAUAUGUUAGAAAGCCUGGGUGGAGAAAAAGGUGUUUACUGCUGAAAAGAUGUCAUUGUAAGCCCCAGACAGGCCUCUCUCUAGGGUACGUCACCACUGAAAAGGUCCUUUUAGGCAAGGAUGGGGAACCUGUGGCCCUUCAGAAGUUACUGGACUCCAGCUCCCAUCAUCCUUGACCAGUGACUGGUGGUGUCUAUGGCCAACUACCUUUGGAAGGCCAUGAGUUCCCCAUUUGCUCUAAGGGUUGAUCUCCUGUUCUGCAGGAGGAGUAGCAAUCUGCAUCUUACAAUCCACACUUCAAAAAAACCCAGGGAUUUUUUUGUGACUAUUACACCUCUAAGGCAGCCAUAGGAAAUGGCCCGGUAGGAGUUGUGUGAGCAGCCAUCCCUCUCCCACUGUUUCACAGAACCACCGUUUUUUUUAGCAGACUGCGUGAGGGCAAUAAAUGGACGAAGCUGUCGCAGGCUCUCAUAGAUGCCGAGACAGUGAAGAAGAAAUAGGAAAGUGGAGGGGGAUUUACAGAGUUAUGACCUGACGGAGAGAGGAGUGAGUAGCCUGCGUGUCACUUUUUUGGGGAGGGGAAGAAUGGGCAUUGAGAGAUGUUCUCUGAGAGUGUAUCUGUAUUGGAUUGAAUGUGUGCCAGAUGUUCCCAGCUGCAACUGUGGGCUGAAUCUUUGGGCUCGGGGGUUUCCUGGCAGUACAGUCAGGGUAUAUUCUGGUGCCAGGUGCCACCAGUCGUCGAUGUGUGGGAGGCGACCAUAUUUACGCACCGGGGGUUCCCGAGCUCCCUGGAACAGGGUUUGUAUGACAGUGCCUCUGCCAUUAGGCACUCCACACGGUUUAGCGUGGAGAACAGAAGGUUUACAGAGCUGCGCUAAAUGACGCAAAUGGUUUGAGGGCCGUAAAGAGGGACAGUUUUAUGUCAGACGACUCUAUAAAGCACGGCUGCUCUGCCAUUGAUGAGAUAUUGGGCUUUAUUUAUAGAAGACCCUGAUUGCGCUAGAGGCCAGCGUACUCUGAACGCCAGCCAGGGCCUGGGGAUAAGAGGGCGACUCAUUUCCAUGCAGCUGCCGUCUCCGCUUUCACACAUUAAAGGGGGGAAAUUAACAAGUUUGCAACCAGUCAGGUGGAAAAAACAAUAAUUGUUUAAAACUGUGUUUCCCCCUUUCUAAACCGCAGACCGCCUGAGACUCCCAACACGCGUGCAGCACUGAGAUAACAAAGGGCCAAAAGGUCAAGUCAGGCCUAGCAAAUGAGAGAGGGGGGGAGCCUGGAUUGUCCCCUGGCCGUUCUGCAUUGAGCUUGUGUUGGGCUCCAAGAGUCUCUGCCUCUUUGGCAGCCCAUAUUUAGUGCUUCUGCAGUGGAGGGCAGUAGAGGAAGAAGCACACGCACACAACACGUUCCUACAUGCUCACAGGGCCCUAAUGGCAAUCAUGUCUUGUGAAAGGACAACAGCUUGGGUGCACCCGGGAAACAAUAGGUCCAGCAGCAAUUUGUGCAUAUGCUUAACAGCCUCCCCCAACCUAGUGCCCUCCAGGGGUUGUGGGACUACAAUUCUCAUCAUUCCAGGCCAUUGACCAUUCUGGCUGGGGCUGAGGGUCGUGGGUUCAAGCCACACAUUGGGCAGAAGAUUACUGUGUUUCAGGGGGUUGGACUAGAUAACCCUUAUGGUUCCUUCCAACUCUACAGUCCUGUAACUCUAUGCGUCUAUGAAUACCUGGAGCCUGGCCACAGGCUGCUAGGGGAGGCUUUUUUAAUACAUUGCCCCUCGAACACCGAUUAGAGAAGCAAUACAGACAGCUCCAAGAAUCAGAGUAAUGGUUUUGUGUCUUCAUGACCUGAUUGUGACAUUUACAGUCAGCUGAAGGAAGCUUCAUAUGCCGCAAACACUGAACAAAGAGGGCAUGAGAUAGAGAGGUAUUAUUAUCGUUAUUUAUUUAUACGGAAAUUUCUGUCCUGCCCUUUUGGUGCCUACGCACCACUCAGCAGUUAACAACAAAUAAAAAUCAAACAUUAAAAAUACUGUGUGUGUGUGUGUGAGAGAGAGAGAGAGAGAGAGAGAGAGAGAGAGAGAGAGAGAGAAGUUCAACAGAUAGGUAUUCAGCCAAAGGCUCUCUUUUAUCUGUUCAAUCACUGCUUAGAGAUUUUGUAAACUAUUUCGUGGUUUAUAAAUGGAUUUAAAUAAAUAAUUGAAGCAAAUGUGUGACCAAACCAGAAAGCUGAGUCUCCCAGGGCAAAGAGUUCCACAAGUUAGGUUUAGUCACAAGGGAAGGCCUUUUUUCUAGUCCCUGUCAGCUGAGCCUCCACCAUAGUCUGGACACAAGGGUCUCUUUGUCAGAUUUUAGGACAUGGACAGGCUGGUAUGGGAGCAGGUGGCCCAUGAAGGCCAAAUUAGACAAUAUAUUAGCUUUGUAUUUGUGUUUUCAAGUACAGGUUGUUGUUUUUAAAGAAAAAAGAAAAACAAAUUGCUAGUGUGGUUGGCUUGAUUCUGGCUUAAACUUUAGUGCAGGGAUAGUUAAUGUGAUGCCCUCCAUAUGGUUUUGGACUCCCAACUCAAAUUAGCCCCAGCCAACAUGGCCAAUGAAGAGAAUAGGUAAGAGUUGUAGUCAAACUGUGUCUAGGGCAUUUUAACCUUUUGCAAGGAGGUCCAUGGUUCUGCUCUGCAUUGGGGGCCCCAUGUCAACAAUUUACCUAGGCCUGCUGCGCUUCAGCAAGGUGGCUGCAUCAUGUGUCUGCCUUCAGGCAAUGCUCCGUUGUACAUAUGCAUUUAUUUAUUACAUUUUUAUAUCAUCUUUCCAACAAAGAGCUCAGAAUAAUACAUGGUCUCUCUCACCCCCAGUUUAUCUUCCCAAGAAGAGAGAGAGAGAAGGGAGGGGGAAUAUGAAUGACUGCCCUAAGGUCAGCUAGUAAGGUUCAUGGCUAAGUGGGGAUUUGAAUCUCCCCGUUGUAAUCCAAAAUUCUAGCCACAACACCACACGAAUAUUCUCAUGAUCUCUCUCUCUCUCCCCCCCCCCCCACUUCUUGUGAUCCUACCUGCUCAAAGGAGGGGACGAGACAAUGUGAUUAUGCAAAUCAGGUUUACUUUUGUACAUGUUACACAGUUUACUCCAGUGAGCAUUUGUGUGCAGGGCAGGGAUGGGGAACAGGGCUGUGGAAACUGUUGGAAGCUCUAUGUUAAAUGUGAGCCUUUCCUGGAAGGAACUGAGAAGGCGAGGUGAAGGGAAACAGCAAGAUGGAGCAAACUCACCUGUGAAGGGGCAGGGAAGCUGCUCCAGUUCCACCCAGGUUCUCCCACCUAUGCAGAAUGAGUGUGGGAUUUGACCUCAUUGCAUUAAGAAGCCUGGUCUGAUAGGAAAGGAGAUUGUUGCCCCAGCUCCCCAGCUUUGACCUGUAAUCCCACCUCAUCUGAUCCCCUAAUGAACUGAACAGCAGCUCAGUGACCCGUCCAGCAUGUGAAUGGCUUGGCUUUCAUGGCUGAAGAGCUGCACAGCGCUGAUAGGAAUGGAAGUUGCAAGGGAUAUGAGCCUAUACUGCCAAAAAAAAAAAAAAGUGGUAGAAACAGAAUCACUUUUAGAUCCAUGUCUGUUCAAGCAGGUGUCCCAUCUGCAACAGUGCCCAGCCUUGACAUUCCCGUGUUGCUCAUCAAAGCUUUCUGAGCAAAUCCCUGCCCUCUCUCUGUCCCGUCCCUCCCUAAAAACAAUCUCUGUCAUUUCUCAGUAAUGUUAGUUGUCCUGUGAAUGUGUUGUAUCAAUUGGAACUCAUUCACUGGGUUUUUAAAUUGUUAUUCCCUUCACAAGUGAGCUUCACAGUUUGUUUGUUUUUGGUUAUAGGGUUGGAUGGUUUCUUUAUUUUUAAAGUUAAAUGUGUGUGAAAAUUCCUGCCUUUUGUUUCCUUUAAGACUGCCGCCUCUUUACAUCAUCUCAUAGUUUGCUGCCUUUUGUAUUGUACAAAGUAUUUCACAGCAAUGGAAAACAUAGAGGGGGAAUUUCAUUGCUUGGUUAGACCAUCUGGGAGGUGUGUAAGCUCUUGGGAUUAAUGGAGUUCUUGCUCAAAUAGAAUAAAAAUUAAAUGAAAACUGAUUACCAUCAUCUCAGGAAUUAUGAAAAUUAUAAAAAUAUUGUGGCACCUAGAAGAUUUGCACAUUUAUUAUGACAUAAGCUGGGGGGCAAUCUUUCUGGGCUUGGGACACAUUUGGAGAUCUAAGAAACAGAUGUGGGCACCACAAAAUACUAAUUUCAUAGUAGAGAAACUGACAGUGCUCAGAGACCCUCCCAAAACAACCAGGCAGAACAGCUACACACUCCCCAGAACGAAUAAAAUGAAAAUGAAAAAACAGGGACACACACCCAACAACAACUCAAAUAAAUAAAUAAGUCUCAAUUUAAAAUAGAAAGGGUGGAAUUGUGCCGCUCAGUGAUGAAUGUUCUAUCUAUGCAAGCAUUGCAGCUUACCACAUGCAGGGUUCCCACUGAUAGAGUUCCUUAGUUGAAUACUGCCUAAAGUUUGGGAGGGGCAAGGAGCUUUGGUGGGCACUGAUGGGGUGUGUGUAUCAGGAUGCCAUACUCCCCACAAGCGUCACAUUGAGGACCCCAGACAAAAGCUUUUGUGGACUACAGUCCACUUCAUCAGAUGCACAAACAAUCCCAAAUUGGAAGAUACAUGUGAUUGCCCACUCAGGAUUACACUUCCUACAUCUGAUCUUGUUUAUUGUACUGUAUGUCCUUACUAUAUAUAUUUUUACCUUAAGUCUUGUACUCCAUUCUGGGAUUGCCUGUGGUGAUGAAGAGCAGGCUAAGAAAUGUUUUAUAUAAUUAAUAAAUAUGUAGGGAGUCUUAUGACAUCUUAAAGACUAGCACUGCCAGAGGCGCCAACUUGCGCCAAAAAUUGAAGGGGCCGACAUCAUGCGCAUGAUGUCACAUGUGUGACGCACGACGUGUUGUGUUUUGGGAGGAACCAGGGGGUGGAGCCGAACACUCUGGCGAGCGGCUGCUCUCUCACCCUCAGCCUCUGCCAUGGGCCAGGAGGAGGAGGAUGCAGCCCUCGCUCUCCACUUCCCACUGGUGGCAGGACACAUGCUGAGAUCUCCCUCAGGGUUGGCAGAUGCGGAAAGCCCAUGGUUUAGGGCCGAGGAGAGGAAGGGAGGUGGAGGCAGGUGUUAUGCAGCAGCAGCAAUAGCCAUCACGGCCCCCUUCCGAAGCCACCUUCUUGUGGCCUUGCAAGGUGUCAACAGAGAGCAACCGCCUCCUUUUCCCAACUGGCUGGCCAGCCAAUGGCUAUUAUGCACAUCCUUGUGUGAGAGGCCCCACCUCAAAAUGUAUACAACAUAUACACAAUAUAUAUACACAGUUUAAAACUUUAGAAGUGCAAACAGCAUUUCAAACAGAGCUCAUUAAAACAACAUACUAAAAAAAACCCCGAACAAUUAAACCCCGUGUUUACAAGAGCUGUGACUGAGAGCCGGCGCAUCCAGCCCCCUUGGCUCAUGCCCGGUCUUCCCUAAGCCCCAACAGAGCUCCAGUGGGUCGGGGGGGGGGGGAGAAAAGCUGAAUAGGGUGAGCAAGUGCUGGGCGGCAGCUGUAUUCCCAGUGCUUUCUUGCAGGAACAAUGCCCAUCAACUGGGGGGGGCACCUCAAAUAUUGUACGUUUGGGGGCGAAUAUUAUAUGUUUGGGGCCCUCAGCCCCUAUGAGUUGGCACCUAUGAACACUUCUGCUCUUCUGGAAAUAUACACCUUGUAUUGAAUUUUUUAAAAAUGCGUGUCUUGAUGCUAAAAUUCAGAAACCUGGUGGAUCUUGAAAAUGCCAAAGUGCAUGGAAGCCUUGCUUCCCUGGGUCACUGGGACACAAUGUGACACCUCCAUCCCUCUCUUGACUUAUCUUCUAUUAUUCUUGAUUGAUGUGUGUUAAAGGGUACUUAGCUGCUCCUUCCUCAUUGUGUCUGAAAGAUCAAAGCCUUGCCAAACUUGUUCCACUUCAAGGUACUCCUUUCCCUACUUUGUCUCCUCUGUUAAUUAUCUUGUAGCAGUUUCAUCCUCUGUCUUUGUCUCCUUUAUAAAUUGAUGUCCUAAUAUUAUUAUUGCAUCUUCUGCGGUAUGGAAAUGUUGCCUCCCCUGACUGUUUUGAUUCAGCCUGUCUGUGUGCUUAAUCUUUUCCAGUUCUGCUGUGUCUUUUCUUCCUACCUUUCUUUCCUCCUUUUUUCGUAGGUAAGGGGUUACCAAAGCUGUGCAUGGGCACCCCUUGUAUGCACAUGCCAUUGGCUUAUAGAAAAGUGCUGAAGCUAUUUUCUGUAUUAUUCUUUUUUUAUCCCUUUCAUAAUUGCUCCUAACAUCUCGGCUGCCUUUUGACAACUGCAGCCCAUUGAUCUGGUGUUUUCUGGGAGCUAGCCACAAGGACUCCCUUAAAUCUCUUUCCUCAGUGGGAGCAACCUUACACAUCAUAACUCUUAGCCCAAAAAGAAGGGUUGCUUUUCCCAGGAUGCCUCACUUUGCACUUGCUGGCAUUAAAUUUAAUCUCCCAUUUCAUUGUAUCUUUUCCCAAUUUUAUGGGAUCCUUUGGGAAAUCCUCCCAGCAGCCUGCUUUAGACUUAAAUGGUCUUGAGUAUCAACUGCAGGCAUCACCUAACCCUGCCCAAACCUCUGCUUAAAUGCCCAUCUUUUUUUCUCAGUUACUAUUGAACACUCCAUUGUUUACUUCUCUCCAGGAUGAAAAUGGACCACAGAUCCUUGCCCUUUGUGUCUUAUCUUGUAAUCAGUUGCUCAUCUAUGAAAAGCAGCCCUGAUCUUAUCUCACCCAGCUACUUAAUUUUCUUAAAAGCCUCCAGUUUCAGUACUUGUCAAGAGAACUUCCGAGAAAAUUGCUUCCCUUGUACCCAUCUUCUUAUCUGUUUUCUCUCCCCCCCCCCUCCCAACUUCACUUGGGAUCUUCCACAUCCCCUUUUUGCCUUCUUUUCUCUGUUGGUGGUUCUGCACAUCCUACGAGUAACUAUUGCUGGUGCCACAAUGGAGGGAAAUUCCUUUCCACCUAAGCACUAGUUGCCUUACAUAGUCUUACAUAGCAUUGGGGGUGGCACUAUAUGACUGGAGUAACACUCUUCUUGUGUGCUUUGGUGCAGUCCUAGCUCAGUCAUUGCAACUGAUACUACUGAUCUCUGUGCUGUACUGCUUUGCAGAUGUGAGAGCUCUGGAAUUCACAGAAGGAUUCCAGUUUUUGCAACUAUGAUGAAGGCCACAUUCCCUAAACUGGAACUAGUUUUACGUGUUGGGGGGGGGACUCCCCGGCUUGGCUUGGCUUGGCUUGGCUUGGCUUGGCUUGGCUUCUAUUCUAUUCUAUUCCCACCUAGCCCCACAAAACUGGGACUCAAGGUGGCUCACAAAAAUUCUAACAAAUGCAGAUAAAAUGCAUUUAGUUAAAAACAUAUUAAAUGUUCUUGUUAAAAAAUAAUUAAACUAUCUUUGAAACCAAAACAACAUUAAAAAAACUAUUUACUAAGACACAGAUGGGCCGGGGGGGGGGGGAGGCCCGGCCAAACACUAUAGCACACUAUUAGGAGUCCUUUCCUUAAAAGCAGUCAGUUCUCCAAGCCUGCUGGAAUAAAAAAAGUCUUCACUUGCCAGCAGAAGGUCAACAAGGAGGGAGCCAGUCUAGUUUCUCUAGGAAGAGAGUUCCAAAACCUGGGAGUAGCCACCGAGAAGGCCCUCUCCCACGUCCCUGCCAAGCAUGCCUGUGAAGGCACUUUUAGUGGCUUUCUGUCUUGCACAAUUAGGGAAGUUUAGCUCAGCUUUUUAUUUUCAGGGAUUGACAAGGGAAGGGGAUAGAUAGUGGAAUUAGGGUUGCCAGAUGUCCUUUUCCCCCCGGACACGCCCUCUUUUUCAUGGGUAGUCAUAGCAAUCCAUAGUUAAAAGCAGAAGUCGGCCAAUGGGUCCUCUUUUUUGCUUGUCAAAAUAUGGCAACCCUAGCUCCAGCUUUUCUACUUCUCAUAUCCAGGACAUGCAAAUGUGGACAAGUGGUGGGGGUCAGUGCCAGAUAGGUGGGAAUGCAGAUAGGUGUUCUGACAUGGAAAGAGGAGCUCCAUCUAUCAGCUGUUGGGAUACUUUGGCUAAUCCUACUUGUCUUCAAAGAAGUGACUAAGUGUGUGAAGAGGCAGCCUUGAUUUACAAUCCUAACUAGGUUCUAGGGCUAAGCUUAUGUCUGGGAGACAGGCGGAGUGAGCUCAGCACUUCUUUCCCAGUCCCAUUGCAUUGGAAUGGGGUGGCAUGUGAUGCAGAGAGACUGCAGAGAGGUGUAUGGGAAGAAUGUCCACCGGCUUCAAGCUAAGUAUUGGCUUGUGACCCCUGUGACUGAAGGUAGGCCCAUCUCAACAGCUGCCAGUGCCCUUGGGAGAGGGGUGGCAGCAAAGUGAUGUGAAUGGGGCCCUGAUUGAUGCAACUGCUCAUUAUCCCCUCUCCAUCCUAGGCUCUCCAGGCCACGGAUGCUGUCAAAGUAGCCUCAGCAAAGGAAGCAUCCCUGCUGUGACAGCAGCUUUGCGGUGGUUGUGCCCCACCAUGGCCCCUGACUUCCUGCUCUCUCCCCUCCACCCUUCCUCCCCAUUUGCCUGUCUGUCCACAGCCUGGGAGCUACUAAUAGCCAGCUCUGUUGUGCAGGGAGCGCAAGGGUGAUAAAUAAUCUCCAAACAGAACAAUUAAGGCUGCAUGUGGCGGCCUCUUGCUCCCCCCAUCUCCCCACACACACACUCACACUCUUGUGCACUGCGUCUGGGACUCCUAAGGCGGCGAGAAUCCCUCUUCAUUAAUCAAAGAUCAGCUACAAUUACACUCACUAAUUAUUUGCAAAGACUCUUUUGUAUUUUCUGUCUCUCCAGCAAAAUGCUGAUUGGACUCUGCAGAGGCUCCACUGCCCUUGGAGACUGAGGACGGGGGAAUGAGGAUGUGGGUGGAGGAACACUCCAAAAGCGCCCAAUCUUUGGCCUUAACUAUCUAUCCAGCAUCGCCACUAAGCAGACAGGUCUGUCCGCAGUGCAAUGGGGAGAUCAUGUCCAUGCAGUACCCAGAACCCACAGGGGCUGCAAGCUAGGGUGAGAUUGGGAUCACAACCGGGCAGGGGUUUGGGGCAUUAUACAAAUUAAGACAAAUCGUAGCUGUUUCUUUGGAAUAAUUCUUUUUCUGCUGGCUGUGCAGGAGGGCAAGUAAUAUGGCAGAUGAUCCCUUUGUCAAAUGAAGAUCUUAAAAAGGUAAAGGUAAAGGACCCCUGACAGUUAAGUCCAGCCGCGAACGACUCUGGGGUUGUGCCGCUCAUCUCGCUUUACUGGCCGAGGGAGCUGAUGUUUGUCCGCAGACAGUUUUUCCAGGUCAUGGGGCCAGCAUGACUAAGCCGCUUCUGGCGAAACCAGAGCAGCGCAUGGAAACGCUGUUUACCUUCCCAUCGGAGCGGUACCUAUUUAUCUACUUGCACUUUGACGUGCUUUCGAACUGCUAGGUUGGCAGGAGCUGGGACUGAGCGAUGGGAGCUCACCCCGUCACAGGGAUUCGAACCACCGACCUUACAGUCAGCAAGCCCAAGGCUCAGUGGUCUACACCACAGCGCCACCCACGUCCCAAAUAAUGAAGGUCUUGCUCCGUCCCUUUUGGCUCCUGAAAUGUCACUAGGCAAUACACACACACUUUCAAACUAAUCUCCACUGUCAUAUGGGCUAGACGCUUCCUUGCUUAUUGAAAUAAAGUCUGAGGCUCUUGUGGGGUGUUCGUGCACAGUGUUGCUACAUGUCUGCAUACAUAUAUGCACUGCUUAUCUGUGUGUGCAGGAAUGCAUGUUAUGUUUUUGCAACCUUUAUAAACUAAUUAUAAUAGAGUAGAAAGGGGCAUCCAAAAUGAUCAAGAGCACCUCUGUGGAAAGGCUAACUCAGAGGCCAUGUAGUGGGCCCAAACCAGUGGAACUCACUCCUAACUGAGAGUAGACAGGCACCCUCCUUGCUGAACUUCAGGGGCAUGGCUAAGACUUUCUUGUUCCCGCAGACAUUUUAAGAUAGUGCACAGUUUCAUGAUAAAUUUUAUUGUUUGAUUGUCCCAUUUUCUGUGCAUUGUUUUCAUGUGCACUAGUAAUGCAAAUAGUUGUUAUAUAGGACAUUCUCUCUUGGGAAUAUUGAGUUUGAGAUGACAAUGAAUCAUCCAGGCAGAAAUAUCAGAGAGGCAGUUGGAGGUUAAGGCCUGGACCGAGGCGGCUGUUCACAUGCAGAGAGAUAAAGUUGGGGGUCAUCUGCUUACAGCCUUGCGGGGACAGUUUGUGGGUAGGGCCAUCUCUCCAGAUAGGACCAAAGCUAUGCGCUAACCCCUUACCAGUGCUAGGCAUGGAGAGAAGUAAGGGGAAACGGAGAAAGUUCAGUGUAUCUCUUCUCCCCUUGCCCAAGUUGGAGGACCACAGAUUCACAUGGCAAAAGGCCCACUUCCUCCUGAGCAGUCCUUAAAAUAGGAGCAGAACCGAAAAUAAGGGGCUGUUUCCCACGAGAUGUAGGUGCGCCUGGGGCAGAAACAAAGGUCCUGGCUUCCUAACCCUCCCUCUUCCCCAUUUCCCACUGGAUAGUUUUAUGCUUGUCUGUGACCCCUCAGUGAUGUACAUUGUGCUCCGCGCUGGCCCUGACAGCAGCAAGGCCGUGCACUUGCUCUGUUGUCUGGGAGACUCUCCAUCACUCUGGUGCUGCUGGUGCCGAUCGUAUCUCUCAGCGCUGAGCGUUGCAAGGAUGUUUCCCUAGGAGAGUUCAGCUCGGCACCAUUGCCUCCUCCCUCAGCCCAGAGCCCCCCUUCCCCCCCUGCUUGCCUAGUUCCUGCUCCGACAUCCUGUUCUCUUAUCGCCUGACAUGGCCUUAAUUAACUCUGGCCUGAUAACGGGCCCAGCUGCUUCUGCACAAACCCCAUCCUAACACACACACAGAGACACUGACACACACUACUCAAGUCAAUCAUGUGAUUGUGCUCAGAAAGGUGAGUGUGUAUGUGUACCAUCAUGGUUGAGUGGAAGGGGUUAGUGUGUUUAGAAGUGGUGCAAAUGACCCCUUCACUUAGGCACAAAUAUAGCAAGUACACAUUUGCCAGAAUUGUGUGUGUGUGUGUGUGAGAGAGAGAGAGAGAGAGAGAGAGAGAGAGAGAGAGAGAAUCCACAUAUCCACAAUUUGCAAAUAAUAUGCAAAAUAGAAGACGUGUGACUAAAAGCCCUCAUAACUGGAAUUCAUGGUGCAAACACACAUUUUUAAUUGGUUGUACUAAAGCCAGCUAGUACAUUUUGAGCAGGCCUCAAUCUCCAAGGAAGACAGUAUGAACCUUUGUCAGUGGGUGUAACUUGGAAAGGAGCAUGAAGUAUAUUACAUCCCUUCUGCCUGCAUCAGCCUGCAAAUGGCAUUCCAGAACCUAGGGAUCUUAGGGCAGCUGUCCGUAUGAGGGGGCAAACAUGAUUGCUGUGCGCACAUUGACCUUGCACUGCAACAUGGAUUAUGUAUGUGUCUGGGAACAGCCAGUGCUUAAGCAUUAUGCGCCUACAUAUGUGUCAUCUACACAGCUAUGGUAAUCACCAUUGCAACUUCAGUCUAAACAACAUUUUAUUAUGCAGGAAAGGAGAGGAAAAAGGGGCCCUCCAGCUGCUGAUGGAUUCCAACGCCGAGCAUGGCCAGUGUUCAGGGGUGGUGGGUGUUGUAGCACAGUAACAUCUGGAGGACCACAUGUUCCUCACAUUUGUUCUAGACAACAUUGGUGAGAUGAGUGGAGCCCUUUAAAGUGAUUUUGUUGUGGAUGCCUUUCAGAAUGCUCCUAAACACAUCUAAGAGCUGGUCCUACGAUUACAUAUAGGUGGCUGCCUAGGGCAGUGCUUAUAGCAGUGAAACACAUUCAGCAAAUGAUGAAAGGAUCUUCCCUCUCCAUUUGCUGUCUAGGAAUCAAUGUGCUUCAGUGGCUCAGUGACAACAGGCAGUGAAGGAAGGACAAAGCCUGAAGCUAGAAUCAGGCAACAGGGUAAGGGAAGUGGAUGUGCAAGCAACCAAAGCAGCCUAGAGCUUAAGUCAGGAAUGAGAAGCCUGGGGGCCUCCGGAUGUUUUUGGACCACAGUUUCCAUAAUCCCUGACCCUUGACCUUUCUGACAGGGACUGAUGGGAACUGGAGUCUAGCAACAUCUGGAGGGCCACAGGUUUCCCCUUCCUUGGUCUAAGGAGACAAAUUGUAGCAUGCAGCAUGUUAGGACCUGAGGACAAUAGUACAUUCUGGGGUGCCAAAGAAAUUGUGUGAGGCAGGGCUCACCAUAGUAAUAGAAACAUAAGUUUGUAGAGUUGGAAGGUACCCCAAGGGUCAUCUAUACCCCUGCAAUGCAGAAAUCACAGCUAAAGAAUCCCUGGCAGAUGGCUAUCCAACCUUUGCUUAAAAACCUCCAGUGAAAGAGAGUCUACCACCUUCCAAGGUGGCCCAUUCCACUGUCAAGCAACUCUCACUGUCAGAAAGUUCUGGUGUUUACUUGGAAUCUCCUUUCUUGUAAUUUAAAUCUGUUGGCUUGAGUCAUAUCCUCUGUAGCAGGAGAAAACAAGCUUGCUCCAUCUUCCAUGUGACAGCCCUUCAGCAAAGUGGCCAUCAUAUCACCUCUUCUCCAGGCUAAACAUACCCAACACUCUCAACUGUUUCUCAUAAGGCUUGGUUUACAGACCAUUUAUCAUCUUGGUCACUUUCCUCUGUGCACACUCCAGCCUGCCAAUAUCCUUCUUAAAUGGUGGUGCCCAGACUGGACAAAGUACUCCAGGUGUGAGCUGACCAAGGCAGAAUAGAGUGAUACUUUUACUUCUUUUGAUUUGAACACUAUGCUUCUGUUGAUGCAGCCUAGAAUAGCAUUAUGUUUUUUUGCUGCUGCAUCACACUGUUGACUCCUAUUAAGCUUGUGGUCUGCUAAGACCCCCUAGAUCCUUUUCACAUGCGCUACUGGCAAUCCAGGUGUCCCCCAUCUUAUAUUUAUUUGUGCAUCUGGUUAUUUCUACCUUACUGUUAGAAUCUUACGUUUGUCUCUAUUGAAAUUCAUUUUGUUUCUGAUUCUUAACUCUUCAUUGGUGACAGUAGAUAUGCCCAAUAUCCUUGUUCCCUUAACCAAUUUCUAGGCUAGGGAAAGGGGUGGUUUGGAUGAAUGCCCACUUUGGGCAGCUGCCCUUUGGUGGAGACCAGGGUUUAUUCUGCCCCUCAGCUCUCCAGCCUUCCUUUUCCCUGUCCUCAACGCAGUCAAUUAUUAUAUCACUGAGGUGGCAAUUCAAAUACAUUCCUGGCAGUUCAUCCACAGCUCUUGGCAAAUAUUAGCCAAAGGGAGAUUAUUCCAGAGCAAAGUUUGCUGAUGGGUAUCUCUGAAUGUUUGAUCUCUUCAGACUCAUCCAAGUCACUCUGCCUACCUUCCUCACUCCCUCUGCUCAAUGCCAGCAGCUCCAGUACAAUAUGUGGGUGCCCCCCCUACAUUAUAGGGCACACGUAGACCUAUUACCAUCUACCACUUCUAUUUUCCUGGUUUGAAAACAGCAGUCAUUUUUCAUGAAUUUCCAAAGGCAUUAUAGACCAGAUGCAACAUUCAAAUGACCAGUAAGGGUCUCUGUUGUUGCUAUCCCUUCUCCAAGAGUGAAAAUGUAGGUGGCAUCUUGGUUAUGGUGGAGAGGUGCUGUAGGGUAAUUGGCUUUUAAAAUGGGGAGGUUGGGUAAAUUGUGACACAGCAAAGGGGGAGAUUGGUGCCCUGUACCAACAGCAAUGGGAGGGGACUCCUCUGGGUCUGAUGGAUCUUUCUUCAAAGACAAUGGAAGUGGUGGGUGUUCUCAUUCUGUUUUGUUUAUUAUUGGAUGGUAUAUACACUGUUGAUGUGGGUUGGGGACUUGAUCAGUGCCUGAAGGGGAAACAGCUUCAUGCACACCACUCUUGCACUUUCUGAAGAGCGGAAUAUAAAUAAAAUGAAAGGAUAAAUAAAUGUUUAUAUCCUUACUUUAGCACUGGAAAUAGGGCAGGAGAGUGGGGGACGGGGAGCACAAAAUAGGGCAAAUGCAAUGCAAGGUGUGUGUGUAUGUGUAUGUGCGUGGGGGGAGGUAUUUUUCAGGUAGUAUUUGCUCUGCCUUACCCCUAUUGUUCUACCUGUGGCUGAUCUAUCUUUAGGGAUGGUCAAAACCAUUUUUAAAUGGUUAUUGUUGUUAUUAUUGUUAUUAUUUUAAUGUUUAAAAAUGCAGUUUGCAUUAAUACAAAUGAAGAGCACAAAACAAAUCUAAAAUGAUUCAUAAUAUUUAAUAGUUUCAGUAUUCUUCAAACUUUGCAGAACUUCCAGAAAAAGGAAAUUUUGCAAGUGUGAAUCAGCUAGCAAAAACACACACUCACUCACAUACACCUUGCAAAAUGAAUUGUAUCCUGAGCUUAGCCAAAAAUGAGCAGCACUCAGGGGGAUGCGAGUUCCUUGAUGGAGACAAGCUAAGCCUCAUUGCAGUGAUAUUCAUGGACAAUCCUGGCAGAAAAGUUGUCACCCGUUGUUAACAGGCUAGUUUGGAUAGGAGAUCUUACUGCUAUUAAGGAGGCUGACCUGGAGGAUCACUUCCAUAUUCAGAUUUUUGCUAUAGUACCACCCUCAAUUAAAUGCACACAUGGUUGAACUGCAAAACUAUUUUAGUGUGGUGAACAGUUGGAAUGGCAAGGUGAGUGGUGAAUGCUCAAGAAAACUUCAUUUUAAUUGCUUCACUCAAUAGAUAGCUCAUGACUAAACACAGUUUUAGAGCUUCCCAAAGCAGGUUGAACAAUGAAGUAGCAAACAACAGUCUUGAGCGUGUGACAAUGGCUGCUUUAUACAGAUUUGACUGCUCAGUCACCCUGUCACCUGCACCACGAUAUUUAAAGUAGAGCCUGACUCCACAUUCACAUUCAGGGCUGGCCCAAGGCAUUUUGCUGCCUGAGGUGGAGCCCUCCCCACACCCGCAAGAUCAGGCGCAUAAUAUCCAAUAUUGGCCAAGUCAUUUUUGAACCUGAAGCAAAUAAUCCCACAAGUGCCUUUCCCCCUCCCUGGCAGGAAAAAUCCAACAACAAUAAUAGCUUGCCAUUUGCCGUCAUUUCAGAGCACCCAGAAUCAGCUGCUUCAGGUGCCAUCUCUCUUUGCCUUAUGGUAGGGCUGGCCCUGCUCACAUUCUCCUGGAUAUGAGGCAGAUGCUGCACAGGUUGCCAGCUGCCCUAGAGCUUGCCCAAGCUAGGCUUACAGGCGCUUCUGUGGGAGUCACUGUUGCCUUGGAAUGCCGGAUCCUAUCAUGUCUGUUUCAUUGAUUUAAGCACCGCCGAAAGGGUUUUAAUCAGCCGUUAGCUGCCUGCUUAGGCAUCAGGAACAAACCCAUCAGCCAAGAGAGAACCACAAAGGGCCAGGCCCAGGGCUGGAGCGGUCCCAACUCUUUAAAGAUGCAAAUUGGCAAUCAAAGAUCAAAGCCGUGAAGUUGGCAUAAUCUCCCUUAAAAGGGUUCCAUUAUUAACGAGCUGGGCUUGUAGCUCACCCUACUUCACUUGCAGCUUCUGAUGAGGCUGCCAGGCUGUGCCCUCCUUCCCUCCCACCGCCUCGGCUGCAGGGGGAAGGAUGAGAGGCAAAGGAGUGGGAAGGUCUCGCCCUGUUUGUUUUUCUCUCCUCUCUAAUGUGUUGGUGUCAAAUUCUCCUUGGCAGAAACUACAAACCCCCGGAAUCGAACCACAGGGACACGGGGAGAGAGGAAGAGAGAUGUCGUGUCUGAGAGAGAGAUACAGAGAGAGGAAAGAGUAGGGAAUGAUUCUUGUAUGGUGGGCUAGGUUCUCCUGCGUAGAACAGAGGAUUUCAGCAUGGCAAGCAAAAUCUGCCGAAAUUCCCUGUUCUAUACGCAAGUAUUAAAGAGCCUUGUUUUCUUUCACAUCUCUCCACCCCACCCCACCCCCAAUGUUAAUGGGCUCCUCAGUCCCACCAUUGCCGACACCCUGGCUAUCGCUUCUUUGGGCAUCCUUCUCCUGCAGAGACAUGCAUAUCAUCUCUCAGUUUUUAUCUGAUGCUCUAAGGUCCAGCCUCCCAAGACAUUUUGCUUCCUGAAGCAGAGCAGCAAAUAGUGCCUCCCCUCACCCCAUGCCGUCAAAGUGUAUAUAGCACCCAAGGCUGGGCAAGGCACCAAAUUUUUCCGUGUAUAAGACGCCCCCAUGUAUAAGACACCUCUACUUUGGGUUCCCCAAAUUUAGAAUAUUGGCAUAUGCACUAUCUGUGUAUAAGAUGCCCCCCCCCCCCGAUUUUUAACCUUAUUUUAAAGUAAAAAAACCCCUAGUCUUAUACACUGAAAAGUACAGUAGUUUGAUUCCUGAGACAGAAAAUCCCAAAAGGGACUUUCCCUCUACCUGGCAGAAAAGGUAUCAGCAGCAUCAUUAUCACAUUGCUGCCUUUUCAUAACACCGCAAAAUCUGCUGCCUGCUUAUGGCAGCUGCCUCACUCUGGUAGGGCUAACCCUGUAUCUUCUUGGCUUGCCUCUCCCCACUCCCUUCCUUGCUUUCCUAAUGAAAUGAAGGGGAACAUGCCUUUCAGCCGCUGGGCUCUGGAAUAAGGAACAGAAGCCAUAAAAGGACAUUCACUCAAAAACACUUGGUUAGGGUUGCUUGCCUUACCAUUUAACUUGCCCACCCCUGUGAUCACUAGCCAUGGAGGGACCCCCCCCCUUUCUGUAUUGUGUGUCUUGGCAAACUGGGGAGUUUAAUCCACAGUAAUGAUUUGCAUGAAGUCAGGAGGUGUGGAUAGUUAAUUUCAUGUUAAUUAUUUUGGAAUGCAACAGGGUGAUUUUGUUUGUGCUGCACAAAUGAGCUGUGAUUGGAGACAAAACACCUGAAAUGAGGGAUACAAUGAAAGGCAGGCACCCAACUAUCUAGAAACAAAAAAUAAAUAAAUAAUAGAGACAAAUUUAAUUUAUGGAGAGCUGUGUAUGAGAGAGUGGGACGAGGGUGUGAGUGAACUGGGUGGGUAGAGAUGCUCGAGGGAUUUGUUCUCUCUGAAUUCUGGUGUGAGCUGACCUGAUCCGCCUUCUCCUAGGCUAUCACGAAGAUCUGAACACAUAGUUAUCCUGCGGAGUUCGCUCUUUGAAUUUUAUGGUGUAGUUCUCAGCUCAAAAAGCCUACUUGUUUUUAAUUGUUGUAAAUAUGUUUAUUUUAUUUUUAAUUGCCUUGUUUAAUCCCUGAAGUUUUUGCCACCCACUGGGAGAGCGAAGGGUGGGAUAACCAUUUAAUAAAUAUAAAUAAAUAAAUAGUAAAAUUUUAGGGUGAAAUACAUUUGAAAAUGCAUACUUUGAGAGAAAACAGAUUUAUAAUUCUGUAUCUUAUGAGAAAAAGCAUUCAAAUAAAGUUUUUUAAUGUAUAUUUAAUUAUGGGGGUGGUGGUGCGGAUUUUGUAUCUAAGAAAGUUUGCAGAUUAAUGCAGAAAUGGGGCAGAACAGGCUUACGAAUGAUGCUGUGCAAAAGUGGCAUAGAACUGGAAAUGAAGUGAUGUAACCAUUCCUACUGAUGUGAGCUGUAAGAUUGGGAGGAGUGGCUGGUGAUAUGCAAGUGAGGAGCUGGUCCUGAGCCCAUUCUGCCAUCCAUAGUAGAUUACUGUGGCCAUCAUUUUUGUCUGGUGCUCCUGAUGCUUCUUCCUGAAUCGCUUCCUUAGCACAUCUGAAGGGGUCCCUUCAGUAGUAAUGAUAAUUGUGGCACACAGCAAAGUAGCAGUCCCUAAGACCAGCGGUGGAGCAAGCCAAUCAGGCGUGUGGGGUGGCACGCGUGCCCUGCACCCCGCGGUACGAGCCGGGGCAGGACACUCCACCAGGCCUCUGAAGAGUCUGCCUGUCUCCUCCCUCUCAGCCACCCUACAGCUGAGGGCGAGGUGGCGGGCGGACCGUUUGGGCAGCGCGGAGCCUGUGGGCGCCCAAGCCAUUGCGUCACUCCCAGGAGAGAUGCAUGGCCUAGGCACACUGCAGGCCCCGCAGUGAGUGCCACUCGCCAUUUUGUCACACCCCUCAGUGGUGACACCCGGGGCGUCCUGCCCCCACCACCACACCUUCGCCCCUGCUUAAGACACUAUGGUUGCAAGCAAAUGAAAAACAGAAGAGCCCUGUAGAUGAGAAAUGGGGGCAUCAAAAGGAUAAUUAAAGACUCAGGCCAGGGCUGUACCUGGCCAUGGGGUGAAUGCAGACAUUUACCACAUGGUAAAUGUGGGAAAGCCUCGGUGCUUGAUAAAGUCCCCACUGUUUACCAUGGCAUUACAAUGUGUGGCAUGAGGAAACAACAACAACAGUUUCCUUAAUUCAGAAGACCAAAGUAAACUAUAGUAUAAAACUUCAUACCACUUGGUGAGUGGGUUACCAAUAUCGAAACAGUGUGUAACAGUGAAGAGGAAUGGAGAUUAUGAACUGUGCAAGGGAGGACCCCCUCAGAGUGUCCUGCUGAUCCUUCACCCCAUUGCCCCCAAAUGCACUUGGCAGUCUUGACUCCCAACACAGCAAUUUGCUUCACCCUGUGCUCUCGCCAAUUCAUUCACCCCAUUGCAUGUGUGCCAAUUCUGCAGCUACAAUUCAGGCAGGCACAUCCCUUGAUAGGUGCAGAAGGGGACCAACUUGGCCAGACAGGGAGCACUCACAGGGCUGCCUUGCCUGUCCUAACCCUGCUGGUACUUCCCUAGUUGUAUUCCCUAGUUGGCUGCAUGUCCAUCUCUACUGAGCUCCCUGUAUGCACACUUUAUGGCAGGUGUGGGGAAACAAUCAACCCUCCAGAUGAUUUUUUGGACUACAAUCCCCACCAUUCCUGGCCACUGAGUAUGCUGGCUGGGGCUGAUGGGAGUUGGAGUCUAACAACAUCUGGAGUGCCAUGGAGGUUCCCUAUCCUUGCUUUAUACCCUUGACCAUGGUGAGGUGACAACACCUUGGAGGGAAAGGAUUCUGGAUUUUAGACACAAAAGCAGGAGUUAUAAACUCAUGAUCACUUGCUAGGGAUUUUGAUUGCCCCAUGUCCCAUAAUUUCAGGCUAGUUGUAGUGUGAAGCUCACUCCCUUCUGAUUUGGUGAUGGUGAACCAUUCCCCCACCCACCACCGCUGUCCUUGGUACUUGCAGAGAAAGAUAGAUGGGGCAAGAACAGUGAUGCCCUCUGAACUACAUGGGAAAUUUCCAGUUCUAUUGAACUGGAGGAAGGAAUAGUGGAUUUUCGUCAUGAACAGCAUAUGAUUUACUGCUGAACUAUGACACUCACAUCCAAGACACCUCUUGCCUUCCUUUCUGAGAUGCUUGAUUUUUUCAAAAGUCAUGCAUGCACACCAGGGGGACCCUGACCAGUGGCCAGUCCCCUGGUACAUGUACAGAUUAUUUAAAAAAACAAAUUUAUUCAUCUUCUGCACUACCACUCCACAUGCUUGUUGAAACCGUAGUAUGUGAACAGCCCUGCCAGGUCGACCUCUUGCCGUGCAGGAUUUUCUUCCACUUCCCAAACCAUUCUCGAGAUUCUUCUAUAUGGCUGCCCGGCUGGCUUUAAUUGCCAAGCCACCAGGGCCCAUGACGUGCCCCUGGGUCUCCUGCGGAAAGCCGCUUUUUCCGAUGUUUCCUGCCGAGCUGACUCUGAGAGCUGCCUGUGCUGUUAACCAGGCAUGGAAAUUCUGGCACCAUCAUCUGGGAGCUGGUGUGACAAUAAAUCUUAUCAGCAGAAGCACAUCCUCUCCCGGAGAGAUAGGCCCUGCUCCGCACACCCUGGAACACAAGUCUUGCAUCUGCACAAUGUCACCGUGAAGGAUUUUGCAGAUAACACCACGGCUGGGUAGGAGAUGGAUUCUCUACCAGCGCCCAGAAGUGCGAUAGGAGAUGAGGCCUUUUGUCUAGGUCUUCCCUCUUCCUUAAAUCUGUGAUGCAGCCAGGCUAUUAGCAGGGGGAUGGGACAGUGGAAAAAUUAGUUUAGGAAAGCUACAAAGACACAAAAAAGACAAAGGCAAGUCCCCGCUCCACAGCAAGCCCCCAGAGAGCCCUGGUUCCAAACGCAUAAGAAGUAAGGCUGUUGCAGGUUACUGACUUGUAUCUCGCAAUGUCUGAAGCUCUUAACAAAGGGUAAAGCAAUGGACUAGCUUUCUUUUUUGUGUGAUGGCAGAGAGAGGCUGGGCAAACUCGGGGGUCUAUAAACUACUACAUGGGGGGGGGGGCAGCUGAGAGGGAAGAAGUCCCAAAUUCCCAGUGUAUGCAGAUGAUCAUGUUUGGUGUAACAUGAGGCAGAGAGUACAGAAGUCAAGUUGUUUAUGUCACAAAACCUAGCUCAUGCAUUUGUUGGGACAGGCACAAGGACAGCCUUGGAGUAUAGUGGUACCUCGGGUUAAGUACUUAAUUCGUUCUGGAGGUCCAUUCUUAACCUGAAACUGUUCUUAACCUGAAGCACCACUUUAGCUAAUGGGGCCUCCUACCGCUGCUGUGCCGCCAGAGCAUGAUUUCUGUUCUCAUCCUGAAGCAAAGUUCUUAACCCAAGGUACUAUUUCUGGGUUAGCAGAGUCUGUAACCUGAAGCGUCUGUAACCUGAAGCAUAUGUAACCCAAGGUACCACUGUAUAUAUAACAUACCUUGACUGCGUGAUGAGGUUGGGCUGUGUAUAUUCCCUAAUGCUGUAAUCCACUGCUUAGAAAAGCAGAACUGGGGCUCAGGAUUUUUGUUUUUAUUUUAGGCAAGGUACUAGUCCUUAGAGUUGUGAAAAUAGGCUUGUAAUUGUUUCUUGCAAGAGAAGUCAGCCCAGCCCCAUUCACACAACCCACACCGCCCUCUUGAGUUGGGUGGAUAGGAGCAUCCCUGUGUUUUCUGCACCACCAGUAAGCAUAAGGAGUGCUUGUGCUUUUCCCUUCCACAGCAAACGGGAGAACUCGGGCGUCUCUGGCUUAGAUGUAGGCAUAAAGUGUGUGUGUGUGUGUUUCUUUGCUAAAUAGAGGCAUGCAAUAUUUGUGCGUGUGUGUGUCCCUCCCCAGCACGAAGCGCCUGUGCCAGCGAUAAGCGUGCCGAGGGCGCUGCUUUGGCCUGGCAGGCGUCCGCUGCCCCAGGCAGGUCUUAGCCGAGUUUAGUUUUAUACACUUGCUCGCGCGCGCGGCCGGCGCGGUCCUGGGAGCGGUAAUGAGAUGGAGGCAGCAGAAGGACGGUGCGAUAAGGCAGCCAGCUCUGCCCCAGCAGAUUAAAUGCUGGGAUUAAGCAGGCGGUGCCAGCGCGGCUGGCGUUUUAUCUCCGCAGCGCUCUCCCCUCUCAUUCUCCCGCUUGAUAGCGAACAUUUUCAGAGCUGUCAAGAGAAGAAAUUGCUUGUUAACCCUUUGAGGGCCGAUCUUAGCCCCGGAGCGGGGACGUGCAGGGGGUGGGUGGGGAGAGAUUCCUGUUCUUAGCUGUCCAGGGAAGUGACUAGAGCCCUGCAGGCUGGUCCUUUCCGCGCCGCCCCCCAGCCCCUGUCCCGUUAUAUGCCUUAGCUGGAGGGAAUCGGUCCUUUUUUCCCUCUCCCCCCCCCCAUGCAACCAUCCAAUUCAGGGCUGCAGCAGCAGCACCAAUAUAAUUGUGACCUUUUGAACAGAGCAGCCUAGGAGAAGCUGGUGUGCAUCUCUGGAGACUCCAAACAGUAGCAUCUUGUGCAACGCUCCUCCCCCCCUCCAAGGGGAAAAAUAAGCUUCUUUUUUCUUUACUCAUGUGUCAUACCAGCCCACACCCUCCAGUCCUCCUAGAUCAGAAAGAAUUGUAGUUAUGGCCAAAGCUUUCAUGGAAAAGGAGGACCCACUUCGCACAUGGUUUGUAUUGUAAAGACAUAUCUUUUUGCCCAGGCUUCCCCUGACCCAUGGGAUGGGACCCUCUUUUAUUUGUUUGAAUUCUCAGGAUUCCCAUUUCUAUUUGUUUGUAUACACAAUGACUACUGCUUUACUGGAUUUUGUUGUAUCUUUGUUUUAACGAUAUUGUCUGUUGGCUUUAUGUUGUACACUACUGCAAGAUUUUUAAAAAAUACUAAGCAGCUUAUAAGUGUAUUAUAGAAAAGAAAUAAAGUGUUAGUAGAUACAUUACUACAUGGCAAUGUGGCCCUGAGGCCAUAAAACACAUGAGUUAUAGUAUGCAAUAUUUGUAUGCAAAGCUGAAAGGCAGGCUAGCGCCACGCACACCCCCCCCCCAGCAAGCCAUUAAUGCUGUUAGUUCAUUGCUGUCCCUCUAGUCUAGAUGUGAUACCAUUCAUGCAAUUAGCACUUUUGUGAAUGGCUCUUUUAGAGUAAAUAGCAAGAUUUGGCUUGGGACUGCAGAGCGGAGCAAAUUGUUAUCCCCCCCCCCAGUACCCCAGUAUUCUGAUUUGGAUCAGGGACACACACCUGCUAUUUACUCCUUUAAAAAACAAUUCACAAGGUUACUAAUUGCUUGAAGGGUGUCCCACCCACUGGAUCAUGAGCACCUUGUCUUGAUAUCAGUUCUGUUCAGGGAAAGGGAGCAUCUUCUUUUCUCUUGAGUAGAUGGUACACACCCCAUUCUCCAGGUAGCUGUUCAGAGAUGACCAUGAUCAAAACCCUUAUCUGGUGCUCUUUAAGGCACUUCCUGUCAAGCUCUUUUCCCGCCCCUGUGAGCUAUCCUGAUCACUGCUGCUUGUUCCUUGCACUUUAAUUGGCUUCCCAGUUUGAUUCUUCACCUACUGCUGCUCCUUGCCAGGCAGGACCAGGUUACCCUAUCCUGUUACCUGAGAGCCAGCAACCAAUCCCCUCUGGAGCCACACUUUUUUGAGCACACCACUAGCUAUUCCAUCUGAAUCUUCUCCUGUGACUUUUCCCAUCUCUCUUAUGGAUCAUUUUACCUCACAAAUACACAGUCCCCCCUUUCUGCUGCUCUUCUGUCUCUGCUCCCCCUCCCACUGCUGCCUUUUUAGAUACUGGAGCAAACCUGGCCUAGAGUGGGCUCUGCUGGCAUCCUUCUGCAGGCUGAAAAUGGACCAUUUAUCCCUGUGUUUAUCCCUCCUCACUUUUCUGCCUCAGUGCCAGUUUGUGAUCCAUGACAAGCCUCUGCUUCUCAUCUCUAGAUGGCUCCAUUCUCUUCACAGACUCUGCCGAGGAGAGACAUUUGUCAAAGGCUUUGUUGAGAGUCCCAAUAAAUUCCUGUUCCCCUCUGUGCAGAAAUCAUUCUCCUCGGCUAAGGAGGGCAUUGUUCUUUUCUUACUGGGAGCAGAAGCUCCUGCAAUGUGCCAGGCUCAGUUACUGUUCCUGAUCUUGGUGAGGAAAGUGUUGGUGGCUGCCUUUGUGCUUCUGCACGCUUUCUUUCUCCAAGAUGCUUCUCUGUCUGAAUUUGCCCCUGCUGUCCCUGUGGAGUGGGGUGGGGAGAAAGAAGUAGGGGAAUUGUAUGAAUACUAGGGUAAAGCUCUAUAGCAAAUGACUAUGGUCCCACCUAUCAAAAUUGUGUUAGGAAGACAUUGCUUGGCUCUCUCUUUGGUUUCUAAAAUGGGCCGGAAGUCUUAAGGCCAUAUCCCUAUUGUAAACAAAUGGGUUAAAAACAACAACACUACCCAAGAUUAUCUCCCUCCUUUAUCCCUGCACAUUUCCCCAUAAGGCUUGGGGCCCAGUUACCUUUAGUCAGGUGGGAACAACAUAAAGAAAGCCCUGCUGGCAACUGCUAGGCAGUUGCGCAUCUAGUCCAGCAUCCUGUUCUCUCAGGGGCCAACCAGAUGCCAAUGAGAAGCACCAUCUCUUCAGAGAGGAAAGUGAGACUUUGCUAAAUUUCUGAAAUCCUGACCUUAGAUAUGAAGGUGCAGGGCCGUUGCCAAGUGUUGGCCAUCCAACCUCUGCUUAAAAACCUCCAAGGAAGGAGAGUCCACCACCUCUCAUGGGAGUCUGUUCCACUUCUGAACAGCUCUUACUGUCAGUUUUUCCGAAUGUCUCCUCUUUUUCAGGCUAAACAUACCCAGCUCCCUCAAGUGCUCCUCAUAAGGCUUAGUUUCCAGACCCUUUAUCAUAUUGGUUGCCCUCCUUUGCACAUAUUCCUUUGCACAUAUUCCAGCUUGUCAACAUCCUUCUUAAAUUGUGGUGCCCAGAAUUGGACAGUUUUCCAAGUGUGGUCUGACUAAGGCAGAAUAGAGUGGUACUAUUACUUCCCUUGAUCUGUUGAUGCAGCCUAGAAUAGCAUUAGCUUUUUUUGCUGCUGAAUCACACUGUUGUCUCAUGUUAAGCUUGUGGUCCACCAAGACCCCUAAAUCCUUUUCACGUGUACAACAUUUGCCCACCUCCAGUCUGUAGGGACCUCACCUGUUCUCAGAUUUGCUGCCUCUGUGUCAAGCUCAUCCACAUUUUAGCCAUUAACAACAUGCUUUGUGGGUCAGUAGCUUCUCUUUAGCACACUGCCAUCAAAUGUGCUAUGAUUUCUCCUGGAAAACAAAGAGGAGGGCUAACUGAUAAGCCAAGAGAUGUAGAAGGGAGCUGCUGCAUAUGAAUUCCUCAAGCAAAGAAUGACAAAGAAAACUGGUCUCAGGAGAAGAAAGAGAGCUGGCACCGUGCUGUGUAAACAGUGAUGAAGGGUGGACCAAAGAGAUUCAGACCCCAGCUGCAGAAUCUUGAUUUCUUCCUUAUCCCCUACCCUGGCAAGCACAUAAAAAACAAGUUUUAGUUCUUUGAAGAAGAGAUGCUGGUGCUCCAAGGUGCCAGGAAGCCAUGCUUUCUGACCAGGGAAGCCCUGUCUCCCAUUGCCAGGUGCACCGCAGCUAUCUCAGCUCCACUUUCUUAGUCAUGAGGGGAAGAGUUCCAUAGUGUAAUGCUAAAUGUUUCAAGUGCAGGAGCUCAUCACAAUAGCCCCCAAAGAGAGAUGCGGGCAGGUAAAUUGAUCAGUUCACACAGAUGCGUACACCAGAGAACAGCAGUACAUAGCAUAAUAUCCAAUUCCUUAGGAUGAGCAUGACGGCUAUGCAUAGUUUCCAAGGAGUAAGAUGUACUUUGCUUUUUAUUUGCAUAGGUUCAACCUGUUAAACACAUUGAGCUGUAUCAAAAGACCAUCAUCGAGCUGAAAGGCAAUCUUGAACUUUUAAAUGGAAAUGCAAACGAUCUUGGAAAGAACUGUUGCCAUUUAAACUGCUAGCUUGAAGUAAGAACUCCAUCAAAGGAGAGGAAAGAAGUCUCCAACUCUGCUUCAUUCUCCAAGGGUUCAUCCACGCUUCUGCUUGUCCUCCCACUUUCUCCCAAGGAAACCUGCUCUUCACCGCUGAGUCAAAGCAAACGUCAAUCAGGUUUUCUGGGGAUUGACAUUUGCUCCGAUUCAGUGGUAAAGAAGUAGAGCAAACAGAAAACUGCUCAGACCCCUGCCUUGAAAGCAUGGAACAAGUGGCAAACCUCUCGGACUCAUGAUUUUUAGGCACGGGAAAAGCAAAGUGUGGAUGAGUCCUUUAUGCUGAUUUGUCACAAACUUGAAAUCGUUGUUAUCACCUCACUCAUUUGAUGACAUCACCACACUUGUUCUGAAAAAAGUUCCAGAAAUGUACUAUGGAAGGCCCAUUCUUGGGGGCACUUUUUUUUUUGUUGCUCAGGACUAGCAUCCAAAACAAGUUGAAUCUCUACUCAGCUUCAGCCAUGCUUCCUAAGUGCUCUGCUUCCUAAAUGCAUGUAUACUUUCUUUUGCCAAGAAUGUAUCUUUGAAUCAAAUUAAAUUAAUUGUGUGCAACUCAGCAGGGUGGCUAGGGAGGAUUAAUUAGCGUUAUAUCAUUGGGGUACAAAUUUCUUGGGAUUAAGAAACAAUUGCCCCAGGCUUUCAUCCAAGGCUAGGCAGUGGUCCUGUUGCUCAGGCACAAAAGCCAGUAAAAACGUUAACAAGCCCUAAAAUAAAUUUCAUGCAAAAUUUAUGUAAAAAGAGUGUCACUUGGGCUCCAUAGUAACAUAGUUCAGAAAAUUAGGCAGGGUCUGCCAUCCUGUCCAGCCACAGCCUCUCUGCCCAGCAGAAGUUGAACCAAAACGCCAUGGAACAAGAGUCCUUUAUGUCAUCGGACUGCAGGGUUUUUAAUGGGGGGAAGGAGGUGAGUGAAUGGCUACAGAGAGAGGAAAGAAGGCCAGCUGAAACUACCACUGAUACAGAUACCUGAAUACUCUCUUUGACAAUCUGGUGUGCAUGAGGAUGGAAAAAAUCCCCCCCCCCAAACAGGUGAGGAGGCUCUGAAAAGGAGCAGGGAGAAGCUUUGAUCAACACCACAGGUUCUCAUUUACCGUAUUUUUCGCCCCAUAGGACGCACCGGCCCAUAGGACGCACCAAGUUUUUUGGGGGGGGAAAUAAAGAAAACAAAAAUUAUUUCCCCCCAGGCGCUUGUGGGGCCGGCAGCGGGGAGAAGCGCUCUGCUCCCCGCCGCCCGCCUGCAGACCAGGUCCGGGGACAGCGGGAAGACACGCUGCGCCUCCCAGCUGUCCCCGGAGCUUGCGGGGCAGGCGGCAGGGAGAAGCGCUCUUCUCUUCUUCUUUUUUAAUAAGAUAUUUAUUAGGAUUUUUUAAAAUAUUACAAUAAAAAAUGAAAAAGAAAAAACAUACAAAAUAAAAAUGAUUAAAAACACUCAGAUUUUCCAUUGCUUAUUUUUCUUUAGCUUGUUUCCCGGACCUCCUCAUACCUCCCUUUUUUGUAUUCCAGUUCAGUUUGUUGGUUCAGCAAAUCCUUACCCUCUUUAUUUAUCCUAAUCUUUGGUCUUAAAAUAAUAACAUUAGAUUUUUACCUCUUAAUAACCCCUUUUUCAUAUUCCCUUAAAGCAUUACAGCUAGAAACCACUUAAUUUCUAUCCAACAUCAUUCUAACAUUCAUUAAUUUUACAGUAUUUCUGUAGAUAAUCUUUGAACUUCUUCCAAUCUUCUUCCACCGACUCUUUCCCUGGUCUCGGAUUCUGCCAGUCAUUUCUGCCAGUUCCAUAUAGUCCAUCAGCUUCAUCUGCCAUUCUUCCAGAGUGGGUAGAUCUUGUGUCUUCCAAUACUUUGCAAUGAGUAUUCUUGCUGCUGUUGUGGCGUACAUAAAAAAUGUUCUAUCCUUCUUUGACACCAAUUGGCCGACUAUGCCCAGGAGAAAGGCCUCUGGUUUCUUCAAGAAGGUAUAUUUAAAUAUCUUUUUCAGUUCAUUAUAUAUCAUUUCCCAGAAAGCCUUAAUCCUUGGGCACGUCCACCAAAGGUGAAAGAAUGUACCUUCAGUUUCUUUACAUUUCCAACAUUUAUUAUCGGGCAAAUGAUAGAUUUUUGCAAGCUUGACUGGGGUCAUGUACCACCUGUAGAUCAUUUUCAUAAUAUUCUCUCUUAAGGCAUUACAUGCCGUAAACUUCAUACCUGUGGUCCAUAACUGUUCCCAGUCGGCCAUCAUUAUGUUAUGACCAACAUCUUGUGCCCAUUUAAUCAUAACAGAUUUCACCGUUUCAUCCUGAGUAUUCCAUUUCAACAGCAAGUUAUACAUCUUUGACAAAAUCUUAGUUUUGGGUUCUAAUAGUUCUGUUUCUAAUUUUGAUUUUUCCACCUGGAAACCAAUUUUCUUAUCCAAAUUGUAUGCCUCCAUUAUCUGAUAAUAAUGAAGCCAGUCUCGCACUUUGUUUUUAAUUUCUCAAAACUCUGCAAUUUCAGUCUAUCUCCAUCUUGUUCCAAAAUUUCCCAAUAUUUCGGCCAUUUGGCCUCCAUAUUGAGCUUUUUCAGAGCUUUUGCUUCCAUCGGUGACAGCCACCUUGGAGUUUUAUUUUCCAAUAAGUCCUUGUAUCUUAUCCAGACAUUAAACAAUGCUUUCCUGACGAUGUGAUUUUUAAAUGCUUUGUGUGCUUUGACCUUGUCAUACCACAGAUAUGCAUGCCAUCCAAAUACAUUGUUAAAACCUUCUAAAUCCAAAAUGUCAGUGUUUUCAAGAAGCAACCAUUCUUUCAACCAGCAGAAAGCUGCUGAUUCAUAGUAAAGUUUAAAGUCUGGCAGGGCAAAUCCACCUCUUUCCUUUGCAUCUGUUAAUAUUUUAAAUUUUAUUCUAGGCUUCUUGCCCUGCCAGACAAAUUUAGAAAUAUCUCUCUGCCACCUCUUGAAACAAUCCAUUUUGUCCACAAUUUGCAAUGUUUGAAACAAAAACAACAUUCUAGGCAAUACAUUCAUUUUUACCGCAGCAAUACGGCCCAGCAGUGAAAGCUUCAAAUUUGACCAAAUUUCCAAAUCUUUUUUCACUUCAGCCCAGCAUUUUUCAUAGUUGUCUUUAAAUAAGUUCCCAUUUUUGCUGUCAUGUUAAUCCCCAAAUAUUUAACUUUCUUAACCACUGUUAAACCUGUCUCAUUCUGAAACCUCUCUCUCUCCAUUGGUGUUAAAUUUUUCUCUAAAACCUUGGUCUUUAACUUAUUCAACUUAAAUCCUGCAACUUGACCAAAUUCUUGAAUCAGUUCUAAAACUCUUUUGGUACUAGAUUCUGGCUCCUGUAACGUCAAUACUAAGUCAUCUGCAAAUGCUCUCAGUUUGUACUGUUUGGCUCCGACCUGUAUACCUUUAACCAACCGGUCCCUUCUAAUCAUGUUCAGCAGAACCUCCAGGACCGAUAUAAAAAGCAAUGGGGAAAUUGGGCAACCUUGUCUUGUCCCUUUUUCUAUCUUAAAUUCUUCCGUCACCACAUUAUUUACAAUUAGUUUAGCCUUUUGUUCUGAAUAAAUUGCACUUAUACCGUUUUCAAAACCUUGGCCUACCCCCAUCCCCUGUAGGUUCUUCUUCAUAAAACUCCAAGAGAUAUUAUCAAAAGCUUUCUCCGCGUCCACAAAUAUCAAAACAGCUUUGGUAUUUAUGUUCACUUCUAGUUUUUCCAAAAUAUCAAUUAUAUUCCUCAAAUUAUUGGACAAGUGUCUUCCCGGGAGAAAGCCCGCUUGAUCUUUAUGAAUCUCUUCCAUCAAUACUUUUUUCAAUCUCUUGGCCAAAAUGUCUGCAAAAAUUUUGUAAUCCACAUUGAGUAACGAUAUGGGGCGGUAGUUCUUAAGCUGAGUCUUUUCAGUCUCUGUCUUCGGUAUAAGUGUAAUGUACGCCUCUUUCCAAGACUCUGGUGCCCUUUUCCUUUCCAAUAUUUCAUUGCAGACUUCCUUUAAAGGUUGUAAUAGCCACUCUUUCAAAGAUCUAUAAUAUCUAGAAGUCAGCCCAUCCGGUCCUGGAGAUUUGCCUAAUUGCAUGUUUUGAAUGGCACCUUCUACUUCCUGCUCAGAUAUUUUGUAAUUCAGCAUUAAUUUACUUUCUUGGGAUAUUUUUGUAAUCCAUUUGUCUUCAGAAAUCGGUCUAUAUCAAUUUCCUUCUGUGGCCCUUGUGUAUAUAGUUGUUUAAAAUACCUCUGGAAACAAUUUCUAAUCUCAGUUGGGUUAUGUAUAUUCUUUCCUUCCACUUCUAAAUUUAUAAUAGUAUUUAGUUUUUGUCUUUUUUUCAUUUGCCAGGCCAGCAAUUUCCCAUAUUUGUUGGCUGAUUCAAAUGUUUUUUGUCUCAUUUGUUUAAUUUUCCAUUCUAUUUCUUGAUUCAUCAUUUCCAUAUAUUGUACUUGAUAUAACUUUAUUUCUCUCAAAAUCUCCUGCGACUUUGGUUUUGCUCUCAAUUUCUUUUCACUUUCUUUUAUUUUCCCCAAAAUUUUAUCUUUCUUCUCAUUUUGACUUCUCUUCUUUAUUGCAUUCUGUUGUAUCAGAAACCCUCUCAUAACAGCUUUACUUGCGUCCCAGAUUACUCUUUUUUCUACAUUAGUAUUCAUAUUUAUUUCAAAAUAGUCUCUCAAGGUUUUUUGGGCCUUUUUGUACACUCCUUCAUCUCUAAAUAAGGUGUCAUUCAUCCUCCAUCUGAAGGAGCCAGUUGAUGUUAGUUUGAACUCCAUCCUUACCGCAUUAUGGUUGGAGCAGGUUUUUGGGCAGAUUUCCACUUUCUUUAACUUUGGUGCCAUUCCUCUAGUUACCCAUAUUUGGUCAAUUCUAGUCCAUGUCAUCUUAGCUUCAGAAAAGAAGGUUCCCUCUCUUCCCAAGGGGUUCUUUGUUCUCCAAGUGUCCACUAAAUCAAAAUUGUCUAUCAUCUCAAAAAAUGUUUUCGGUAGUCUACCAUCCUUGGUAACUACCUGUCUUUGUGCCUUAUCCAUGUUUGUAGAAACUACUCCAUUCAUGUCCCCAUCAAAAUCAGAUUGUAAUCCAAAUAGUCCAAUAAGGUCUCAUGCAACUUUUUAAAGAAUUCAGAUUUCCCCUCAUUCGGUGCAUAAAUUCCUACUAUCAAAAAUUUCUCUCCUUGAACUUGGAUUUCAAUUGCCAAAAAUCUUCCUUGGUCAUCUUUAAAAGUUAAUUUCGGUGAUAAUUUCUCCUUUGCAUAUAUCACAACUCCUCUUUUUUUGACUUUGUCAGAUGAUAUAAACUCCUGUCCCAAUCUCUUAUUAAUCAGUAGUUUCCUGUGUAACCUUGUUACAUGUGUUUCUUGUAAACAAAUCAAGUCCAAGUUGUACUUUUUUUAUAAAUGAAAAACACUUUUUCUCUUUCGAGGAGAGUUCAAACCAUUACAAUUCCAACUUAACAGUUGCAGAGCCAUGAUGGGGUUACUUCGCUUUACCUCCAACUGCGCCAAGUGUCUGUUCUUGUUCUGUCAGUGGUGUCUCUUUCUCUGGACCAUGCAAUCCAAAGGAUAAGUUUGCUAUGUCUAGUAUUCCUUUUUCCAGUGCUUUUGGCUCUUCUCCGGAUUCCACUUCUUUCUGUAGAUCUUCUCCGUGAUCCUUCAGAAACCUAUCUUUGUCAUUGACUGAUCUUAUUUUUAUCUUUCUUCCUUUAUAUUUAAAGGACAGGCCUUGAGGGAAUUCCCACCUAAAGAUGAUUCUGUUUCUUCUCAGCAGGGCAACCAGAUCUCCGUAAUUGAGCCUUAAGUCCAAAAGAUGUUUUGGGAUGUCCUUGAAUAUCUCCACACUUGAAUCGUAAAUUUCCAAAGUCUUUUGGUAAUGCAGAUUCAAAAUUUUGUCUCUCUCCUCUUUUGUUCGAAGGGUAAUCAAGCAGUCUCUCACCUUAUUCCUCCUUCCUCCUCUUCCAAGUCUAAAUGCACUCUCUAUCUUGAAUUCUUCCUUCCUCAAAUCCUGUUGCCAGAAAUCUGCGAAUUCCUGCGUAAGAAAAUCAGCCAAAUCAUCUUUCUCACGUUCUGGUACAGCCCUGAUUCUUAAAUUUCUUUGUUUCUCUUUCAGUUCAAUCAUAGACAAUGUCAAACCGUGGUCCUCCAAUUACUUAUAUACCGGUGGUAUCUUCUCUUGAGUAGCAGUUGCUAUAUCUUUUGCUUCUUCAGCUAUCUUUCGAGUCGAAGCAGAUUCCUGUAGUAAUUUUUCAAUGGACUCUGUAUUGGUAUUCACCUUCUGUCCCAAAUUAUUAAUGCUUGUAGUAUUCUGGUCAAUUUUAACUGAUGCUUCAGCUACUUGUUUAUUUGUUUCAGCUACUUGUCUAGCCAAAUUUUCCAAAGAUUCAUUAAUUUUUCCAAGUGCCUGUGCCAAAACGUCUUCGGACGACAUAACUUUUGGUUUAUCCUGUGGAGGUGCAGCCCCUGGUAUUCCAGAUGGUCCAGAUGUUGAAACCCUUCGCUGCAACGCAGUAUCUGUCCGAUAGGGUCUGCCAGACCUAGUAGUUUUUUCCUGCGCCAACUCUAACUUUCCUCUUCCAUCUGCCAUAACACUCUCAUGGGAGAGAAGCGCUCUUCUCCCCGCCGCCCGCCUGCAGACCAGGUCCGGGGACAGCGGGAAGACGCGCUGCGCCUCCCAGCUGUCCCCGGAGCUUGCGGGGCUGGCGGCGGGGAGAAGCACGCGUCUCCCCGCCGUCAGCCUCCAAACCACAUCGGGAGACAGCGGGAUGGCGGCGUUCCGCCUCCCCGCUGUCCCCCGACCUUGUGGGGCUGGCGCUGCGGCUCUCCUGAAGCCUGGAGAGCGAGAGGGGUCAGUGCGCACCGACCCCUCUCGCUUUCCAGGCUUCAGCGAAAGCCUGCAUUCGCCCCAUAGGACGCACACACAUUUCCACUUCAUUUUUGGAGGGGAAAAAGUGCGUCCUAUAGGGCGAGAAAUACGGUAACCAUUUAUUUUGUACACCAUCAGUUCUAAAAAAAACACCCUUGACUUUUGGCCAUCCAAAUGGACUGAACACCAGUCCCUUCACUCCCUAAUACCCCAUUUUCCAGCUGUCCUCUCAGAGUUGCUGUUCUCUAUAACACAAUGCCACCAGCAUUGGAACAUCAGGCAUAGGAGAUCUCCUUUUUUCCUUUUAACUAUAACUCCAAGAUCUAUUAACCAGAACCAGGUGCAAAAGAUAUACUCAAAGAAUUAAAAGAGUUCUGAGCCCAGGAAUUUGCAGUGAAGAACUGAACUGAGUUCACAGUCUUUCCGUACAGAAAGCCAUUCCUGGAACCCCUUCACCAGCAUACAAAAUUUUCUAACUGGGGGGCGGAUGGGGCAGGUGUCAUUUUGCAGCUGCCACUUUUAAACAGUUGGGAUUCAGAUACCCUUGCCAAUCUCUUGGAGACCUUCCAUUAGAUCCUGAUCUACCUUCUGUCCACACCUAGCAUGCAGCUAAACAAGCUAGGCAGAUCGUAAACAUGCUUACUCUCAGGUAGGUGGAAGACUUCUAACUCCCCUUACUAUUUGCUAGGGGGGUGAGAUUGCCAAAUAAUGUGUGAUUUAUUGUGGUGGAGCUCAUAUGUGAGAUAGGAAGGUUAAACCCCAUGUACCAUGGUGCCUAUACUGAUUGUGUUCUCCCACAGUUGUUUUUUAAUAACUCCUCUUCUCAAAAAACAGAUAACACUCAUCUAAUUCAACUCUUUUCUCUCCCCAUAUUGCAAAUGGUGGCAAGUUAGGGUUGAAACUUGAGUGAUUUUCCCAAGUUCACCCACUGAGGUGAACCAGGGACCCUCCAACUCACAUAUUAUCCUCUUAGCCACUACAAUAUUAUGCUCUCAGUCAUUGCUUCUGCAGAAUUAGUCCCAUUCCACCCUCUCAUUACUCCCAACCUUUCCAUGCUGUCUCAAUCACUUUUCUUCCACACUUCAUGCACAAAGAGUUUCCCGCACUGCAGGGAUUUCUGGUUCAUGAAUCUCAAUGGGAUGUCUUCUGUCCUGGUGGCAGGAUGAUAGGCAUGGUAAAGGCUCCUAGUUCAGAUCUUUGCCAAUGCAGUGGUUUGGGGGUUGGGGUGGGGGAGAGGAGAAUAUUUAAUAGUAGGGCAUGGGUGCCAUCUGGUUGGGUUCUCUGGUGCCAGCAAUGGGCACAGUGUUAUGGGUAAAUCAGGGAUCAGGAGGCAUACUGGAGGGAUGCGGUCUUUUUUGGAAACAGCUCUGGGAGCCACAAUCUUAAAUUGUGACUAUGGCCUUACAAGCUUGUUUUAGGAAAGGCUUGCUUUAGACCCCAAAUGACAAGGCUGUUCCUUCUGCCCCUUAAUCACAUCCAGUGCUUCUAACAGAAAACCUAGCCUGGCUUCCAAACCUUGCACAUGCCUGGCCUUUCAGAACCAAGCAGUACGAACCAGUGACCAGUGCAAGAGUGACACCCUUCCUAUUGGUGUUGAGCCACUCUUGCCUUGUUUGGGGACCUGCCUGCCAGGGGCUCACCAGUGCAGAGCAGUCAGCUCCAGAUCAAGCAAUGGGAAGCACUCUCUGUAGCAGCAGCCAUGUUACAAAUGGCUCAGUGGAGCAAAUUCGUCUGCAGUGGAGCUGCAACCACUGGCACAAGUUAAUUGAAACCAGGAACAAGCAGCAGAGGAACAUGUCCUGUAUGUUGUAGUCAGACAUGGCUACGGUGGCAUCCCUAAGAAAUGGCAAAGGCCAGAGAGUGGACUGAGAGAAAUGGUGAAUUGGGUGACCCUACAAGGCAGCUGCUGGUGGUAGAAGAGAACAGGAGGCCUGGAGAUCCAAGGCAAAGGCAGGAGCUGAGCCAAUUCCAGCUCAGGGUCUGAAGUAGGCUGUUUGGUCUGGCAGCUGAUUAAAAGCAGCAGGGGCCCAUGGAUGAGAGGCUGUUGUGCCACAAGUGUAAGAGGCAUGCAGUAUGCAGGGGCAAGAUGAAAUUCAAGUUGUCUGGGAAGGGGCUCAGGACGAGGAGGGAAAGGGAGGGGAGGGGGAAGACAAGUGAGAGGGAGGGAAGGAGGUAUCAGAAGUGAAAUCCUAUCCCACUGGGUCAGAAAAUUGCUGCAAAAUCAGGCUUGAAAUGAAUUGAAAUUGCUGAAUCCAAACGGAUCUAAUAUCCCAAGCCAACAGCAAUAGGAUGCUGGUAUCUGCGCUGUGUUUCCCUCAUGGAGCAAACAGGUGGAGGAUGUCAGUAUGCAUGCUGGUGUACAUUCUGGAGGAGGGGAGGGGAGUUGCAGCUGAGAAGGAGGAGAGAGGGGAGACUUCAGGGGGAAGGGGAGAGGAAGACUGAAACUGUGGAGAUCCAUGGACUGCAACAAAGGGCAUUUGAUGAAUAUGAUUUGUGUGUGUGUGUGUGUGUGUGAGAGAGAGAGAGAGAGAGAGAGAGAGAGAGAGAGAGAUGCAUAUGGGACAGUUGGAAAAAGCUCUGACAGCUAGGAGCGCCAUCUCUGCUGGACACUGACUUUGCUGAGGGAGCUGAUGUCCAGGCCGUGCCCCUGCUCUGACUUUGCCACUUACACAAGUUGAAACUUCUGCUAGUGUCCCCGUCUCCCUGGGCCGUCUCCCUUGGCAACGGGCACUUGUGUGACUCCAGCUCAGCACUCUCACUUAGCAGGCAUGGCUUCUGAUUUCCACGGCUGCUUUCAUGGAUGCUGCGUGCGCUUCCUCUUCAGCCCCAAAUCUCUGUGCAGCACCCGUAGACAGGAAACCACACGUUCCUGGUGCCUAGAGAACCUUUGGGGCCCUGGGAUAACCAGGUCAGAGGUGGUUUUAGGGUAGCACGACCAGUUCGGCUUCACUGGGCACCAGCGCCGCAGGUGGUACCGUAACAAUGAUGUAGAACAGAGUGCGAGUGGCAAAGGCUGCCACUGUAAAUCAAGAGCCCAAAGUCCACCACUGACCCACAAAUUCUCCCUGUGUUAACCUGCCUUUGGGAAUAGGAUGCAACACAGUGUGCAGGGAGGCCUAUUUGGCUGCUUUAGGCUCUUUCUCCUGUGUGAAGCGUUGUAGGCCAUGCCAUUUGGUUGAUGAGUUUGGUAGCCAGGUGGUAGUGAAGAUGGUUGGAAGAUGACUUGGAGAGAGAGAAGAUCAUGCAGUGAGAACUGGCAGCGAGGCCGCAGAAAUACUGGCAUGCAAGUGUGGUAGGAAAGACUUUUCCUGAACAUCCAGGGACUGGACAAGUGGUACAGCAGCUGUAACAAAAUCCUGGAAGAAACAUGAACGGGUUCCAGCUUUCAGGGCUGCCAAUUGAGCUAAUUUGCCAUGAGCUCAUUUCCAUGUAGGCUGGCCAGUAUCUGUGCCAGGGCUGCAGGUGAUCCAAGUUAUGAGGAGCCUCACAACAGCUAUCUCAUAUGAAGCCAGGUAUGGAAAAAGGAGUCGUGGUUGACCCAAAAUGAUCUCGCAGGCCAACCUCUGAGGCCUGACAGGGCUAACUAGGCCCACGGGCAGGAGGUUCCCUACCAGGGCUCUAAUGUAAAGUGGUGAGCACAACAAAACAACUUUCCCCUCUCAGUGUGGCUCCCAAAACAGAGGAAAGCUAUGCAGGAGUGGAGUUUUGUGUGGAAAAAACUGUGAACUCAUUAAAAACAAAUUCCUAGGCUCAAAAUGUGAUAACAGGAAUCCUUUUCUUUAAAUCUGUACUCUUCUGUGCUUGGCUCUGAUUGGUAGCACUUGAGGUUCCAGUUCUCUGCUACACUGUACACGCAUAUGCGUCAGUAAAACCCUUAAGUGCUUUGGAGCGAAACUGUCACUGAAUCCACAUGUACUAGUCUUUCAGGCAGCCUUUGGAAAGACAGCCUAAUCACGGAGAUAGCAGAUAAAUGCUCACAGAUUAAUUACACCAUUCAGUAGUGUGCCCCUUGGGGUGACCUCAAGGGGAUUAUUUCCAUACAUUUGAGUGAGCUCUGUAUCCUUUGCCACUGCCUGUUCUCCAACUGCUCCCCUCCCCGCCCCAUAGCCUUCUCAUUUGUGACAUGUACAAAAAGGAUAUGAUGAGUCCCAUAAACCUAUUUACUAGGGUGUCACAUUUGUAUCCAUCCACCAAGAAAGAGACAUUGCUUGAGAGAGGGGGCAUAGUUCAGUAGUAUAGCACAUGGCUUUUGAGUAGAUAACAGUGGUGAGGGGACACCCCCCCAUGCCACCUCAAUGUUGUUGAACUCUAGCUCCCAUCAGCCCCAGUCAGCACAGUCAGGGUUGGGGAUGGUGGGAGCUGCAGUCCAACAACAUCUGGAGGAUUACAGGUUCCCCAGUCUUGGCGUAGAAGGUCACAGGUCAAUCCUUGCCACUAGCUGUUUAAAAAACAUCUCAACCAGCCUGAGACUGGAGAAACCCCUGUUUCCCAGAGUUGCCGACCUUUUUGCAGUGCUGGCAGCUUUGCAGGGCUGGAGGAGGCGGGAGCGGCUGGAGGGCGGCUCCUCCGGCAGGGAAGAGGUGGAGGCUCCAGCCGCAGCGCUGCUUCACCGAGGCGGGCAAGGGCGGCGAGCUGAUGCCGGGAGGCACCGUGCUGCUCCCAGCCUCUGCCUCUUCCCUGGCGCCCGUGCCGUGGUGGCCACGGCAGGCGGAGCCUCCUGGUGCAUGGCGGAGGUGGGUGAGGGCAGCAAGCUGAUGCCGGGAGGCGCUGCAUCCAGCCUCCGCCUCUUCCUUGGCGCCCUCCAGAACUUGGCACCCUGCUGCCCCGCGCCACUUGCCUCUGUGGGCAAGAUGCCCCUGUAUGUAAGCUUCAUAUGUUAAUAUGUCAUUCUCUGUCAGCAGUAUAUAAUUAAGGAUACUUAAUUUAGAACAAGAAUAGCCAACAAGGCACUCUCCAAAUAUUUUGGACUUGAACUCCCAUCAGUCCCCCAAAGCAUGGCCAAAGUUCAGGGAUGGUGGGAAUUGUAGCCCAAAACAACUGGAAGGCACCAUGUUGAUUACCCCUGAUCUAGGAGCUGCCAUUUCUUUUCUUUUAAAUUAAAGGAUUUUACUUGGGUAAUAGUAGUACAUUGGUACCUCAGGUUAAGAACUUAAUUCGUUCUGGAGGUCCGUUCUUAACCUGAAACUGUUCUUAACCUGAGGUACCACUUUAGCCAAUGGAGCCUCCCACUGCUGCUGUGCCACCGCCGCGCGAUUUCUGUUCUCAUCCUGAAGCAAAGUUCUUAACCCGAGGUACUAUUUCUGGGUUAGCGGAGUCUGUAACCUGAAGCGUCUGUAACCUGAAGUGUCUGUAACCCAAGGUACCACUGUACAUACAAAGCCUCUGUUUUCAAGUCGUAGAAUCUUACAUACAGAUCUGUAGCAUUUGUGGUGAAAUGUUAUUGUUACAAGCAAUAUGGGUUUGUGAGGUAAGAGAAGUGGGAAGAGAGAGGGGAGGAAAUGGGGGAAUAGUAAAAUUUUAUUAUUUCACAUAGUAUAUGAGCAAAGCUUUUAUGCCAGUGUCAUGUGAGUGGUUACUUUAUUUUUGCUAGCGAUGCAAGAGACCAGAGGUCUUGGUUGAUUUCAUUUGGUUAAUUGCAGUGUGUUUUGUUGGUGUGUAGUGGGGGGUGUUGUUGGAUCAGGUUAACCAUAUCAAUUCAUAUGCUAUUGGUGGGGAUUGGUCAUUUCUUGUUGGCUUGCAUAUUUCACUUGGUGUAUGUGUAGAGCUGAGAUGAAGUGGGAAACAGGGAACUCUACUACUGAGGACAAAGCAGUCCACUGAUUCUGCAUCCUCAUGGAGUAACCCGAGAUCACAGAACAGGGCCUUGGAAGUGCCAGCCUGGGUCUAGUGCUUCUCAGUAGUGCCCUUCCUCAGGCUAAGCUUCCUUUCCUCUAUUCACCCAGUGAAUUCACCCAUUUAGGCUCGAGGCUUCCCUUGGGCAAGCUGGGUGCUAGCCGUGGCAGAGAACAGUGGGGAAAGGUUGCCCUGCUCGUCACAUCUCAGAAUGACUCAGAAAGCAGGUUCCCUUGUCUCCCAUUCCUUUUCGUCUUCAGUGGACGCCGUCACCAGCAGAGUGGGGUUAGCAGCUCUGGAGAAAAGAAGAGAAAACCCCCGCCGGGGCUGAGAGAAUGUUUGAUGAUGGCGGAUGAUAUAAAAGCUGAGCUAUUUCUGUCAAGGUCAGAGUGUAGCCGAGGUGGCACUGGCAGCAGCGGCUUCGUAGAGCAGGGAAAUGAGGGAUCUCGUCAGGAAAUUACCCUGCUAAUGGGGUCUCCCUGGCACACAGCAGGCGGGAAUCCCAGACAUUCUAGAGCUCUGAUGGAAACAGAGGCAAGAGACCAGCACAGGGGUCACUGAGGGAUGAGGGAUUGGACUGCGAGCUGGGAAAAGAGCACAGAUAAACUGAAGGGGCAGAAAUGAAGGUCCCCAGGGAGAAAUAUUAGGGCCAGCUGUUGGGUGGUGCGUGGGUACAGCAGUCUAUUUUGCUUCCAUAGAGAAGGGCCUAUCUUAGCCUUACAGUUUCAAAAAUUUAGAAUGAUCAGGGUUAUAUCUAUACAUGCUUUUGCCAAUUUACUUUGGCCCCAUCUUCACUACACAGUUAAAGCAUUAUCAUACCACUUUAAACAGUCUUGACUUCCCCAAAAUAAUCCUGGGAGCUGUAGUUUGCUAAGGCUGAGAAAGUUGUUAGGCGACCCAUUCCCCUCAUAGAGCUACAAUUUGCAGAGUGCUUUAACAAUCAGUGCCUCUUCUCAGGGAACUCUGGCCACAGAGAUGCCAGCUAACUCUGAACACGGUGGUACCCCAUUUGUGUUUCCCUUUGCAUUUUGGACAUACCUUCACCAUCACCACCACCACCAUCAUCCUUUAAAAUCAAAUGAGGAACCUCUGCCCUGGGGUCUGAAUAUGACCCUCCAGACCUCUUAUCCAUCCCUCAGGACUCCCCAGUCUACGCCCCUUACUAAUCUAUUCUAUCCUGGCAAAAGCACUCAAGGAGGGUGUAGAGUAGGACUAUUGAGGGGUGUGGCCUGGGGAGAGGGGUAUGGUGUGGAGAGGGGGUGUGGCCUGCAAUAAGUCCCAAGGGCCAAAUAGACAGGCCUUGAGGGCCAUAUUUGGCCCAUGGGCCUGAGGUUCCCCACCUCUGACCUAGAUCUUAUUUUCCCCUCACACUCAGAGCCUCCAGGCCAUUCUUUCCACAUAUAUCAGGCUUUCAUUGACCUACUUUUCUGUCAUAUUCAGCUUCCCAGGCCCCUGUCCUCGUACACUCAGGUGCUCUCAUUUCUAUUGUUGUCCCUCACAUUUGUCUUUGCUCCCCUGGGACACUCCCUAGUCCCAGGUGCCCACAGUUAGGCAGUUUUUGGCCUAUUCCCUCCAUAACCUGCUUUUCCUUCAUGCGUCUUAACAAUGGCUUCCCCCUGGCUGUAUAGACCCCUCACCUCCACCUCCACCACCUACCACACUCUCCAACUGCUAACCCUGAGGUUUGUUUCUCCACAUCCCUUGUCUCCCCUCUUCUGCCUGAGCCCCCUCCCUCUCACCUGCCAAGCUCCCUGGAUCUAUGGGCUGCCCUUGUCGGACAUAAAUUUCCCCUGGCCAUUCCCUGCCCAUAAAUCUUUCUGCUGCAGCUCCCCAAGCGCCGCGCUUCCUGACACCUGCCCUGCCCUGGACCAUCCACACCCCUUGAUUUAAUGCCAGGCAGAUUUCAUUACUGCUGCUUGCUCUCCUCCCUGGGUCGUUAAUGAAGAUGUUAAAGGAGAAAAGCCCUGCCCCCGACCCUGUGCCCCCACUCAUGUCCUGCACUCAAGUGCAUCCGCUGCAACUCAUCAAUCUCUGCCAGCAUCCGAACUGUUCACAAUGGGUGUCACCGCAAAAUGUAGUGUUGUAAACCCUCCCUCUCCUCCGCCAUGCUCAGGUUUCAUAGGCUCAUCUCUCACCCAUGGGCCAGCAGGCAAUCCUGUCCUAAUUCCCCUGCCAGGGGAUGGAAAAUUUGGGGGAGGUGCCACCCCCGAUUAUUCCAGAAUUUUUCACAAUUUUAAGGGGGGCCCCCCACAUUUUUUCUGGGUGUUUUCCAGGCCUUCACAUCUCUAGCAGGCUCUGUCUCUAGCAGGUACCAUGCUCUUCUUUUUCUGGGUGUGUUACUGCCUCCUCAUCAGAAUUCAGUUCAUAUAUUCAUAUGAUGUGUUUGCCUUCAACUAAGCUAGGUGCUCCCCCACUCCUCCAAAAGCAGCUUGCAGAAUGAACCCUAUACAAAUGUGGUACCCCUAGGUGAGCUUGCAAGCUGAGCGCAACACAUAGGCAAGGUAUAGUUGCACACUAAUCCUUUAAUAAACCUCCUUUUGCGGCCUGCUUAUACCCCGUAUUCGCAUAAAGGGGGCAUCAUACGAGUACACUGGGGGGGCACACUCCUGCCUCUGGCAUCAGAUAUGCCACCUGGCCCCAUUUUUAGAUGUCCGUAUAUUCACAUAGAGAUGCAGGUGGCGCUGUGGGUUAAACCACAGAGCCUAGGACUUGCCGAUCAGAAGGUCGGCGGUUCGAAUCCCCGUGACGGGGUGAGCUCCUGUUGCUCGGUCCCUGCUCCUGCCAACCUAGCAGUUCGAAAGCACGUCAAACUGCAAGUAGAUAAAUAGAUACCGCUCUGGCGGGAAGGUAAACGGCAUUUCCGUGCGCUGCUCUGGUUCACCAAAAGCGGCUUAGUCAUGCUGGCCACAUGACCCGGAAGCUGUAUGCCGGCUCCCUCGGCCAGCAAAGCAAGAUGAGCACCGCAACCCCAGAGUCGGUCAUGACUGGACCUAAUGGUUAGGGGUCCCUUUACCUUUACUUUAUAUUCACAUGUCAUGAAGGGGGCUCUUGAGACUGCUAAAGGCAGAAGAGGGCUGUGAAGCUCUUGGCAGACAUCUCAGUUUGGUAGUCCACAAGUUUGGAAGAACAAACUGCUGCUACAUGUUUGUAUGCUUUACACAACCUCUUUGCUGUCCCCACAUGGUGCAUGGCCUGUCCUUCAGUCAUGCACUUUCCAGCAUAUUCUGAGACCCACAGGAGAAGCUCAACUUUGUGCUCUGCUUAGUUGAAAAACAGAUUAGACAUGAGUUGGGCUUUUCCUGUCACGGCACAUACUGUAUUCUGUGGAUCUCUCUUCCUAGAGUGGCCCAUCUGAACCCUUCAUUAAAGGUCAAAGUGGCAUUUAGACUAGAAAACAGUUUUACAGAGGAUCUGGAGAUCAAUAACAGAACAUCUGCUUCAUCCACAGCUCUGCUGGUUCACUCUGGCCAGGUAGAAUCAUAGAAUUGUAGAGUUGGAAGGUUUGGAGGUGGGUUUUCCAGGAUUCUCCCCACCCUCUCCUGCUUUUUAACUUUUUUUUCUUCCCAUGGGCAUUGAGGGCGGGUGGUCCCCCCCCUUUCCUGGAGGGUAUCAGGGAUGCUAAGUUUUGGACCCUGCAAAUCCAAGAUCACAGCCAACACAUCCCAUUGUUCCACUCACACAGGACCACAGACAGAGCAGUGGUGGUGCAGCUUCCCACUGUCCAUGGCAACAAGGAGAUCUCCACCUGUGGAUCUUACUUUCCACCUGCUGAGAGGGAAAUCCACAGCAUCCAAUGGCCCCUUUACUGCCCUCCUCAAGAGUUUAGGAUCACUCCCUUAAAAUUAUUCUGAUUUUAUUAUGUUGUUUUAAAAUUAUGUUUUAUGGUAGGCCACCCUUGUUAAAAUUUUGGGAGGUGGAAAUGUGUAGUGUUUGUUGGUUGGUUGGUUUGUUACUGUGUGUAUCUUUUUAAAAAACCAUUAGCCCCCUUGAUUGCCCUGGUAGAACAGUGAGAAGACAAAUGCUUUUAAGAAAACCGUAAAAGAAAAUAAAUACAGUUUAAAAUAAAGACAUGCAAGAGCACUGAUAAAAGGGAAUAUGGAACAUGCCACAAAGCAAAGGAAAUUGCUUUUCACAUCUUCAUGUUCCAUGGCAACGAGUGCCACCCCAGAGUUGCCAGGUUGAAGCCCACCUUUCCAUUUGCCGCUGCCUCUGGCGAUGGGGCAGUGAUGGUUUAUCCUGCCUGCUUCUGCCUUCCUCCACCUGCUGUGCAGCACACCUGAAAUCUUGUUCAUUACAGCAGGCGAGGGGAGGCAGGGGACAUGCACAACAGGGCGGUGGGAGGAACGGAUAAGAGAAAAUGCAGCUGCCUUGCUUCCUGCUGCUUCAGGAAAUUUAAGACUGCAAUUCUAUGCACACUUACCUGAGUCUAAGUGUCGUUGAGCUCAGUGGGUCUUCCUUCCUGAUAAACAGGCUGCACUGCGUCAGAGCAGAUCUCCAGGUUGUGUCCUGACAACCCUAGUUCCACAGGCCCUGGCGGACACUGGUACCCAAACAUCACUUCUCUGGACCUGUAUAAACUUGUCCCAUGGGCCCCCCUUCUCUCCCUCACAAAAGGCUUUGUCUGUUUUGAAAAACUGGAAGAUCAUUUGGUGUUCUUUCAGGUUUGUAGGUUCCUUUUCCCCAAGGGUGAGAAGUUCCCUUUAGCCACUGCUUGAUGUCUGGGGGAUCUAGUGUUAGUUUGUCCAUAUGCUUUCUGGAGAUGAGAAGCCUUACUCCCAUAUGUUUUGGGCCUGUCAAUCCGCUCCACCGUACUGGCUGCCAGUGUCCAUGGAAUCUCCAUGUCCCUGAUUAAUAUGAUGUUUGUCCUUCCUGCCUUCUUAUCAGUCAGCUGCCACACCAUCUUGGCUCAUCCUGCCUGUGAAAAGGAAAUACAAUUCCCACCCUCCACGGUUCAGGAUGUUGCUUGUUCUGUUCUAACUCUUCUACUGAUUGGUUCUAAAUUGUCGUCGUCGUCAUCAUCAUCAUCAUAUUCAGAUCCCGUCCAUCUAGCUGGGUUUCCCCAGCCACUUUGGGUGGCUUCCAGCAAAAUAUAAAAAGAAUAAUAAAGCAUCAAACAUUAAAAACAUCCCAGUACAGGGCAGCCUUCAGAUGUCUUCUGGAAGUUGUGUAGUUCUUUAUCUCCUUGACAUCUGAUGGGAGGGCGUUCCACAGGGAGGGUGCCACUGCCGAGAAGGCCCUCUGCCUGGUUCCGUGUAACGUCACUUCUCACAACGAGGGAACUGCCAGAAAACCUUCAGAGGUGGAUCUCAUGAGAUCAUAGGAGAAGUGGGCGCCCUUUAUAGAUAUUGGUGAAUAGUUUGCAUAAACCACCUCCAAGUGUGAUCCUCAGUUAAGCUAAUCUCCCCCCCCACUCCGCCCCUCAGACUAGGCCUCCCUGGACCUUUGGACCCAGUAAAGUAUUUUUUUCACUCACCAUGCAAAUAAUUGGGCUUUCAGUAACACUGGAAAAUGAAAGUGAGCUCAAAUUGGAGGCACCAUCAAAAGGAGUAUUUAAGGGGGUGCCAUUUUAUCCACAGACUUUCCUCAAACUAAGCAAUGGCAGAUGGAUCAUAGUUGGACUGCCCAGUGGCUAUCUCUGAAGCAUCUAGACUGAGCCCAGUCCCAUGAUUUGCAGAACGUCUGUUGCUGAGCUCAGUUUGUUUCCAUCCCAACACCUAUUGAUGCAGUCACACCCCCCCUUUAAUAUAGACACUUUGCACAAUUCCUGGGUAAUUAAGGAAGGGCCUCCCCACCAUCUUGGGGAAGAAAAUAUGCCUCUUUCUCAAUAUUUCCAUAAUCACAGGGACUUUCAACACCAGCACGAGAGAGCAAGGAUGGAUACGGAGAAAGAAAAUCCCCUAGUAUUUGAACAUCACAGAAAGGAUAUCAACAUCAAGACAACAGCUAUAUAGCUGAGGGGAGGGGUAAUGGGGGGUUUUUUUCAGGGGGAGGAAUCAAGGAUUCUUAGAGCUUUCAAGGCUUAUCUAAGCACUGUACAGGCAUAGAACUGAAAGGGGGAAAAUUAAUUUCGAGGUUAGUCACAAGCUAUGUCAACUGUCCCAUCUCACACACAGUGCAGCUGACCCCUCCCCACUUGCCCCCAUUAUAACUGGCCCACUUUCCACCCAGCCAUGAGGCCAUGUUUGGGUAGGCACGGCUGCCACAGACAUUGCACAUCGGCAGGGUUAAAUCAACCUAUUAGGCAGAAGCUCCCAGCAAAAUGACAUUUCCUCUCGCCCGGCAGAGCCAGGAACUACCGUCCUCAGCUGUGAGAAAAACUAAUAUAAAGCUGCCCUUGUGUGAAGGGCCCGAUGGUAUCAGGGAAGGCGCAAUAAAUCUCAGCAAGGAACACAUUCACUGAGACGGGCACAGCCACACACAUACGGCUACUCCACACUCUCAGAGACUCAUACACAGAUAUCUCCUUAGGAGACCCCGGGUCUUUCUCUGUCGCACACGACACAUCACCCUACACAACAACCACAUCCAGCUGCCAUGGGCAGGAGCAUUGUUGGCCCCAGAACAGGCGCAUGUAGCUGUUCCUCACACACACUGCUACCCUGCUGCCUGCCGUAUUGAUAACCCUCACCUACAAAACUAAUAUAUCCUUCACCAUGUGUUUGCCAGCCUUUUUUGUGGACAGAAUCCCUGCGUCUAUGACAGUCACAAUUCAACAAGUACAGCACAAACAUGCAGUGAUAAGGAAAGGCUCACCUGUUGAUUUCUUGAAAGCCAUGCAGGUGCUUGUGACGUGCAACUUGUUGACACAAAAGAUGGCAACCCUCACUUAACCCUCAUGCCUGAAGCGUAUGGCUGCCCCUUAGAGCAGACAGGCCCCAAGUAUUCAUCAGAGAAGGAGACAAUUUUAGUCUCACAUUUCAAUCCAGAAACAAAAUGCAUUCAUAUACAGGUGUCUCACCAGCACGGGCACAAUACAACACUGGCCAUUACCCCCCCCCCCCCAAAGACACAUAUAUACAGAAACAGAGCUAUUUCUCUCAACACAUAUGUACAUGCACUUGGGCAUCACUACCAUGGACAAUAAGAAGCUGUACCCUAUAGAUAUAAACUUAUCAGUGCUCCCUCUUACAUAUCCCUUGCAGACUGACCUCUUCUGGCAUACUACUUUGUCCCAUCUUAAUUUAAAUAAUUAAAUAAUUUAAAGUGCACAUGAAUGUAGAAUUCCUCAGUAAGGAGAAGUGAACCCUAGAACCAAAGAGUACUGAAAUAGGAAGCAGACUCUAAAAGACCUCAUAUUUUGUCAGUGCACCCGCUUACUCCAAAGAAGUUGAGACGGUUGCAAACACUUAGGUUAUUGGCGAAAUGACAUUUCCCCCUCCUUGGGCUCCCGGGGAUUUGGCUGCAAUGGUGGUGUGUACAGUGGCCCUGUCUAAUUCAAGAUCCUGGACUUAGUCUUCUUAGCGCCCCCUCCUCUUUAGAAGGCCAUGCCUUACUUCAGUUGUGAAGCACACAAUAUUUUUCCUCCUUGGCACCAUUUUGUGCUUUGAAACAGCUUCUACAUUUCUGAUACGUUAGAGAAAAAAAAAAAAUUCCAAAUGAAAAGACCAGUUUGCCAACCCUAUUAUAAGAAGGAAUUCUUACAGCAUGUGCAGUUGCACAUUUUUAAAAACACCAACACUAAAAUCAUAGCACUACAGAAUAACAUGGUGCUUUUUUUCUGCUGCCUUGAUGCUAAACACAUUUGCUUAGGAAUAAGUGCACCAUUUCAUUGCAAAAAGGGGUAACAUAAAUUUUAAGUAAAUAAAUAAUUAGAUGAUCAUCUGUAAUCAUGACUGCCCCCUGACAGUACAAUGUUUUUAAAAACAAAAAGAGAAUGUUGUGACCAGCGUCAGCCCGGUGGGCCCCUGUAUGUCUAUCUCAGCCUAGGUGCUGAUGCUGGGCUUGUUUACUUCUGCCUCCAUCAGCUGCUCUUUGGGUGGUUGUGUUGUGUGGCUCUGGACUUCAGUUGCAACGUCCAGCCCUAGCUAAACAACCAGGUGUGCAGUGGCAACGGCUCAGUGAUUGGUAGACACACUCCAGAUAGGGGCUACCCAUUGGGCCAGUGACUGCGGCUGAGGGCCAUUUGUUAUAAUUUAAGAAUAUGCAAGGUGGAUACAUGUGGUGGACACAAUCAUGUUUUAAGUGACCAUUUGUGACAGGGAGCCACAUGAAUGCAGCUCCACGCAAGUGAAAUAAGUGUGUGCAGCCAUUUUAAAACCAGCAAUUUUAAACAUGACAUUCCUUAUACACACAAUGUACAAUCAUAAUCCAUGAGGGUUUGGAAGUUGGGGGGGGGGGUUGGAGGGAAUAUGUCCAAAUCUUAGUCACUCUAUAAUAUAUAAUAUAAUAGACAGUUGCCAUCUCCUUGCAAGUGCUGCCACCUGCUGACUAACUGGAAACUUGGUGCUAUGAGCACAGGCUGGUUUUGCUGAACUUUGAAGUAAGUCCAGCCUUGGCUGAAAAUUUUGCUAAUAAGGGUAUUCAGAUCAGCAGUUUAAGGCUUCUUUGUUUUUCAUGAUCAUGCAAAGAAGUGCCACAGCCUACUCUGAAUUCUCUCUUCCACCAUUAUUUGCACCCCACUUCCUCUCUUUUUCACAUGAACAUUUGUGCUUUUAUGUCAGAAAUCCUUUUGUUGUUUCGGGGGCAUCAUCUCUCUCCUCACUUGGCCCAAACUAAGGGUGAUUACCACCUCCAAUAUUUAUAUGUAUAUAUUCUUCAGAAGGCAGCUAUUGGUGAGAGAUUUUGGAACAUAGCCAUGGGCAUGAGAGGAAAGAAGUCCAACUAUUUUUCCUGUGCUUGCAGCCACGGUCCAACACCAACACAGCUGGAGUUUGUAAUAGCUGUGGAAAGGGAAACAGACAGGCUCAAACGUUUAAGAGAUUCAUGGCACAUUUAAAGUACUUAUCUAUGCUAGGGUAACAGCUUUAAGCUUAGAUGCAGAUUUAGAAAUCAUUACUGGAAUUUAAAGAAAUACAAUGCAUCUUGCCAUGGUGGGGAAGGCCAUGUGUGUCUGCUCAGUCUGCCACUCACAUGCUCACUGUUGACGGACAAUUUCAGCGCCCCUGCUCGCUUCCUAGGGUUAUUCAGCUUUAAACUAGGGACGGAGUGGAAAACCCUUCCAACAGAGAGUGCCUUCAGAGAGAAGACUUUAAAGUAGGACAAAUGGCCACCCUCAUGAUCCAUACAGGAAUCCCAACAACCUGAAGUCACUGCAUCUUCCUCACGUGGUACUUCUCUGCUAACAAUCCAUGGCCUAACCACACUGAUGUACAAAUGCAUGUGUAGGAACCAAUAUUCAAGGUUAACAACUCCACCCCCACCCCCGGCCCCCCACCCCAAAAAAAUGACCUGGGAACUCACGGGACCCUACCCAAGUAAAUGCCUUAUGUGUGCUUAAUCUAUAGCUACAUGUGAUAGAUUGUUUUAAAGAAUGCUGGACUCAGUGAAUCAAUGUUAUUCUGCCCAUUUGGGCUUCAGCAGAGUUACUGUCAACUUCAGGUUGGAACAGAGAGCAGGCCCAACCAGAGCCAGAGUGCAGUAAUUACUCUGGAUUGAGAUCGGAAUCUGGUAUUUGACCCUGAGAUAAUCUUAUCUCUUCAAACUGUUCUUGGUAGCAUAGAACAUCUUGCUAUAUCGGAGUAUGACUUAUCAGCUGUAUUUUAAGGCCUGGGAGAUGUAUGGUAUAUCAAAAGAAAUGAGCAAAUGUAUGUUUAAGUAAACUUUCUAGUUUAAUAUAGAAAGCAGAAAUAAAAAGUCAUAGGAUUAAAGAAGUGUGAAAAUUAAAAAUAACUACAUGCAAGCUGGCUGCCUCCUCCUCCUCCGUUUAGUAGUUUACUCAUGUGCCACUUUUCCAUGGUGAACCAUGUUCAAAGCAGCUUGCAGUAGCAUCAGAAAAGUUUGCAUAAUAAAAUACAGCCAACAUUUCAGGAUCAUUCACUAACCUCAAAGCAUUAUAGUUAAUAGUCAUGUAAAUAUUAAAAGGCCAAACGUCUCCCAUUAAUAUGCACUAAGAUUAAACAACCCACUAAUAAUUCAUACUGUGGCCUAACAAUAGAAAGACAAAAAUACAAUCCAAACAGCAAAAAGAGUGCAUUUAAUCCUAAACUAAAUGUUGCCCCCCAGCAACAGCCCCCUAACAAUACAUUCCGGUGGAAGUUUGCUUAGAAAUAUAUUCCAUUGUGUUAUGUAGUACUUUCCUAACCAAAUAAAUGUGCAUCGGGUUGCAACCUACGUCAGUCAAUGCAGGCCUGGCUCUCCCAGGCCAGAUGGAAAUAAGCCAGAAUGAGAAGCAAGAUCCUAAUGAACAUUGGCAAGCGGUGACAAGGCUUGACAAGGCAGUAAGCUUCCAUUGCAUUGGUACAAGAGGUUACAUUUUCAAAGGCCAGAAAUCCAAGUCCAAAGCAGCUGCUUCCCACUUGUAGUUCCAAGUCACAUCAUGGAUGCAAAUUGACAAGAGUCUCUUCCAGCAAAGAUCCAUCAUAGACACAGCCAAGGUCCACAUAGAGAUCCAUCUUUUUUCCUUUCUUUAAUACAAGAACCUCCUAUGUUUUUUUCUAAAGAUCUCAAAAUCUAGUAUGAGGGAUUGCAUUCGUAACCAAUCACAGCCUUCAUUCACUGUAAAUCAGCUAUUCAGAUUACCAGGAUGUAAAACAAAAGCCGGUUUCUGAAAUAUCACAUUCAACAAUGUUAGAAUCCAAGUAAGAAAUCUUGCACUAUCACAUCAAAAAUAGUUCCCUAUAUCCUGUAGCUGGGAUAAUGUUGGGAUAAACUUUAUAGUUUUGCCAUUAAGGUAAAUGAGCAGAUCUUGUAUAUAGACAGUCUGUAGUCAUUCACAUAUGGCACAAGAAAAAGGAAAUUCCUCACAAAAAAGGGCUAUAUCCAUAUUAAUUAAAUUUAAAGCCACAUUGAGUGUUGAUGAGCUUUCUUUUCUCAGCUAUUGAACUGGGUUUCUUAAACUGGUCUGUUCUGUUGUGCUUAGCAUAAAAACAUAAAGUUGAAGCAUCAUUAAAGAGGUACAAACCUCCCUAAGAUUGGUUUGAGUAGACAUCUUGUACUGCCCUACUUCCUCAUCACUUUCCCAUCCCUCCUCUGUCCUUGUUAUUUUUUUACAAUGGAUUUCUGUCAUUGUACCUGUUUACAUUAAAUAACCUAGAUAUGACUUGAUAAUUUUAAAAAAUAUUAUUUAACAAAAGGUAAGCAUAGCUACUUCCUGAUUCUGGAGCCCAGCUAGUGUCACAUUGUUGUCUCAAGGCCUCCACCCCUUUCCUGCACAACCACAUCAAAUUUAUAGGUGUGGUUAUGAAUGUUCUGGUACAAAUGCACAAACUCCAUGGUUUAUAAUUAAAAAAAUGAAAAGACCAAGCUUGCAGUUCCAGGACAAGAAAGUAAGUAAAAACUGUAAACACAUAAAGAUUAGUACUUGGAAAGCUAAGGGUAAUAAAAUGAAAAUGGAACUAAAUGAGGCAGGAUGCACCAUGACAAUUGUGCCAGUUGGCAGAAUGGGCAAUCAUCAUGAAUUGGCUAACAUUAGCGUAAGCUCUGUUGUAUCUUAUUUAUGUUAUUCUUAUUUCAGACAAUUCCAAUAAUUAAGGGGACAGCGAUAUUUAAAGAGUGGCAAAGAGCAAUUUCAAGAUAUAUCUGGCAGGGUAAGAAGCCAAGAAUUAUGUAUAAGUUAUUAACGGAUGCGAAAGAAAGAGGCGGCUUCGCCCUGCCAGACUUGAAAUUAUAUUAUGAAGCUUCAUGUCUCUGCUGGUUGAAAGAAUGGAUAACGUUAAAAAUACUGAGUUAUUGGACUUAGAAGGUUUUGAUAACAGAUUUGGCUGGCACGCAUAUCUAUGGUGUGAGAAAAGAAAGAUUCAUAAAGGUUUCGAAAACCACAUCUUUAGAAGAUCUCUCAUAGAAAUAUAGGAGAGAUAUAGAAGUUUAUUAGAAUCAAGAACUCCCCACUGGCUAUCUCCAUUAGAAGUUAUGAGUCUUAAGAAAGUCAAUAUGAGGGGGAACUGGAUUACAUAUAAAGAAUUGAUUAUAAAGGAAGGAGGAAAAUGGAAAAUGAAAUCCUAUGAAGAAGUGAGAGAGUAUGUGUAUGAUUGGUUGCAUUAUUAUCAGGUUAACGAAAUGUUUAAAAAGGACUUAAAAGAAAGAGGUUAUGAGGUAAAAGAAUCGAAAUUUCAAAUAGAAAUAAUAAACAAUGAAAAUAAAAUUUUGUCCAAGAUGUAUAAAAUCUUGCUAGAAUGGUAUACAAAAGAUGAGGAAGUUAAAUCGGUUCUGAUACACUGGGCCAGAGAUUUGGGUUAUAAUAUACAGUUUAAUGAUUGGAUAAAACUGUGGAAUGAAAAUAUAAAAUUUACGGCAUGUACUGCGUUAAAGGAAAAUGUUAUGAAAAUGAUUUAUAGAUGGUACAUCACACCUGUGAAACUGGCAAAAAUGUAUAAAACAUGUAAUAAGUGUUGGAAAUGUAAAGAAAAAGAAGGAACAUUUUAUCAUAUGUGGUGGGAUUGUAAGAAGGUGAAGGGCUUCUGGGAAAUGAUAUAUAAUGAGAUGAAAAGAUGUUGAAAUAUACGUUUGUUAAGAAACCAGAGGCUUUUCUUCUAGGAAUAGUAGGAAAUGAAAUAAAUAGAAUGGACUGUAAACUUUUCCAAUAUGCAGUAACAGCAGCGAGAAUAUUAUUGGCCCCAAAAUGGAAACAGGAACAACUGCCGACGCUCGAAGAAUGGAGAAUGAAACUGAUGGAGUAUGCUGAACUGGACAAACUAACAUGAAAGAUCAGAUAUAUACGAGAUCAAAAGUUCAUUGAAGUCUGGGGGAAAUUUUCAGACUAUCUGAAAUGCGUAUGUGAUGAGCAAAUAACGCUAGUGGGAUUUCAAGAAGUUCUGUAAAUGAUAGAGGACUAUUGUAUUGAUGAAAACUAAGUGUGUGAAGGUUUAUAAAAUGCAAUAUAAAAUUAGGAAAUGCGUAUUUAAAAAUUUGAAUAAUGGAUGAUUGUCAGAGAGGUUGAAGGAAGUCUAAAAGAGAAAAUAUGUGAUAAAUUUAGAUUGGAUACUAUAAAUGUAUGUUGGAAAAUUUAAUAAAUAAAAAAAAAAAAAACCAUUAGCGUAAGCUCACAGAGAUAGAUAGAUAGAUAGAUAGAUAGAUAGAUAGAUAGAUAGAUAGAUAUAGAAGGAUGGGAGGGAGGGAGACCACUGCUGAGCCUUGAUAGGGUCUGACUCAAGGAAAAUAUUAAUUAGGUGGCCCAAAUCUUGGGUCCAGUUCACACAUUAUGGAGAGGCAAACCCAAGUGCAUGCUCAACAGGAAGCUGUAUCCAAUUGUGGGCCCUUGGCAAGUAUCCUUGCAUGCUACAUGUAACCUUCACGUUGUACAUUAUUUUGUGCACACUAAGAACAGGUGUGCCUCUAAGAAUGUAGUGUGUGGGUGGGUCUCCUUCUUUUAAAGGUGCUCAGAAUACACCUGUGCUCCCCAUUUGAUAAGGUUUCUAUUCCCUAUUUAGAAUUCUGUGAACCCAAGUUGGGAUUGUGACCUUUUGCUCCUGAUAUGACUACAUGGCUUUAGCAGCUACGUGACAAGCUCAACAGAUAAAACUGUUAAAGGCACAAGACCUCUUCCCGAAAUAAAGUUGGCAACCCUAGCUGAAGGGCCUGAAUAGUUGGCAGCCUAUUAAGCAUAGAGCAGUUUUCCAAAGCAGCCCUGGGCCUAUUUGACUGCAAACACCAUACACUCCUUGUUAGGGGAUGAACAAAUCCCAAAGCUUCGUUUGCACCCUGGCACCCUCCAGCCUUCAGGAUGCGGGGUUUUUAAAUGCUGCCUCCCACAGCCUUGAAGGGGAAAGGAAGGUCAGAAACAGAAAAAGGCUUGUACCUCCGCAAUGCUUAAUUACUGAGGGAGAUCAGCUCCAAUUGUUGGCUGUAAUCAAUAUUUAUUAAUUACCACAAUUAAUUGUGAUGCAGAAUUAGGGCGGUAAUGAGUGGAGUGUGUAAUCAGGAAGGGCUCGUUAGGCAACCUGCAAGCUAGACAGGGGGCAAGCUGGCAGGCAGCCACUCGAGAGCCUCUGGGAGUGACAGGAACAACUGAAACAGAUAGGAAGGGCUUUGAGGGGGAGGAAUAGGGCAGCAGCAGCAGGCAGGUGCAUAAAGAGACUGUGACAAGUGAUGUUGUGGGUGCCGGUGUUCUGUGCCCUGUGGCAGGCCCAACAUGCCUUCUUCAUUAGUUUUGUCACCUCCUUAGCAAAUGUGGAUCAGGCCAGUGUCCCAUCUAGCCCAGUAUUCUGUUCUCACAGAGGCCAACCAGAUCUCUAUGGGGAGAAUAGGAUCAGGACUUGAGGGCAAUGGCAUUCGCGCUCCACUUUUGCUCACCCGCAACUGGUACCCAGAGGCAUACUGAGUGGAAUUCAACUAACUAGUCCCACUAGAGCAGGGGUCAGCAACCUUUUUCAGCCAUGGGCCGGCCCACUGUCCCUCAGACCUUGUGGAGGGCCGGACUAUAAUUUUUUUUGGGGGGGGGUGAACGAAUUCCUAUGCCCUACAAAUAACCCAAGAUGCAUUUUAAAUAAAAGGACACAUUCUACUCAUGUAAAAACUGGUUCCCGGACCAUCCGUGGGCUGGAUUUAGAAGGCGGUUGGGCUGCACCUUAGGUUGCCUACCCCUGCACUAGAGGAAGCCAGGGCAAGGAUUUCCAUUAGCAUAGUGGGGCUUCCCCUCCCCCUGCACAUACAAACACACACACAAUUGGUUUGGGGGGUGAUCAGGAGAACCCCCAAAACUGCACAUCGGGGGUGGGGAGGUGGGAGGGUGUUGUUCCAUCUGACAAGCUGAAAAGCUUACAUUGAAAGAACAAUUGCCAUAGUGCUAUGCUAAAUUCCUCCUGCUGUUUCCAACAGUGGAGAUAGAACAUAACCAUUGUGGCUAGUAGCUUUAUCCUCUUAAAAUGGGUAACCAAUACCAUUUCUUGUGUGAGUGUAUUCCUAAAUGUAACUGUAAGUGCUGUGUGAAUAAGUAUUUAUUUAUUUUUUAAUGUUUGUCCUGAAUCUUCCAUCAUUUAGCUUCAUCUGAGGGCCUCAAGUUCUUGGAGAUGACCUUGCAAGGCGAGCCAUUGGCAUUCCACUGGAACAGAUUAAUAUUCAUGUGGGAAGCGUUUAAUAAGCCCUAGGAAAGUCUUUGCCAUUGUCAGAUUGCUGGUGGACAUUGUCUCCCUCCUCAUUUGUGUGGCAAGUGGGUCUUCUGAGCCACAGGCCCUUCCUUACCCAGUGGAGUAGGAAUUGUCUCAGUGGUGGAGGAGGGGAUGCUAUAUUUGUGGAUGGAGUCAGUAUGGCCAAGUUUGAGAGAAACUGGCAGUGUAUUUUACCCCACACCAGAAUCUGGCAGUGAACUGAGCUGAUGUGAACCCUCUUCACAAUUAAUCAUGAGAAGGUGAUGCACCCUGCCCCCACCCUGGCCCACCCUUGACGCCUAAGGAUUCAGCAUAGAUGCCUGAAAAGGAGAAGUAUAUGUAUCUUCUUGGGAGCACUACAGCUUUGUAGAAGUAAAGCUUAGUGCACAGAGGCAAGGGGCUGGGGUGGGAGGAAGGGAAGAGAAGGAAAGGGAGGAUGGGAAAACUUCACAGAAUGGCAUCAGAAUGGGUUCAAACUGUGCUGGGUUAAUGUGGUAGGGCGGCAGAGAAGGAAAGAGGCAUGGAGCCAUGACAAGACAGCCUCAGGCCUGUACUUUGCCAUUGCCUGUCAGGCGUGGCCAUAGAGAACUUUGAUACAGCAUAAAGUUUGAUUCCUGUUUUUCUCAGCUGGAUUUGAAAAGAGGGGUUGGGGACUUGCCGUCUGAAUUAUUCUGUUCAUGAUACCUUUACUGCCUGUUCUGUGAAGCCAAGUGAAAUGUUCUAAGUCUGAGCAAAAAAGGCCUCCCAAAAUUCUCCUCCAUAUUUGCUGGAAGCAAAGUUGGAGGGAAGGCAUUUGCUGAAUAUUCUCCCAGAGCAGAGUGGAUUGGGAAGGCAGAAUUCCCCAGCAGCUGAGGAAGCACCCCCCCAAAAAAGCAGUGGGUAAACCUGGGAAGCCAGUAUUCAAGUCCUCUCUUAGCCGGAAAACUCACUGAGUGACCUUGAGCCAGCCAUAGUCUCUCAGCCUAACUUACCUCACAGGGUUGUUCUGAGGAUAAAGUGUGUGCCAUUUUGAACUCCUUGGGUGAAAUAAUGGAGAGAAGGACUGGAAAAAGCAAGAGCCAAGCCCACAGCUUCUUACACUGAUAUGAAAACAUGGUGCCAUCAUCUUCAGUUCUCCACCUAUUCAUGGGUGAAUUAAGGUAGGGAUGAGGGACAUUUCAUUGAUUAUUCCCUCGGGGGAGUAUUCUCCAGCAAUCAAUCAAUCUCCUUUAUUGGCAUAAAAAAGUAUCAUAUACAUGGAUCAGAACACAAACACAGUUAACGAAACGUAGUGCGUGGGGGGGGAUGACAACCUGUGGACCUCCUGAUGUUGUUGGGCUACAGCUCCCUCAUUCCUGACCAAUGGCUAUGCUGGAUGGGACUAGACAGCAUCUUAAAGAGCAGAGCCAUCACCUUGCCAACAAAGGUCCGUAUAGUUAAAGCUAUGGUUUUCCCAGUAAUGAUGUAUGGAAGUGAGAGCUGGACCAUAAAGAAGGCCGAUUGCCGGAGAUUUGAUGCUUUUGAAUUAUGGUGCUGGAGGAGACUCUUGAGAGUCCCAUGGACUGCAAGAAGAUCAAGCCUAUCCAUUCUUAAGGAAAUCAGCCCUGAGUGCUCACUGGAAGGACAGAUCAUGAAGCUGAGGCUCCAAUACUUUGGCCACCUCAUGAGAAGAGAAGACUCCCUUGAAAAGACCCUGAUGUUGGGAAAGAUGGAGGGCACAAGGAGAAGGGGACGACAGAGGAUGAGAUGGUUGGACAGUGUUCUUGAAGCUACUAGCAUGAAUUCGACCAAACUGCAGGAGGCAGUGGAAGAUAGGAGUGCCUGGCGUGCUCUGGUCCAUUGGGUCACGAAGAGUCGGACACGACUAAACGACUAAACAACAACAAAUGGGAGUGGGAGUCCAAUAAUAUCUGGAAGGCACCACCUUGGCUACCAAUCACUGUAAGAGUGGUGGUGGUACAAGCCACACCACACACUCCUGGGCUACUCAGCUGAAUGGACAGUAGUAGUUUCAGGCUCUUGACAUUCAUAAGGGGCCUCUGAAAACUCAGUACUCUGCUGUGCUUGAUGCUGGGGAGGACACCCUGUAAAACUCUUGUCACUGCAUCACACUAGCAAAUGAGGCUUCUGUGCUGCCAAAGUAUCUGCAGGGAAAUGACAGUGGUUCCCUUUGAACACUGUAGACAAGCUCCCCCUCCCACAUAGUGGAGGCCGUAUUGAUUAAAUGGUCCUAUUGGCAAAUGGUGCAGGUGCAUAAGAUUGAGGUGGAGGAAGCAUAGAAUCUGGAAUGUAAUGGGUUCUAAAUCAAAUCGCAGGGAGGGGAAGAUGUUAGUGGCAGACCUUGGAUUAAGUACUUAAUUCGUUCCGGAGGUCCGUUCUUAACCUGAAACUGUUCUUAACCUGAGGUACCACUUUAGCUAAUGGGGCCUUCUGCUGCUGCCGUGCCGCCAGAGCAUGAUUUCUGUUCUCAUCCUGAAGCAAAGUUCUUAACCUGAGGUACUAUUUCUGGGUUAGUGGAGUCUGUAACCUGAAGCGUAUAUAACCCGAGGUACCACUGUAUCAUAGUUGCAGCGCCUCCCAAGGCUUUGCACUCAGUGUGACCGAACUGGUUGCAGUCUCCUAACUCUGUCUCUGCAGAUGUAUUGGGGUUGGCUAAGGGGUCGAUCACACUUGGUAUAGGCCCAAGAGAUUUGAUUUUGAGAGGCAGACACAGAAUCCUUUGGAACUGGCAAGCAGGGGAUCUGGCACCCAAACCUAGCAAUUUAGACACAACCAGAGGGUAGCUCAGGCUAACAAUGCCUAGGGGAAAAGUGCUCUGUCUUGAGGAGGGGUCCUGACUAGCAGGUAAUUGUUGAGUGCGCUGGCCGAACACAAGGUUACUGUAGGCAAUUAAAAAAACAAAUAAUGUGGGGUGAUGCAUGCACACACACCCCGUCCCCAGGAGAUGCGACAGCACCUUCAGCCGUCUCUUACCUGAGAUAGAAAUGGGUGUUUGAAGUAUUAAGGGCAAAGGGAGGGGUGUUGCUGCUGGGAUCCACCCCUUCCUUCGCUCAUCACAGAGCAGCCAGUGGCAUCUGACACAAUUGGCUCACUGUGGUGGAGGGGACGGGGGGCUCCCUGCAGAAAGGAAAACAUUGCAGAUGAGGAUAUUGACUUCCCUCGGGUGGAGCCCCUGGGAAGAUCUAGGACACUCAGCCUCAGGGCUCCGCUCUGCCCAACGUCAUCCGUUGAGCCGGGGGUUUCUCAUCUGUGGUGAAGAUGCCCUUGUCCUGCUGCCCAGAUGGGUCCCCUCCUGUGCCCAACUUGGACGGCUCCCUGGCUCAGCUCACCUCCCGCUUCCUGCGUGCGACCAAGCUGCACGGGCUGCACUACAUGGGCUCACGCCAGCAGUCCUGGGCACAGCGUCUGUUCUGGAGCGGGGCUUUCUUGACAUCGCUGGGGUUGCUGUGCACAUGGUCAGCCAACCGGAUACAGUACCUGCAUGCUAAACCAGUGCACACCAGAGCCCACAUGAGCUGGUCCCCCUGGAUGCAGUUCCCAGCGGUCACCUUCUGCAACCAUAACCCAGCACGCUUCCUCCAGCUCACCAGGCCGGAUUUGUACUCAGUAGGACACUGGCUGGGGCUGACCUACAAGAACCACUCCCUGCUUCCCAGCGUCUUGGAGGAGUUGCCAGAAGAGCAGCGCCCCUGGCUUAGCCGCCUGGCCAACUACACCCGGUUCCUGCCAUCACGCCUCUCUCCACAUACAAUGGAGAGUUUCUUCCAUCGCAUGGGACAUCAGAUUGAGGACAUGCUGCUGGAUUGCCACUUCCAGGGCAAACCUUGCGGAGCUCAAGACUUCACCCCUGUGAGUGGCUUCCGUUCUGCACCAGGACCUGGGGAGGUGGGGUAAAGAGGCUGCAAGGAUGAAUAGUCAGGAAAACAGAUUACAUCCUUCUUAAAACACUUGGAAUCAAUUUUUGUGUGUAUAUGCAAUAGGGAACAGGGAAGAGUUAGAGGAUAUGUUUGCUUUUUCAAUGCAUGUUUGAAUAGCAGUGUAGCAGCUCUCAUCUGCAUUAGCAGCUUGAAUUGGUUGGUGGUAGUCAUUUGAUUUUAACAAAUCAAUCCAGAAUUAAAAGGUUUCAACUUGUGUGCCCUAAGGGUGCAGAUGCAAGGGAGCAAACUGCACCCUAGAUGAAGAUAUAGCAGAGCCUCCGUCAGGGAAACUCGUGGUCCAUUCACUUUGACUCUGCAAAAGUCCCUGGGUUCAGUUCCUUCCUGUGUUGUGGGGAGACAACAUUCAUUCGCUUGCCAGAGACACUGUCUCAAUCUAGACUGUUGCUGCCUCUCUUUGAUCAUCAGGCAAUUGGCUUCAAGAUUUGUGUUGCUGAGCUGCAGAACAAACAUAGCACUUGCAACAGCCAGGAUCUGUUGCCAUGAGGGUAUUUGCUCCCCUUAUCCUCUUAGUCCCAUUUGACUUGGCAGCUGGUCCAAAGUGACUGUGACAGUCUGGGGCGCGAAUGCACACACACACAUAUACACACAGGCUUCUUUUGGGAUUGCCUGCACCUUGGAACAUGCUCCAGCAUCUUCUGCAAUGUGUAGGAGUUCCAUGGCAGCUGCUGAGAGGUUCUAUGGCAGAUGAAUCACUCUGGAAAAUAUCUCCUGCAGGGUGGAAGUCUGAAAAAUACUCAUCAAAGCCAUACUUUGUGAAUGGGUGCUAAUCACAGAUAGGGAAAGUGGAUAAGCUAGAGUCACCUGCAUGUGUCAAUUGUGUGAACAGAACAUUGUGCAAUUAUUGGAGAGCAGCACAAUGUUGCUGGUCCUGCCUCUGCCACCAGGCAUUCUGUUGGUCCUGCUCCAGGAUGGCUGUUCAUAGAUAUAAGCAUUGAAGAAGCCUACACAUGAGCAGUUGCUGGUGUGGAGGCUUCCAGGUGAUUGGCACUUCCAACCAGAAAGGUGUCCCAAUGAUGAUGAUGAUGAUGAUACCCCAUCCAAGAAGGCCUUCUGCAUCAAUAGCACAAUCUCUCACAUGGAGGUUUCUUCAGUACAGAUGUCCAUGCCAACAGAAAGACUUUCAGGGGCAAGCUCAGCAGUGUACUCAAUGCCAAGCAAGGGCCAGUAACACAGCCCUGCUCCCUGGUUAUUGUGUGAUGCCCUAAGGCGGCUUAGGCUGAUGGAAUUUCAUAAGAGAGAGGGCAGGGAGACCUCAUGGGGCAACCCAGAAGGAGGAAGAGAGAAUUACAAGGCUUGAGGCAGACAAGGUAAACGUUUGGUGGCAGUGGAUGGUUGUUUUUCUGCUGCAAGUGAUGAAUCCCACUGCAAUGGACUGAGGUACUAUGAAAUCUAAAGUUAGAUCUAAGUAUACUGGGGGGUUUUUUUGGGGGGGGAUGUUUGAGAAAGAAAUAUCGGCUAUUUUAGUUUUGUUUUCCUGCCGAUCAAUAUUGCCUCUCCCUAGUGUUUUUAACAGCAUUCCUCUUGUACCUAUUAUCGUCUCACUUUAAAAAACUACUUGUUUGCUUUGGCACAAACUGUUAAUUUCUGUGUGGCUUAAGGUGUUGACCUAAGACAGUCAAAUUAUUGUGUGUAUCUGGACACUGUAGAAAUAAACCAAUCCUAAAUAUUGCUGAUGGAUCCCAAAGGGUUCAGUACCACCAGAAUAGUGGUGGCCAAAGAAAGAGUUAGUUGCUGUAGAGUGAUUGGGGUCAGUAUCCUGACCCAACCUGGUAAACACAAAGCGGGAAGUGCUUGUUUCAGAAUGAUUUGAGGGAGCAGCUGGGCUUUUUGAGGGUCCUUGAUGUGGGAGGGGGCACCAUCACAGCUUGGGACCAACACGGGUGAUGUAUCAGACGCUGACUUUGAGGUUUAUUCCCCUUGGUUAUUUUCAGUCCCAACCUUGUCCUGAGAUGAAGUGGCCCUGCUGGUAUAUUCUUUGCCUCUAUAGCUGUAUCUCCCCACCACUGUCCUGCCCCCGCUUAGUCUCCAAGGGUCAAGUACCAUUUAUCCACUUAUUUCCUGAAAUACAAUGUAUGCCAUGAACUCACAAGAGCUGUGCUGGAUCAGAUCAAAUGCCUCUCUAGUCCAUCCUGCUGUUUGUCACAGUGGACAGCCAGGUGCCUUUGGGAAGACUGCAAGCAGGACAUGUCCUCUGACUCUCUGAAGAAUCUGACACCCUCUUUUUCAGUUGUGUGUGCCUCCCUCCUUCCAGCUAUAUGGUGUAUUGGGUUCAGGCAGGAUUUUUAUACCCAGCUCUCUCCUAUGCCUGAGAAACUUCUCCCCCAGUACCUUGUAGGGCUUACAACUUAGGCAGGCAGAGCUCAUAGAUCUUGUCAGGGGAAGAAGCCAUGGUAAAAUGGAGGCAGAGUAAAGGAUAAGCCAGAAGCUGGAAUAGCAGAGGGGUUGUUCCAAUUCUGGGUCAAAGGCCUUGGCAGAGUUGAGUGGGGAAGCUUCCUGCUCCUUCUGGCUACGCUGGCAUGCACAGUAUUUGUUAGGCUUCUAGGCAUGAUGGGCCCUUUCUCUAAUCUGCCCCUUUCUCCCCAGGUCUACACACGCUAUGGGAAGUGCUACACAUUCAAUGGCGACCGGAACAAACCACGAGUGACUCGCCAGAGUGGGAUGGGCAACGGGUUGGAGAUUAUGUUGGACAUCCAGCAGGAGGAGUACCUGCCCAUCUGGAGAGAGACCAGUAAGAGCUGGGAGAGUGCAAAGGACGUAGAAACAUAGGACACUGCCCUACAACAAAUUAGACAAUUGCGCCUUCUAGCGCAAGGGGUAUGUGUGCUCAGGCCUGGGGGCCAAUUGCAGCCCUCCAGGCCUUUGACUGUCCCUAGGAAUUCUUCCCAGGCCACAUCCCUCACAGCCAUGGUCCAUAACCACCUUCAUUUCUUUUGCCCGACUGUAAUGUGUCCUUGAACUGCAAUAAUGCCUUUCACUUGCCUGGAUGGAGCGAUGAAGGCAUAGAAACCUCUGACUUGUGUGGGACUGGACUUCCGUUACCCUGCCCACCACUGGCCUGCGACACCUGGAAAAGGUUUCCCACGAGGCAACAACCAUCAGGCUGAAAAAGGCUUCCCAUGCCUGAUACAGUUUAUUAUUGCCCAUUCUGAAUUCAGAAGCCCUCCAGGGUUUCAAAGGAGGGGUGUUCCCAGCCUUGCCUGGAGAUAUCCGGGAUUGAACCUAGUGCCUUCAGGAUGCAGAACAUGUGUUCUGCUACUGAGCUAAAAUGAUGGAGUCACUGUGCCAGCAGCUCUAAUCUCCUUCCUCCCCAGCUCCCCUUCUCUCUGCCUACCUCAGUCCUCACUCUCCUGAUAACAGAUUCCCUCUUAUAUGGCUCAUUGAUGGCACUAUCUACCCCCAGAAGCCAGUGGGAGUGAGCAGGAGGGGUUAGCUGCAGUUUUGUGAAAGUAACUAGAGGUUCACCAACAUUUUUUCAAGGGAAAGAGCACCUAAAAAAAACCAAGUUCUACACCCUAAUCAAAGAGUUAGGAAGCACAAUAAGAAAAUUAUUCAUUACAAAUAUACAAACAUAAAAAGCAUUCAUCAAACAACCAGAUGCCCUAAUUACUAUACUGUAUAUUACAAUUUUAAAAAAUGUCACCAAGAUCACCAGUUUAAGACACUGAUGUGCUGGCAUAUUCAAAUGGAUGCUCCUGGCAGCACAUUUGUGAUAUUUUUAAAAAUUAUAAUACAUAGCAGUAACCAGAGCUGUUUGUUUUAUUAAUGCUUUUAAUAAAAUCAAGAGUCCCCACUUGAUUAGGCGUCAAUCAGCUGCUCUGCUCACAAUGGUUGGAAAGGACAGGAAUGUAUGAAUGCAAAGGAUAGACAUGAAGAUCUCAUUAAAUUACAUGGCUAAAUUUAUUCAGCUAAGGUCUAGCAAAACCUUCCUUAACUAUGGCCUCAUUCCUUCCCCUUGCAGAUGAGACAUCAUUUGAAGCCGGAAUUCGAGUACAGAUCCACAGCCAAGAUGAGCCACCCUACAUCCACCAACUGGGGUUUGGAGUCUCUCCAGGUUUCCAGACCUUUGUGUCCUGCCAGGAGCAGAGGGUAAAGACCAUGAGACAAGGGGAGAUGAGUGCAGGGCUGGUGGGGUGCGAGGAGAAAAGGGCUCCAGCUUUUUGGGGAAAGUGAGACUAGAUAUUGUGUGGGGUCUGAUAACAGUAAGGGGGCAUAGAGAGAUAGGCCUCUGGCAGGGACAGGUAGAUGCAAAGUGUCAUAGUCACAUUGAGCAAAGAGGUAAGGAUUAAGCAUUGCUCCCAGUCAGUGAAUGUUUAUCCCUAGAACCUCCCUAUGAGCUGUUAGAGAGGAGGACUAAGCAGUGGCUUUAAUGACAUGCUAGUCAAACAUCCCAAAAGGAUCUGGACUUGAAUGUCACUGUAACAGGCAUUUGAUAGCCUAGGACACAGGACUCUUACCUGGUCUGGUUCAUUCGGGCUAGUUGGAAUGAGGAGAAUUGGACAACCUCAAUAUCUCUCCCACCAGACCCUAGCCUGUAGAUAGCAACCAGAUGUGAUGCUGUUACAGUGACCUGCACUUAGCAGGCUGGACCAUGGGUCAACCAGGAUUUUUAAAAAAUCAGUUGAUUGCUUGCAGAGAAGUUAAAUAUAAAUGAUAGGUCUGCUUGCUGACAUCUGGAAAAAAACCCCAGCAGCACAGCACAUCUUAAUGCUAUUCAGCAAACUCCACAACAUCUCAGCUAACUCUAAUGCAGUUUGAAUGAAGACACUGAAGUGUUUACAGAUCUUUUGCAGGGAUUGUUUUGUGCUUUCUAAUGAGGAGAAGCAAAUCUAUACACUUAAACUGGUUUAAUGGUUAUUCCAUCUUUCCAGGGAACCGUGACAUUUGUAAUUCAAUAGAGUAAUAAGAAUCUUAGGAAAGAAAAAUCUCAGCACCUAACCAAACUACAAUUCCUAGGUUUCUUUGGGGGAGCCAUGAAAGUUAAUAUGACAUAAAAGCAAUAUAAAUCUGUAGUGUAAAUACAAGGUGCUGAUUUUCUCAGUGCUCCGGGAAGAAAUGCCUAAAUCAGGAGGGGGCAGCCUUUUUGGCUCAUCAGGCCAGAUCUUUAUCUACCCCUUCCCAACCGGCAAUCUUUGUCAGGUGGGCAGGACCACCCACACAUCAAUCAUAUGAUGUCAUAAUGAUGUCAUAUGAUUGAUGUGUGGAUUGUCCUGCCCACCUGUCAAGGUUGGCCCACAGGGUUGGGGGAAGAUAGCGACCAGGCAGGAUUGAGCUCCCCAUGCCCCAGUCAAUGUGUGAUGAAUUUAGUCCUGCUUUCUGCAGGGUUUGGGUGCACCAUUGAGUUUCCCACCUUAAAUGAUUGUUUCUUCACAGGCAUUGGAAUCAGAGGGAAAAUCUGAAAUGGCAAAACACGGUUCCCAUAAUCAGAAUGAAUUGCAGAAGCUUAUUUCAGACCCAAAAAAAUGCAAGACAGCUGCCGUCCUUUUAGAAGUAUUCCUUUAUCAGACGUUACAUUAAUUGCAUUGAACUGUGUCAAUUUAGUGCCUCAUUUCCUUCCUCUACCAUGUUCAAAUUAAACUCUACCUAGCUUUGUUUUAAUUUUAGCUCAGCUUCAGCACAAGGCAGUGAGCAGUUUAAAAUUUUUCAUACAUAUCAAUGAAUUGGCAUAUGCAGAUGAGCAAUCCUUUUUUCAUCUAGCCGGGUGGCAACUCUGAUUAUUCAUCAAAGAAUUUCACAGCAUUACAAUGAAUGAAAGAAAAAAUCACCGUAAAAAAAGUGUUAAAUCAACAUUUGUCAUUUGAAGGCUCAUUUCUUUGCAUUCUGCCAGCAUCUGUCAGAAAGAAGUUGAUCACAUCACAUCAUGUAGGCUUUCUCAUUAGAUAUUGAUCUUGAAAUACCACCCCCCUCACACACCAAUCACCUGCCUUUGUAGGGCUUAUGCUUAGUAUUUAUAUAGCACAUUUCAAGUAUUCAAGGUACACGUUAUUGAUAAUGUAGUACAAGGUACUGAGUACUUUAUCUCACUAGCCUUACACAACAUUCCUGUAAGUUGGGCUGGUGUCUUAAUAGAGCACAUUGGAAGGGAAAAGAGUGCAGAGGCUGUGAGGACAAUGACUUCCUUAUGGGAGCUUGUUCUUGAUUUGAGAUUUGAACUGCAGACUUCCUUAGCCACUGCACUAGAUCUGUAUGAAGAACUGCCCUUUUCCAUGGCUCAAAUGAAAACUGUGUUAGAUUCAUUCUGCAGAUCUGUAGUGAGAGUACAAAGCGUGCACACUCCGAAAUGUCAAGCAAAUCUGUAAAAUCUGAUGCAACUGUAUUCCCAUUAAUACAGAGCUCGCUGGUGGUUUGAACUUCCAUGCUGAUGGGGGGCAAAAACCAAGCACCACUAGGGUUAUUUACAGCUGAGCUUGUGGGACAUUGGGAGCAGAUGGGGCCUGGAGAGCUGAGCUGGGAAAUGGGCUUCAGUGAGAGCAAAACUCCCUGCCCCAGAGCUGCAUUGAGAGAGGCAUUCUUGGUCCCCCAGCUGGCCAGGGCGCCACUUUCUCUUGGCUCUUAGCCUGCCCGCCUUCUCCUGCAGCUGACGUACCUGCCCCAGCCCUGGGGCAGCUGCCGGGCCAGCGUGAAGGGGGAACAGGUUCUGCCCGGCUACGAGAGCUACAGUAUUGCUGCUUGCAGGCUGCAGUGCGAGAAGGAGGCUGUGGUGCGGAACUGCCAGUGCCGCAUGGUGCACAUGCCAGGUAAGGUGACCCACCACCACCCCUCCCCUUAAGUCCCACGGACUCCAGGACUCUCUCCUUUUGCUCCCUCGUUGAUGUGCUGGAAUAUGAAUUCAUUUCUGCCAUGUGCUAUUUUGACACUGUUGUCAUUUUCCUGGACUGCUCUUGUUCCUUUAAUGGAGCAGCCAGACAUUUGGCAGCCAAGCAAGUGAAGCUUUCCCCAUAAUCCAUUUGUGUGCCAGGAAAUUUUUGUGUGUGUCAUACAGUUAUUAAAGAGACAGGAGCUGGGGGAGACAUAGAGGUAGCACUGCCACAUACCCACCCUGCUCUCAGCCUCUUUGCACUGCCAUAUUCUAUGCCUUCUUGGGUAUUAGGAUCCCUGACACACUCAAGUUACUUGUGGGAGAAGAGACUCUCUUGCAUAAGCCCCUGGUAAUUGUGACUCAACUUGCCCAUAGUGCAGAUCUUUGCCCUGAGAUCUCCCUACUGGAGCAGAAGUGUGGCCCUCCAUAGCGACUCCAUGCAGGCAUGUGAGCACCUUAGGAAAAGAUCAUUCAAAUUAUGUCUCCUCUGGCCCAGCCCCUGGAAUGUGUUGGGCUGGCUGUAGCUUUUCCUUGCCUUCCACACCAGCAGCUGUUCUGCCUCCUUCAGUCUCCGCCCCCCCCCCAACAGCCAUCUGCCACCUUCCAGGGCAUCUCAUCACAUGAAGUGGACUGAAGUCCACAAACCCCCAUCUAGAGAGCGAUCAAUCUGACAAUGAAGUCCUGGGAGGACUUGGGUAUGUAUGUUUAACGUGGAGAAGAGAUGAUUAAGAGGUGAUACAAUAGCCAUCUUCAGUUAUUUGAAGGGCUGUCACAUAGAUGAUGGAGCAAAUUUGUUCCCUGUUGCUCCAGAGGGCAGGACCCCAAUCAGAUUACAAGAAAGGGGAUUUCAACUAAAUGUUAGGAAAAACUUCCUGGCUGUACGCACUGUUUGAGAGUGAAACAGACUGCCUUGGAAGCUGUGAGGAGAAGGGCUUUCCUUCAUUAGAGGCUUUUAAACUGAGGUUGAAAGGUCACCUACCAGGGAUGUCGUAGCAGUGGAUUUCCUGUAUCCAAUGAAGAGUUGGACUAGGUGGCCACUGAGGUCCCAUCCAACUCUAGAACGUCUUAUCAAUACAGGAAAUUUACUACUACAGUGUCCCCGUUAAAUUUCAGUCCAUCGUCAGCUCAGGACUCAUCCAGACUUCCUUUUGUGCGGCAUUUCUAGGCUUUAAAGCUCUGUGUCCGAGUGGUUUUGUUUUGUUUUGUUUUGUUUUUUGUCUCUGCACUUUCCCUGGGAAAACCCUUGUUUUUACUGCUGAAUCAGAGCAAAUAGCAAUCUGCAAGGGGGAAGCCCUUCUGUCAGCAAUCCUAGGCAAUUGCCUAUAAUUGCCUAAUGAAGUGACCAACCUUCUCUCUUAACACCACCGAGUAAGAGCAUGAACUUGAAUUGGGGUGAGGAGAGGACCCAACUCUGUAUCUCACUAACCAGGUCCUUCUCCAUCAGGUAACGAAACCAUCUGCUCGCCCAACGUUUACAUUGAAUGUGCUGACCAUACACUAGGUAAGUGCUUCAGCAGAUACUGAGCAGCCUGAUGAGGGACCUGGGGGGAGAGGAUCUAGUCAGCCGGUAGAACGGAAGGGGAACCCCUAUUAAUUGUUGUAGACACAGCUGCGUGUUUGAUGGCUUAAGCCAUUAAGCGAUAAGGCUGAACAGUUUUUGUUUGUUUUGUUGUUUGUUUUACAGCGUUUAUAGUGUGCUCUUCAUGGAAUAUUUUCAAUCCCAGAGCAGGAAAGAAAGUAAUAAUCAGAGGGGAAAAACAACAAUAUACAACAUUACAAAAACUGGUCCAAUAAAAACAAAUUAACAGUUCUAUCAUAAGUCAAGCAAGUUUAGUAUGGUGGUUUGUGAGGAAGAGUCAGGGAGGCUAAUACCACAAUCCCUCAGCUGGGGUCUAGUGGGCUGGUACAGAGGAGAGGAGGGCAGCUGUCACCCUGGGGUGUGAUGGAGAGGCAUGUUGUUGGGCUGCAUCGAGGGCUCCACUGACCCUCUCAGACACGUGUUCGUAUCCCAACAGGAGUCCCAAGAGGAUUUCUAGACCAUGAGACAUUGCCUCAAUAGGCUGUGGGUCUUUUGCCAUGGCAGGGAUGAGCAGGCAAUGGCUCAUUUGAUUGCUGUUCCAAAGUGUUCUUAUCCUGCCUGACGUGCGGCUCUCUGCUCACAGAUACAGCAGUUGAGGAUUCCCAGGAGCGCUGUGUCUGCCCCACGCCCUGCAACUUGACCCGCUACGGCAAGGAGAUCUCCAUGGUGCGCAUGCCCAACAAGGGCUCGGCCCGGUACCUUGCUCGCAAGUAUAACCGCAAUGAGACCUACAUCCGGUGAGUGCCCUGUUGCUGAUGCGCAGCCCACAGGCUGUGGGAGAAGCACCAGAACAUUAUAAACAAAAGUGGGCUAGGAGGGAACUGGGUUGGAGGAAUAUAUGAGCCGGCUCAGCCUCUGAAUCCUUUCUCUCCCCUCCCCAACUCCCCUUAGGGAGAACUUCUUGGUGCUGGACAUCUUCUUUGAGGCACUGAACUAUGAGGCGAUUGAGCAGAAGAGGGCAUACAACCUGGCAGGGCUUCUUGGUGAGUGAAUCUGCUCCCCUACCUGCCACCUUCCUUUGGUUAGGGCUAGUGCUCUUGAGGCAAAGCAAGCUUCGAGAAGGAAGCUACACAGGCAGGCAGGCAAAUGGGCAAGAACCUGUUUGCGAUUCACACCUUAUGUUGCUGAGACAGAGACAUGACGUGGGCUCACCAAAAUCCCAAGUUUUUAUGGCAACACAGGUGUCACCUCAUUGGCCUUUCCCUGUCAUCUGACAGCAUCUCUGGCUGUUUGCUGCAGUACUUACUUCUGGACUCCAUCACUGGUGGUGCCAGCAGUGCAGGCCCAACAGCAGUUCCCUCUUUUGACAAGCCGCCACAGCAAGAAGGCGCCUGGCCUGGACUUUAUAGAGCCCCACCCCCCUUCUCCCUGACACACCACACUUUGAGGCCUGUGCUGCCUUACUCCCUGCUGGGCACCCAACCAGUGUGCAGGGAGGUACUACUCCCAUAGCAGCUGUGCUCACACACCUACUUCAUCCUCUCCAUGAGGUCUUCCUCCAACCUUUUCCUCCAGUGCUAGAAGGACCCUGGUGCCCAUUGCUUUCAAAAGGCGCAGGAAGCUAACCCUGAAGGAAAGCAAAGUCAUACCAAUGCUCCUGCUGCUCACUCUCUUGCCUUUCCCCAGGCCACCACAUUCAGUCACCAUUUCUCCCUCUCCCAUUCCCUGAUACUCAAUAAAAGCAGCAUGGAUCCUGCCUGAGGCCCGGUCACCCUCCUCCCUGCAGAGGCCUUCCCAGUGCUCAGAGUCCAGCAGAUGACUUGCUUUUCACCAUCGUCUCCCUUGCCCUAACUGCCUCCUUUUCUGCCAGGGGACAUUGGAGGCCAAAUGGGCCUGUUCAUCGGGGCCAGCGUCCUCACUGUCCUGGAAAUCUUGGACUACAUCUAUGAGGUGAGGGCCCACCUAGGGGAGAAAGAGUCUUGUGUUGCAUUAGCUGUGACUUUGUACUGGGCUGAGCUUAGAGCUUGUAUCGAGGGGGAACCUAUAGCUCUGGCACCCCCACUAAGAUAGUGCUGUACCGUUAACUGCUGACACCUUACACAGAGCUGGCAAACUCCCCAUGUUGUCCUAAAUUCAAUGAGUUUACCUGCCGUCAGCACAGGCUAUGCUAUCUCCCCAAGGUGGUAAUAACCAGCACCUGGACCACUUCUAGAGCAAGGAUGAGGAACAAGGGAUACUUGGAGUUGGGAGUCAAACAACAGCUAGGGAGCCACAAGUCUUCCCUGCAUCCAGUACUACAGAAUGAGCUGGUAACAUCUCCUGCAUCUGGACAGCUUCAGUGAACUCCAGCCACAGUGCAUGAUAGGUGCUUGCUAUGGUCCAUGUAGGAUGCCUGGCUGUUCAUGACUACCUGCUUGCAGGACUUAGGGCCUCUGAAGUUAUUUUCCAGGAAGAAAUCUAGCUUGAUGACAUCAUAGGGCGAAGUGGGAAUAGAGCAAAAUGCAAGUUGGCAGGAGUUGCUGUGUGUAUAUGACAUGUUCCCUACCGCAAAGUGAUAUAGGGGUUUAAACACACAUGGAGCUGCCACUCUCUGCCUUUUGCUGUGCCCCAGGUGAUCCGUGACAAGGUGGCCCAUGGCCUACGACGCCCCAAGCCCCCUCUGAAGAAGCCUUCAGGCAGCAUUGCCACCCUGGGACUGGAGGAGAUCAAGGAGCAGGUACACUUGUUUCCCUUGCCACCCAGACUAUUUCCUGCAGCUGCCAUAAAACAGGGAGUGGGUGGAUCGCUGGAAGGAAGCGAGGUGCAAUUCUUUGCCUUUCCCAGCUUUGAACCUGGUCAGCUAGAGAGGGAUGGGGAGGGCAAGAGAGAACAAUAUUCUAUCUCUUUGCAUAUUUGUAUUGGGUAGAUCCACACAAUGCCCACCAAUAUGAAAAAUGAUGUUGGAGAGUUUGUGUCAUUUAAGCACGAGAGCCUCAUUUUGUUUGUGGACCACUGCAUGCUUUGGGCCAUGUGGGCUGCAUGUGAUGUGUGUCUGUAUUUCUUAACAGCGUUGGCUGGAAGAGAUGCACGUUAAUGUGUCAGCUGCUGUGCAAAUUCUGUGUAUUUAUUUAUGAGAUGAUUUACAAACUGCUAACUGAUAGAAUACAUCAAGGCAGUGUACAAAAAAAAAGAAUUAGAAAGCUAUAAAAUCAUAAAACCAUAACAUAUAAAACUCAGGGAUGGCUCAGUUGGUAGAGCAUGAGACCCUUAAUCUCAGGGUUGUGGGUUUGAGCACCACGUUGGGCAAAAGGUUCCCUCAUUGCAAGUGGUUGGACUAGAUGACCCUCAUGGUCCCUUCCAGAUCUGUGAUUCUAAAACAAAUGGCCAGCACCAAAUCAAAUUAAUUCUCUUAGAAAUGCUUGGCAAAACAAAAUGUUUCCAGAAUUGUCAGUGCCUGUUUGAUUUCAACAGGAACAGUGUUGCAGGUUACUGGUACCACCAUGCUAAAAGCUUUGGUUUGUAUAGAAAUUAAACAAAUAUGAAAUAACUAUGAGACAGUAAGUAGGGCUUCUCCAGAUGGUCACAGUUUUCUGGCCAGUUUAUAAAGCACAAGGUGGUCCUUCAGGUAACUUCAGGUUAGGGCUUUAUACACUGACAGUAAUACCUUGAACUUUGUUCAGUAAUGUGCUGGCUUUCCACACCAAAAUGCUGAUGCGGAGCUGCUCUGGCCAAAAACUGGACCGCAGCAUUCUUCACUUGCUGCAAUUUCUGAACCACCCUCAAGGGUAACCCAAUGUAGGUAACACUGCAGCAGUCCAGUCUAGAGGUCCCCCAGGCAUGCAACAGCGUGGCCCAUGUAUUCCUGUCCAGGAGGCAUACAAGCCCAAGCUGGAAAAGGCAUUCUUAGUCACCAAGCACCCAGUGACAGUGAUGUAUCCAAGAGUACUCCCAUGCUAUGUACCUGUAUCUUCAGGGAGAGUGCAACUCCAUCAAGAAAAGGCAAUUUCUGAAACUGCCCAUUUCUGAAACUUGGGAACUGCACACCCACAAAGCUUCCAUCUUACCAAGCUUCAGUGUGUAUCGCCAUUGUCAUAUAUUAAAGUGCCUCAACACUGGGUGUGACGUUGUAUAGUAAGCAACAAACGUUGCUUGAAGUCUUACAGUUUUGUCUUUUUUGUGCUCUGGACCAUGAGAAGAGAAUCAGACCAAGGUCCAUCUGGUCCAGCACCUUUUUCCCACCAACUGUGUCAAGCUAGAUAUCCCUGGAAGCUCAUAGGCAGGAAAUAGAUUUGAUGGCUAUCUAGUGUUGAAGUUUUAUCCUGCUAAAGUUUCAUUUAGCUGUCAUGUUGACAGACCAACAUGCUGAGUUCUCAUGUGCAACACAUGACUGUGCUGCUGCAAGCAGUGUGUGGACAUGCUCCUAUGAGUAUAUUUUUAUAUAUUUGUGUGAGCCCAUUGUGAUCUGGGUAGACAGCGCCUAUAUACCAGUACAUACAUGUGUGCAUGAAUGUAUACAUAUGCACAUACAUAUGUUUCUGUUUGUUUGUGCAUAAAAGAGGCAAGACUGCUUGUGCGAUGCCUACAGAGAAGGCUUUGGUUACAUCUGUGAACCUGUCGUAGUUAAAAUGGGGAAUUUACUACAAAACCAUCCUGGGCAAUAAGUGUUUUACAGUAUAUAAACCCAGAGAGCAGUCAGUGGAUGAAAGCACCUCCUAGCUCAGCUUGAGCAUCUGUUCACUCUGCGUCUCUCAAGUGCAGCAGAUUCAGUGUGGCCAGACAAGUGACAGCUCCUCUCUGCUUUCCUCUUGCUGCAUCCCACCUGACAUGGGAAACCUACAACAGGGACCAGAAUAUGGAAAGCUGGUUACUUACGAAGAAUAUGAGUUAUUGCCUAGUGAAAUUGACAAGUGUACUUUCCAAAGGUUCUGAGAGCUAAAGGAGAUGUUAGGCCUGUGCUUCUAAAGAAACCAGUCUCCAAUCAGGAAUGAUUUCCAGAAGUUCGUUUGCGGUGUUUAUAGAAGGUGUCAGCAACUGGAAGCCGUGAACCAAAUCUGUCCCUCUAGGCAGUUGAGGAGUGUGAGAUGGUUCCUCCACUUAGAGAGAUGGAAACCAAUGCCUUUCCCACCACCUCUUACAGCAGUGGAGGGGAAUCUCCAGCCUUCCAGAUAUUGUUGGACUCCCAGCUCUCCUCAGCCCCAGCUAGCAUGGCCAACUGUCAAGGAUUAUGAGAGUUGCAUUCCAGAGACGGAAUGUCUUGCUGGCCCGGGAAUUUACAAAGAUAGCCUUUAGAUAGCAAAUCUUGCCUCCUUGCAAAUAAAUAAUAAUCCUAAAGAGAGUGUAGAGAGCACUUGAUAAAGAGACAAAAAAGAAAAUCAAAGAUGCACACUGGUGUUGGGGGUUUUUUUCAGGAAUAGUUUCUGCAAAAGAAUUGACCUACUUUGCUAACAGUUAAUGAAGCAAAUUGGUAGGGAGAGGAAAGAUGGCAGGAUAUAACAGAACAAAGAAAUCUAAUCUAUAAUAGUAACUAUUUGAAAAACAAAAGAUGUGACCUGGCACUGUACCACAAUGACUCUAUUUAGCUUUAAAUCAGGGAGUUAAGUAGUGUAAACAUUCAAAAACCAACACUGCACCCGUGAAGAAAGAGAGGCCCUGAUAUCUGCCGGCUGUUUGCUCACCUAUGGAAAGAAGUGCUUAGAAAAUGUGUAUCUAACAAGAUGCUGAUAAAUCUCAGACCCCGAGCAGGAAGAAGCUGAUAAGGCCAUUCAGCUGCAGAAAGAGUUGACUGGGAAUACAUAAGAAGUAAAUGCAAGCUAAAAUUGCAUCAAAGAAGGAUCCAGGCUAUGUAUAUUUUAAGAACUCCUCCAAAUCAAGGAACCUGACCCAGUGAGUUCCACCCACAGAAACAGGCUUUUACACCUAGAUCAGCUGCAGUGCACACUCAACAGGCUGCCAUUUGGAAGGACAAGAUGGUGCCCAGAAUGAGAUGGCUGAAAAUAGAACUGAUUGAAUUACCCCCUCCAGAUCCCUGUGCUGAAGCAAUUUCUGAGUAGCUGUGAGUGCAGCUCUGUGCAGAUUUAUGUAAAGAUCCUGGUACCAUAGAUCUGAGUGAAGAGGUCUAGGAAAUGGGCUUUGCAUUUUUCACUUUUCUAAAAGGUUACACGUAUGAAUUUGAAGGCAAAAUCAUUGUUUGCCUCUGUUAUUUUAUUGCACAAAUAACAAUAAGGAUGUCAAUUAAAUCAACCAGAGGCCUGGUUAAAAAGGAAUGUUUUUGCCGGGUGCCUAAAGGGGUAUAAUGAAGGUGCCAGGUGAGCCUCCCUGGGGAGCCACUGCAGAAAAGGCUAGUUCUUGUGUUACCACCCUCCAGACCACUUGAGGAGGCAGUACACGACGAAGGGCCUCAGAAUACGAUUUCAGCAUCUGGGUAGGUUCAUAUGGAAAGAGGCAGCAAGGUAUUGCGGUCUUGAGUCGUUUAAGGCUUUAUAGGUCAAAACCAGCACUUUGAAUUGGGCCUGGAAACUAAUUGGUAGCCAGUGCGGUCAGACCAGGAUCGGUGUGAUAUGCUCAAACCAUCCUGCUACAGUAACCAACCUGGCCGCUGAAUUCUGCACUAGCUGAAGUUGCCUGUCUUCAGAGGCAGUACAACGCAUUGCAAUAAUCUAACCUUGAGAUUACCAGAGCAUAGACAUAGUAGUUAGGCUAUCCCUGUCCAGUUAGGGGCAUAGCUGGGCCACCAACCAAAGCUGGUGGAAGGCACUCCGGGCCAUUGAAGCCACCUGGGUCUUGAGGAAUAGCAAAGGAUCCAGGAAUACCCCAAGCUACAAAACUUCUCCUUCAGAGGAAGUGUAACCCCAUCAAGAGCAGGCGACCUCCCACCCAUCUGGUAUAGGGAACCGCCCACUAACAGUGCUUCAGUCUUAUCUGGAUUGAGUUUCAGUUUGUUGGCUCCCAUCCAGUCCAUUACCAAGGCAAGACACUGGUCCAGCACUUCCACUGCCUCACCUGCAGAGGUAAAGGAGAAAUAGAGCUGAGUGUCAUCAGCAUAGUGCUGACAAUUUACUCUGAACCUCCGGAUAACCCUGCCCAGUGGUUUCAUGUAGAUGUUGAACAACAUAGACAUCAACAGUGAAUACAGAAUCCUGUUUUUCUUUUUAAAUGAAAAGUGGGCAUCUCAAGACUUCCUCAUAUAGUAGUCAAUGGUAUAAUAAUGGUCUUGUGCCUUCCUGGGCCUGUUAAUCAUUAAAAAGAAACCAGUCUUAACAUACCUGUCCCCAAGUGUGCAAAGGAAAUGCUACCAAAAAUUGAAGAGGGCUCAGGCCUAGCUAGCCUUGGUCAAGUGCAGCACUUUAGUUUUCACAGAGGUGUAAAGAAGACCAGUACCAUUUUCUAGACUAUGCAGAGGCUCCUGCUCCUGUGAACCACAGCAGACACCUACUGAAAGGAGAGAGAAAAUAUCUAAGACCUACCAGAUUGUUUGGUUAAUGGCCUCAUUACUACAUAUCGACAUUUUUUCACCGAGAUGAAUGGGAAGAGAAAUAGAUGGCAGAGAUGGAGAAUGAGGAACCAUUUGCGGAUUUAGGCACCAAGGAUUUUUUUUUUUAUAAUUUCUUUUUCCUGCCUCCACAGAAGUAUCUUUGUCCUGAUAACCUCUGCACCGUUAGUCAAGAAAAGGAAUGCUUCAGAUCCGUUGAGUAGGAAAAGGUGUGCUGCAAAUUCCAGCUUGUGACUUUCUCCCCUGCAAUAUGAUUAUAGCUGCCGGAAAUAAAACCCCUUAAUACAUUACUCCAGGGUAACUGGUCUACUUGGAAAACACGCUAGGCUGUUCUUCCUUGCUCAGGGCACAAAUCCCAAAACCAGGGAGGAAAACCAACAGCAUAGUGUGGUUGGGCUUCAGAAGCUGGCAAAUGUGAAAUGGUACGCAGAUGCACAAAUGUAGCAGCUCUGGCUCUGCUGACUGUUGAUUCCCUGCCUGGUACUGCCCAGCCCAUGCAAGGAAGAUCAAUGUGGAACUAAAUUGUAUCUGCUGUAUCAUUAGUGGGACCCUGAGACCAACACAGAUGCGCAGUUCUUUGUACCAACUUGGAAGCACUGCCCCACCAUCAAUCCACUGCAAAGUAGCAUGUCAUCGAGGACGUUGGAAACAGAUGGAGGAUCCAGGUCACCCUUUGUUUAGACAUGAAUGGAUGGCUCGGAGGCUGAGAUUCAGGAACAGAUUCAAGGACACAGAACCCGGAGAGGAGAAAAUUUAGAGACACAUGGAGGACUGGGAAGGUGGAGGCACAGGCUACACAAGAAGGCAGCAAUAACAUGAACGAAGCGUACUGAGAGCUGCUGGUGCCAGGCGUGGAGAAGCAAGGAAUAAUUGGUGGCUACCAAAGAAAGGCAGCCGCCUGUAGGAUGAAUCCAUGCAGUCUGCAUGAGAUCAUGUGUCAGCAUUGGAAUACAAACAGGUGGCUUUCUAAAUGAUGAGCUGGUGCCUCUACCUAAGAAGAGUCUGCUGGAUCAGGCUCAAGACCCACUUGGUCCAGCAUCUUGUUCUCACAGUGGCCAGCCAGAUGCCUAGGGGGAGCUUGUGCACAGGACUUGAACACAACAGCACUUGUGGUAAACCACUCAAAGAUGCAGAGUGGAGGAAAACUGGGCCAGCACUUCUAUUCUGGGUGCCAUUUGUCAUGUAGUCUGUUGGUUCCUUCUGACCCAGCCUGGAUACAGAUAAUUUCAGGUCAGGGCUGAGUCUUUUUUGCGGACAACAGCCCUCCCACUCUGUGUUUUCCAGCCUACGUUCCCUGUUUCCGCUGCUUGACCUUUGGAAAGCUGGAACAGCUUAAAGGCCACAGGUUCCCUCUCUCUCUCCUUUAAGCAUUAUUCCUUGGUGGUUUUCCUGUGGUGCUAGAACGAUACAAGAUUUGGAGCCCUGCGAACUCCCCCCCCCCACACAAAUGGGUGUUCCUGCUGAAAUGGUCCCUUUCACAGUUGCCUCCUACCUAACCAACCUCUAAAGGCAGGAACCACCCAGAGAAAGGUCACAGAGGAUGAUCUUAACAUUCAGGCAGGUCUGCAUGGCCAUGCGUAUACAGCAAUAUAGUGUAAUCAGGGCAAGCUGUAAUGGUGCAGUUGGGCAUUUCCUGGGGCCCCAAGGCCAGCAAGCGACUUGCUGCCUCAACAGUAGUGCCAUUUUCAUGUUACUUGGAGGAUUCAAGAAGAUCAGAGGCAGCAUGACUUGAAUUCUAGGUUGGCAUGGCCCAUAACAUCUAGGCUCGCGUGCUCCCCAAAUCCUGGAGCUGGCACUGAAUUGUUUGUUCAUGUGUGAGUGAGCAUGAGAGAUAGGGAGAGCUGCAUUGCCUGCCUCUAAUCUCAUGUGAGCAUGAUGGUGAGCGAGUGACAUAUACCGCAUGCCUGUAUUACGGCAUGAGCGGGAGCCGUUCCGCUGGUGCAUUCAAUAUCCCAGGAGCCCUGAUGUUAUAUAAAGAUAAAACACAGGAGGCAGAGCCAGGGAAAGCCCAUCAAACAUGCCGAUUUUUGGCUGGCUCUGGAGCCUUUGGACAAGGAAUAACUAAUUAGCAGCUGAGUUUACUUUAAUUUCCUGCUGCUGCCAACAUUUAAGUCAAUAGAAGCUAGGGCUCCUUGAAAUUCAACCUGGCUGCAGCAAAGAGCUGUAAAUAAAGGUGCAGACAGAGAACUACCCAGACUGAUCUUCGUAUUGUGGCCGUUCCAAUGCCACCUCUGAUGAGUUGGCCAGUAGGGCACUGAAGGCAAAAGAGGCCCAUGUGGCUGCAGCAGGACCUCUGGGCAUCACCCCAGCAAAGCUGUGCUCACUGCUAGCACACUAGCCAAGAUGAAAGCAGCAUUUUGUAUUCCACUUGAGUGGUUGUGGAUUUACAGGCUUAACUCUGGACCCAACCCGCUGAAGGAAGUCCUUUGUUCUCAUCUUGGCUUUCAGGACAUGAAAGCUGCAAUCCUGAGCCAUUAAAAUCAAUGAGGCUGUUGCUGUCGAUGUCUCAGGAUUGCAGCCAAACAUCCCAGGGUUACUCCUGGCAUGGGAUAUAUAUCUUUACUGCAGUAGACUCAGUACUGUCCACUGCACACUGGCACACUCCAUGUGGCUCAGGGUUGAAUUUGGACAUUGGCUCCUUAACAGCAUCGUUUGUCGGCACAGAGAUGAGCUAUUCAGGGCCGACUGAGCUGUGAUUUCUCGGCUCCUUCACUUUCUCCUUUUUAUGUUUUUAUUUUAACCUCACAUGUAAUAACCAUGCAGUUGCAUAUUACUUUAGUUUUUAUCACAGAGAUGCACAAUAGCACAAAUCAAGAGGAUGUGCCCUAGAUACAAUGCGAAGUACAUACCAUAAGGACAUACGGAGAGCCUACCAGGUCAGACCAAAGGCCCAUCUAUCCCAGCAUCCUGUUCUCGCAUUGGUCAGCCAGAUGUUCAGGGAAAGCCCACAAGCAGCACCUGCGUUCAGCAGCACUCUCCCCUCAGUUGCAAGUCCAGCAACAGAUAUUCACAUGGACCACCCUACGUUUAGUACUUUCUUGCUUAAAAUCUCAGGCAACUGUGCUGGGAGAGUCCUUUGCCCGACACCCUGGACAGCCACUUCCAUUGAGAGCGGGCAGCCCUGAGCUAGUUGAUGGUCCUGUGUUCCCACCUAGUGCAAGGCAGCUCCUUGUAACCUAAACCAGCCGCAUAGUAAGAAUUGCAGUUGCAUCUGAUUUUUUUUUGGGGGGGGGAGCAGCUGUGAAGUUGGGAGAGACCGCAAAAAAGUUGCUCUUCCUGCCCAUACCUGUUGUUUGGACUUAAACCCAGGUGGGCUGUGGAAGGGCAGCAGGUGGGAUGGGUAGAAGGGGUCUUAUAAACAGCAGAGAACACCAAGAAGGAGAGGAGUGCUUACAGGAUAGAGGAAGAUUACAGUGGUGGAAGAGUAGCAGGAAAAAUACCAAAGAAGGAAGAUUCCUCAUGCCAGCUGGUUUGCAGGAGGGAUAGGCACUCACUCGUAGGAUGAGCUGGGGCUCUUUGGUCCAAGAGCAGAAACCAGGAGAGCAGAUAUAAGCCCUGUCCUCUGACAUAAGAGGGGAUUGAGAAGAAUCUGAAAGGACUUGUGGAGAACACCACACUGUUUUUCCAACUUCUCAUAGUGGAAACCUUAUGAGAAAGUGUUGAUUUCUAUUGUAGGGGAUGGAUUAGAAUCUCCCCCCACCUCUAAAAAAAACAAUGGGAGGGGGGUCUGAUGCCAAACACAUUUUCAGCCACAGAAGCAGUGGAGCAACAGACACCUUUAGGACAUGCCACUCUGCUUCAGCAUAGGAUAUAUCUAAACAGAAGCAGGAGAGAUGGAUGUUGUUCGUGGUCCCUCCAGGUUAGAUGCACGCAACAGAUGCCUCCAAUCAAUACUUAUCUGUGGCAAACAGCUAGUGUAAAAUAAGCUCCAGCGUAGGAGAUCAGCUGUGUUGUCACAGCACCACCUUGUGGACAGAAUCAUUUUUUUCUGAGCAAGUACUGUAGUGACAGUUCAUCCUUUCCUGCUCAAGCGCCUGGAGGCCUUGUCUUCAGGAAGGAUGGUGGCAAGUCCAGUAAUAUUAUCAUGUAGUCAAAGGGAGGCUGCCUUUUCUCCAGGAACUUCUGGCUUAGCCAGGCAUAACAUGAACCCAGCAGUGGCACAGUUAGGUCACCCCUGUGCUGGUAAGCUAAUGAGCACAUGGAGGGUGGUAUUCAGCUAAGUUUUACUCAGCGAAGACCCAUGAAAUUAACAAGCAUGACUAAGAUAGAUCUAUUCUGAGGAAAAUUGAGUUGAACACGAUUUAAACACACACCCCUCAUUCAAGCCAUUCUAUCUUUAUCCACAUUCCAUGAAGUGCAUGUUUGCUUGUUUGCUUGCCUAAUGUUUCUUGGAGAUGCUGUACAGUAUUUGAAGUGCAAGCUUUUGUGUGUUUUUGACAUGCUAACUGUUUUUCCUGAUUGUGAAAGGCAUUUCAUGCGGUGCACAGGCUAUGCUUUCUGAAGACCCAUGGAUGCAACUUCCACCUUAACCUAUAAUUAAUCCUGAUCCAGCAAUGGCAGCUUUCUAGCGCAGCAAAAACAUUAUCCAUGGGGUGUAGAACCUCACUGGAGAGAGUGGGAACCUUUUUCUUGUUUCAUAAUUGCAGCCGUCUCUGCCCUGGUCCCUUACCAAGGGAAUAUUGCAGUGAAAUGGAUUAGACCAGGGGAGUAUAUAUGGAAUGAAAACAGAAUAUGUAGUUUAGACAAUGAUAUUCCCACAUAGCAGCUCCAUGAAGAAAUAUCAUCUGUGUGCAGCCUCAGCUCUCCGCAUUAAAAUUACUAAUGCACCUAGAGACCUCCGCUGUUAAAGACCUGAAAUAAGUUUCCUGCCCGGGAAUCCCACAUUUUAUUAACAUUGGAAUUACUACUUAAUCAACAUGAAUUGUUCCCCUUCACCUUAUUUAUACAUGCAGCAGCUAAGAACCAUCUCUCUGGUCCAUUUAAGAAUGAGAUUGGACAUUCUAAUCUCUCUCAUAAUUUUCUCUUUGAAUAAUAUCCACCCUAAAGCAUGAUUCCUGAGCUCACAGAGCCUCUCUGAAUUUGAUGGUGUGAAGUAUACCAUGGUACAGCUUUACCCUCGGGAGCUAUCAUUUCAUCUCAUUCGCUAAAUCACACAGGGCACUGCAUGUUUCUAACAGCUUUAUACCCACAGCUGUAAUUAUAUUUAGAGUCUUGAUCUCAUCUGACAUGGUUGAGUGUGGCAUCCCUCCAAGUGUAGAUUCCUAUUCCAUGGGGUGAGAUUCCCCCCCACACACGCACACAUAUCCCACCUUUAAGGGUGUGGGAGAUUUAACAGGGCUACAGGCAGGGGGUCAAAAGUAGAGCAGGCUCAAGAACUUGCACUGGGAAGGAGUUAUAUUGCUCUCCAGUAGUGGAAAUGGGGGACUAGACAAAAAAGGCAGGUGACUGUCAAGAAGGUAGGGACUGCCUAAACCUGGCUUGGUACAUGGGAUGCCUGGAGAGAGUGAGGUUGUCAGAAGGUGAUGGAGCUGUUUAAGGAAGAGCUGAACAGGCAAAGCCUGUGAUAGAGCAUUCCAAAGGCCCAUCUCAGAGAGCAAAAUUUAGGAGUGGAAGAAUAUUGCCAUUCUGUGCCAUAAUCUUAACAGCUCCAGCCUUUUGCUACCACCACAGAGGAAAAGAGUUCCUGCUAGUCCAUGUUUCUUCAUCCUGCCUCUUUCUCAUUUCUGGAUGCAUCACCAGGACCAGGGCCAGGCUAUUGGCGCCCUAGGCAAGGCUAAUUACUCACACACACACACACACACACACACACACACACACACACACACCAUAGCUAACUUAAAAUUUCAAGAACAGAUGUCCUGCAGAAAUACAGUUCUCCAAAAUAUUAUCAGAAAUUUUUAAGCUAUAACAAAAAAUAAUCUGAAUAAAGCUGCCCCUCAAAGGUCAGUCCUGCACUGCUCUGAGGCCUGUGCGCUGGACAGCUGCCUAGUUGGACUGAUGGUAGCACUGCCCCUGGUCAUCACACUGUGGAGAUGGAAGGGGCAGGGCAAGGCCUAGAUAGCAUGCUGAUGUUAUAUCACUUUGCAAGAAAGCAGAGAUGUCUCUCCAUCACUUCUUGUCACAUGCAGCCUUCCUGGAGGAGGUCUCCCUCUAGGAAACUUCAGCAGAAUGCUCAUAGAGCUCCGUACCACCCACCCACCCAGAGGUACCAGCUGCUGUGCUGACCGUGUUUCUUUUCUCUCUUUCUUUCUCAGAGCUCCUGUGAGAGCCUGGGCCGCCACAACGAGGGCAGCUACCCCACAGGACUUCUGCCCAACCACCACCACCGCCACCACUACUCGGGCCAAGGGGUCUUCGAAGACUUUGCUUGCUAAGCCAGCUCGUGCGCUGCUCCCCCCAAACAGCAGCAGUGCCUCUGGAGCAGCUUGGGGCACAGCAGGCUCCGGCCUGCGCCAAGAAGCCUUUUCCAAGUGGCCAGGCCAGGCCUUCCUCCCACCUCCAAAGGCUUCCAAAAAGCACCGUGGUGCUUUUAUAGCCCCCUCCCUCCUGUAACUAACCCCCUUCCCCAGUCCAGCUGGUCCUGCCCCUGCCCUCCAGGGCUCAGCAGCCCCUCCCCCAACAAACCUUCCCCAUACUGAAGCACAGAGAAAGACCGAGGAUCAGCUGCCAAGAACAGGGAGGUGGAAUGGACUCUAAACUGCUCCACUGAUAGGAAGCAAGGCUUGACUGAGGCAGGCAGCCUGCCUGGAAUUUCACAAAGUGGGAGGAAGGGGGACAUGGAGCACGCAAGGGAGCAAAGAGGGCGUCACCAAAGGUAGAGGCAACUCUCUCUCCCAGGGCCCAGUCUAUAACACAGUAGCACCACACAACCAGCUGCUCACACAGCCCCACGUGGCAGCCUCUGCCACAGACUCUGAGUAGCGGGAGCGCUGCUCCCUCCAACACCUCUCACUUUGUCCUGUCUUAUCAUUACUGUUCCUACUUACACCUCUUCCCUCAGCCUCCUUACAAACAUACAUUUCCAUGUACCACUAUUUUACAUGCACACAGGGGUGUCUCAGGGCAGGAAAGAGGUCCUGUAUCCCACUGGCUGCUGCUGCUGCUGUUGGGCAGUGAGUGCCAAGAUGUACCCCACUGCUCACUUGCUGCUGCCCCCCACAUUGAGACUGUGCCCACAAGGAGGUUUAAAGACCUGCCAUCCUGCCCACGUUGUGCCCCUUUACCAUAUGGGUACAGGCCCCUCACCCUCAUGGCUGGCCAGCCAUCACCCAUCCCUUCUUCCCUCAGAACUGUAUAUUUGUACAUAACUGUUUUGGGUCUGUGGUUUUUAGCCGGCUACACUCAGUCUUUUGUUGCUGCAGCUGGCCCCUGCCGGCAUCACUAAACAUUGCUGGUAAGGCAGGACACCACGACAUCGACGUCCAAUCUCAGGUUCCCUCCCAGCUCAAGUGCAGAGGCCGAUGCUGCAGGAGGCUGCUGGCACCAACAAAGCCCGAGUUCCCUUGGGGCAGCCCCUUCCCAGAUGUACAGACGCCCCCCUUCCCCACAUCUUCCACCCUCCUCCAGCAGUAUUCAGGGUCCAAGCCACACAAAAACACCCCACCCUCAGGAGAAAGAGCCUUAUGGGUCCCAUACAAUGUCAAGGGAGGAUAAGGAGCCCAGGCAGCGCCCCAGGACUCAGAUCCCUAGGCUGAAGCACUUAGUAGCAGACUUGCCCAGUGCAUCCGCGUGUGGGGAGUGUGGGUGUGUGCGAUGACUCCUCAAGGGCAGCAGGGGGAAACGUCAACUUUCUCUUUGCAGCAGGGCCCUGAGUAAAGGUACAACAGGAAAAAGCCAACCAACCUACCUUGUGCUGUCUUGAUGGGACAAGGGAAUACCCCAGAACCCAGCUGUGGUCCUCAGCCCUCCAUGUAGCAAACCAAAGGGGGCUCCAGCAUGCACCGUCGAGACACCUCAUGGUGUCAUGCCCCACACUUAGGGAAACGUGCCUGUACUCCUGGGGGUGCAUUUUCAGGAAGAAAGGUGGCACAGGAAUAUGCUGCAAAUGCCCCCCCCUUCAGUGACAACACCAAACUCUUGCAUACACCACCUUCAAGAGCCAAGAGCAGUCAAGGCAUUUGACUGCUGCAGAGGGAGUGGGAGAUUGCAGAUCAAAUCUGCCUGCCUGCUGCAUAUGUGUGUGACUCCAAGGGUGCAGGCUGCAGGAGACUCUCGACUGGGACCCAGCCAGGGAUCUUCCCAGGAGGGGGUCUGUUAAUCCCAUGACUUUACUGAGCGCAAGUCGCUGUUUUACAAAUGUACAAGUUUCUCCCAAUAAAGAGGCACAAGUAGAACUCCAG